AUGUCAACACAGGCGCCGACGUUCACACAGCCGCUGCAGAGCGUCGUGGCACUAGAGGGUAGUGCCGCGACGUUCGAGGCUCAAGUUAGUGGUUCUCCAGUUCCUGAGGUGAGCUGGUUUCGUGAUGGCCAGGUUCUUUCAGCCGCCGCUUUGCCCGGCGCGCAGAUCUCGUUCAGCGACGGCCGCGCUGUUCUGAGAAUCCCCGCUGUGACCGCCGCACACAGCGGGAGAUUUUCCGUCAGAGCAACCAAUGGCGCUGGACAAGCCACGAGCACCGCCGAACUCCUUGUUACAGCGGAGACGGCGCCUCCAAACUUCCUGCAGAGGCUGCAGAGCUCUUCGGUGCGUCAGGGCAGCCAGGUUCGCCUGGACGUUCGCGUGUCGGGGAUCCCCGCUCCGCUGGUGAAGUUCUACAGAGAGGGAGCAGAGAUCCAGAGCUCAGCUGACUUCAGGAUCCUCCAGGAGGGGGACCUGUACAGCCUGCUGAUCGCCGAGGCCUUCCCCGAGGAUUCUGGGACAUAUUCUGUGACCGCCGCCAACAGCAGCGGGCGAGCCACCUCCACCUGCGAGCUGCUGGUUCAGGGUGAGGAAGCUGUACCUGUAAAGAAAACGAAGACGAUUGUGGCCACAUCCCAGAUGGCUGGGAUGGCUGCUUCACAGACCCAAGUGGCGAGGAAGGUGGAGGCGAGCUUCCAGGCCACCACCAUGAUGGAGAUGCACAUGGAAGGAGGAAUGAUGACUCAGCAUUUGUCCCACAAAACCCCGCCGCGGGUUCCCCCGAAGCCAACCUCCAAGUCCCCGCCGUCCUUCAUUUCCAAAGUGGCGGGAGGACGCCAGCAGUCCCCCUCACCUGUGAGACACGUGAAGGGCCCGUCGCCCGCACCCGUCAGACCCGUGUCUCCCUCCAGAGGACUGUCCAUCUCCCCCAUCAGACCAGUGAAGUCUCCCCUCAUGACCAGGAAACAGAUCUCUGCCUCUGCUGAGGUGCUGCCACCCUGGAAGCAGGCUGGCUACUCGUCUGAAGCCAGUUACACCAGUAUGACCAGCAUGUCCAGCAUGACCAGUGUGAGCAGCAGCAGCCAGCUGCACAUGGAGAAGCACUGGGAGCAGCAGGUGACCGCCACCAGAGAGGAGGCGGCUGCAGUUCCCACCAGAGCUCAGGAGCCCGUCGUUCCUCCCACUCUUAUUGCUGGUCUGAAGAACGUCACGGUGACGGAGGGCGAGUCAGUGACUCUGGAGUGUCAGAUCAGCGGUCAGCCCGCUCCCAGCAUCCUCUGGUUCAGAGAGGAUUACAAGAUCGAGAGCUCUAUUGACUUCCAGAUCACCUACAUGAGUGGAUUCGCCCGCCUGGUGAUCCGCGAGGCGUUCGCUGAAGACAGCGGACGCUUCACCUGCACCGCCACCAGCGAGGCGGGAACCGUCAGCACCUCCUGCUACCUCCUCGUCAAAGUGUCAGAGGAGAUCGAGAGCAGAGAGGAAACGACGACUGUCACUGGAAUGGGAAUGACGCAAGAGAAAAUUAUCACAAUGGAGACAAAGGAGGAGAUGGUGUCGGUGAGCGCAGGAGAGACUGCAGCUCCCUUCUUCAUUAAGAAACCCACCGUGCAGAAGCUGGUGGAGGGCGGAGCCGUCUUCUUCGAGUGCCAGAUCGGAGGAAACCCCAAACCUCACAUCAUCUGGAAGAAGAGCGGUGUGCCACUCACCACUGGAUACAGAUACAAAGUUAUCUACAAGAAGGAGACCGGAGAAUGUAAACUGGAGAUCUCCAUGACUUUUGCUGACGAUGCUGGAGAAUACUCCAUCUUUUUAAAGAAUCCACACGGAGAAGCCUCAGCCUCCGCUAACCUGCUGGAAGAAGAGGAAUACGAAGCCUACAUGAAGCAACAUGAUGUGACAUAUAAAACUGAAGUGGUGACGACGACGACUGUGGUUCAGGAGCCCUCUGUGGUCGUGAGCCAGUACGAGAUGGAACAGAGGAGGGUGACGACCCCCAUGAGCUACGUCUCAGAAACGGAAUUUAUGAUCUCAGCCUUCGAGGAGAGGAUCAUCCAGGAGAUCGAGCUGCGUAUCAUGAGGAUCACCUACAGAGAGCUGGUGACGGAGGACGGAGAGAUGAUGGUGACUGUAGCAGAAGAAGAAGCCGUUCAGCCGGCAUUCAGCACGCCGGUCAAAAACUACAGAAUCAUAGACGGAAUGGGCGUCACUUUCCAUUGCAAGAUGAGCGGAAAUCCACUGCCAAAGAUUGCCUGGUACAAAGACGGCCAGCGCAUCAGGGCUGGUGGCCGCUACCAGAUGGAGGUUCUUCAGGAUGGGCGAGCCAGCCUUCGUGUGCCUGUGGUGCAACCAGAGGACGAGGGUGUGUACACCGCCUUCGUCUGCAACAUGAAGGGAAAUUCUGUCAGCUCUGGGAAGCUCUACGUCGAGCCAUCUGGAACUGUCACACCUCAGAGAUACACACCGCAGCCAGCGAUGCAGAGGAUCAGAUCCACAUCUCCUCGCUCUCUGAGCCGCUCCCCUGGACGUUCUCCCAGCCGUUCACCCGGACGCUCUCCAGCCCGCAGGCUUGAUGACACAGACGAGGCUAUGCUAGAAAGACUUUACAAGCCUGUGUUUGUCAUGAAACCUUCCUCAAUCAAAUGCUCGGAGGGGCAAACUGCCAGAUUCGACUUGAAGGUCGUUGGCAGACCAAUGCCCGACACAUACUGGUUCCACAAUGGACAACAAAUUGUCAAUGACUACACCCACAAGAUAGUGAUAAAAGAGGACGGUACCCAGUCCCUGAUUAUUGUCCCAGCCAUGCCACAAGACUCUGGAGAAUGGACAGUCGUCGCUCAGAACAGAGCUGGAAGGACUUCUGUCGCUGUAAAUCUUUCCGUUGACGCUCGGGAAAGCCUGGCUCGCCCUCAGUUUGUUGAGAAGCUGAAGAACAUUACUGUGAAGCAGGGCACUCUGGUUGCGUUGGCUGUCAAAGCCAUUGGAAACCCCCUGCCUGACAUUGUCUGGCUGAAAAACAGUGACAUUAUCACACCACAGAAGCACCCACAAAUCAGGAUUGAGGGAACUAAAGGAGAGGCCAAAUUCCAGAUUGCAUCUCCCUCAGGCUCAGACAGUGCCUGGUACACUGCUACAGCCAUCAACAAGGCAGGCAGAGACACCACUCGCUGCAGAGUCAAUGUUGAGGUGGACUUCGCUGCUCCUCAAGCUGAGAGGAAGCUCAUUAUUACUAAAGGAACCUACAAGGCCAAGGAGAUCGCAGCUCCCGAGCUGGAGCCCCUUCACAUGCGAUAUGGUCAGGAGCAGUGGGAGGAGGGCGAUCUUUACGACAAGGAGAAGCAGCAGAAACCACAGUUCAAGAAGAAGCUGACCUCUAUCAGAAUGAAGCGCUUCGGUCCAGCUCACUUUGAGUGCAGGCUGACCCCCAUCGGUGACCCCACCAUGGUCGUGGAGUGGCUGCAUGACGGCAAACCCCUGGAUGCUGCCAACAGGCUGCGCAUGGUCAACGAAUUUGGCUACUGCAGUCUUGACUACGAAGUUGCUUACGCCAGAGACAGCGGUGUCAUCACCUGCAGAGCCACAAACAAGUUCGGAGUGGACCAGACCUCGGCCACCCUGAUCGUCAAGGAUGAGAAGGGCCUCGUUGAGGAAACACAGCUUCCUGAAGGCAGGAAGGGAGUACAUAGAAUGGACGAGAUUGAGCGCAUGGCUCACGAGGGAGGGCCCUAUGGAGUCACCGCCGACGAGGAAACUGAGAAAAGCAAACCUGAAAUAGUCCUUGUUCCUGAACCAGCCAGAGUGCUGGAAGGCGACAUUGCACGAUUCCGCUGCAGAGUCACCGGUUAUCCAGCACCCAAAGUCAACUGGUACCUCAACGGACAGCUUAUCCGCAAAAGCAAGAGGUACAGACUCCGUUAUGAUGGUAUUUACUACUUGGAGAUCGUCGACAUUAAGUCCUAUGACUCAGGAGAGGUCAGAGUGGUUGCAGACAGUCCUUUAGGCACAACUGAGCACACUGUGAAGCUGGAGAUCCAACAGAAAGAGGACUUUAGAUCCGUACUGCGUCGUGCUCCUGACCAGAAGGCUGCAGAGGCUUCACAUGAGGCCGGAAGAAUUGGAUUUGACGUUGUGAAGGUCGACCGACCUGGCGAGACCUCACAGGACAGAGAAGUUGUUAAGCUGCGUAAGACACAGAGAAAUGUUCAUGAGAAAACCUCAGAGGAGACAGAUGAACUGAAGAGCAAGUUCAAGCGUAGGACAGAGGAAGGUUUCUACGAGUCCAUCUCUGCUGUGGAGUUCAAGUCUCGCAAGAGGGACGACUCCUAUGAGGAUCUGCUGAAGAAGACUAAGGAGGAUCUGCUUCAUCACUUGAAAGAGAAAGAAGAAGCCGAAAAGAGGAGGCUGGAGGAAGAGGGCAAAAUCACCAUCCCGACAUACAAACCAGAGAGAGUCCAGCUCUCCCCCAGCAUGGAGGCACCCAAGAUCCUGGAACGAAUUACAAGCAAGACAGUUGCUCCGAUGGAUGAGGUCCGUUUCCGUCUUAGAGUCGUUGGGAGACCAGAACCUGAGUGCCAGUGGUUCAAGAACGGCAUUCUGGUGGAGAAGACAGAACGUAUCUACUGGUACUGGCCUGAGGAUCAUCUGUGUGAACUGGUGAUCAGAGAUGUCACUGCAGAGGACUCUGCUAGCAUCAUGGUUAAAGCCAUGAACAUCGCUGGGGAGGCUUCAAGCCAUGCCUUCCUGCUUGUGCAAGCCAAGGCAGCAAUCAACUUUACCCAAAACCUGGAGGAUGUCAGUGCCAAUGAGAAGGACACCAUGGUGACAUUUGAGUGUGAAACCAACGAGCCUUUCUGCAAAGUAAAAUGGCUCAAGAACAACAUGGAGAUCUUCUCCGGAGACAAAUACAGGAUGCACUCAGACAGAAAGGUCCACUUCCUGUCCGUGCUGAUGAUUGAAAUGAGAGACGAUGCUGAAUACACUUGUGCGCUUGUGGAAGAUGACAGCAUCAGGACGAGCGCAAUGCUCUACGUAGAAGGUGCUGCCCUGGAGCUCAUCAAACAAAUGGAGAGCAUCGAGGUGCCAGAGACCUACUCUGGAGAGUUUGAGGUCGAGCUGUCUCGUGAGGACGCUGAGGGCAGCUGGUUCUUCGGAGACAAGGAGAUCUCUCCCAGCAGUAAAUACGUCAUGUCCUCCCGCAGAGGAAGACAAACCUUGUCCAUCAAGGAUGUCAGGAAAGGAGACCAGGGGAAAUACUCCUUUGUAUGUGGAGAUCUGAGGACCAGCGCCUCACUGAAGAUGAAACUGCGCCCAGUGACCCUGAUGCAGCCCCUGACCGACCUCACAGUGUGUGAGGGUGACAUCGCUCAGCUAGAGGUCAGGUUCUCUCAGGAGAAUGUCGAGGGAACCUGGAUGAAAAACGGACAGGCCAUCUCCGCCUCGGACCGUGUCCACAUCGUGAUCGACAAACAGGUUCACAAGCUGCUGUUGGAGAACGUCACCAGGGAAGAUGGUGCUUCCUACUCUUUUGUGGUUCCCGCCCAAGACAUUUCCACCUCAGGCAAACUCAAUGUUCAAACUAUUGAAAUUGUGGUGCCGCUGAAGGAUGUGUCCUCCAUUGAAGGCACCAAGGCUGUUCUGGAGGCCAAGAUCUCCGCUCAGGACAUCAGCUCGGUCAAAUGGUACCACAACGAUAAACUGGUGAUGCCCAGUGAGAGAGUCCAGACAGUGGCGAAGGGAGCCAAGCAGCGUAUGGUCUUCGCACGGACCUUCGCUUCUGAUGCAGGACGCUACAAACUGGUGGUCGGCAAGGUCGACACCAGCUGCAGCCUGACUGUUGAAGAGGUCCACAUUGUGAAAGACAUGGAGGACAAAGUGUGCUCAGAGUCCCAGAACGUCACCUUCAACGUCGAAGUGUCUCACGCCGGCAUUGACCCGGUCUGGACAUUCAGGAACCAGCAGCUCAAACCUGGACCCAAGUACAAGAUGGAGUCCAAGGGCAAGGCUCACUCUCUGACAGUCAUUGACUCCAUGAAGGACGAGGAGGGCCAGUACAUGUUCCACGCUGGUGAAAAGACCUCCAGCGCCAAGCUCACUGUCUCUGGUGGAGCCAUAACACGGCCCCUGCAGGACGUGACAGUGGCGGAGUCUCAGACCGCCGUGCUGGAGUGUGAAGUCGCCAACGCUCACGCCGAGGGCCGGUGGCUGAAGGAGGGGCAGCAUGUGGACUUCAGUGAGAACGUGGUGAGCGAGGUGGAGGGCACCGUCAGGCGCCUCACCAUCGUCAUCACCAGGCCACAGGACGUCGGAGAGUACACCUACCAGGUGGCCAACUCCAAGACCACCGCCAACCUCAGGGUGGAGGCGGUGAAGAUCAAGAAGACUCUGAGGAACCAGACCGUUACGGAGACCCAGGAGGCGGUGUUCACGCUGGAGCUCACCCACCCCAACGUGAAAGGAUCCCAGUGGAUCAAGAAUGGCGUGGAGCUGCAGAACAGCGACAAGUACGAGAUCACCUCCGAAGGCAUGGUCCAAACCCUGAAAGUGAAGAACUGCAACACACAGGACGAGUCGGUUUACUCCUUCAAACUAGGAAAACUGUCCGCCAAUGCCAGACUCAAUGUCGAGACGAUUAAAAUCAUAAAGAAGAUAAAGGACGUGACCUCCCUGCUGGACGGCACCGCCUCCUUCGAGAUGAGCCUUUCACACGACAACAUCCCCGUCAGGUGGAUGUUUAAAGGCGUCGAGCUGAAGCAGAGCGAGAAGUGUAAGAUUCUGACGGAGCGCAAAGCUCACAAACUCAUCCUGCAGAACGUUGACACCAGCAACGCCGGAGAGUACACGGCGGUGGUCGGACACCUGCAGUGCAGCGCCGUGCUCACCGUGGAGGCGCUGCGAGUCACCAAACCUCUGAAGAGCGUGCAGAUCCCGGAGACGCAGGUCGCCACGUUUGAGUGUGAAGUUUCUCACUUCAACGUGCCGUCCACGUGGCUGAAAGACGGCGUGGAGAUCGAGAUGAGCGAGAAGUUCAGGAUCGUGGUCCAGGGAAAACUGCACCAGCUGAAGAUCAUGAACACCAGCAGGAGUGACUCUGCAGAGUACACCUUUGUCUGCGGGAACGACCGCGUGUCCGCUACGCUCACCGUCAACCCCGUCCUGAUCACGUCCAUGCUGAAGGACCUGAACGCUCAGGAGCGCGACACCAUCACCUUCGAGGUCACCGUCAACUACGAGGGCAUCACCUACAAGUGGCUGAAGAACGGCGUGGAGGUGAAGUCCUCGGAGCGCUGCCAGGUCCGCAGCCGGCAGCUCACGCACUCCCUCACCAUCAAGAACGUCCACUUCGGGGACGGAGGGGAGUACCAGUUUGUGGCGGGGUCCGCCGCCUCCGCCGCCAACCUGUUCGUGGAAGCUCGUGUGAUUGAAUUCACCAAGAAGAUCAAAGACAUAAAGAUCACAGAGAAGAAGAAGGCGAUCUUUGAGUGCGAGGUGUCUGAGCCCAACAUCCAGGUGAUGUGGAUGAAGGACGGCCAGGAGCUGGACGUGUCCGAGGAACGGUACACGGUGACGACAGAGAAGUAUGUCCACCGUCUGAUGAUCGGGACCGUCCGCAUGUCUGAUGCGGGCCAGUACUCGGUGGUGGCCGGCUCCAGCGUCUCCAAGGCCCAGCUGGUGGUGGAGGGACGCGACAUCCGCAUCACCGAACCUGCAGAGAGAGAAAUCACGGUUCUGGAGAAGCACCGAGCGACCUUCGAGUUGGAGGUGAGCGAGGACGACGUGGAGGGCCGCUGGCUGAGAAACGGCGUGGAGAUCCAGUUCUCGUCGGAGCAGCGAUUUAACUACGUCACCAUUAGGAAGCUGCACCGCCUCACCAUCGCCGAGACGUACCGCAGCGACGCCGGCGAGUACACCUUCGUAGCCGGCAAGAACAGGAGCACCAUGCAUCUCCGAGUCAACAUCCCAGAGCCGCCUCAGAUCCUUCGCCACAUGGAGCCUCAGUCCGUGGAGGCGGGUAAACCCGCCCGCUUCUCGGUGGCGGUGAGCGGCGUCCCGAUGCCUCACGUGUCCUGGUACAAGAACUCCCAGGCUCUGUCCCCGGGCUUCAAGUGCAAGUUCCUCCACGACGGCAACGAGCACUCGCUGCUGCUGAUCGAGGUUUUCCCCGAGGACGCCGCCGUCUACAACUGCGAGGCCAAGAACGACUACGGCGCCGCCACCAGCACCGCCUCGCUCAACGUGGAAGUGUCAGAGGUGGUGUCUCCAGACUCGGCAGCGACCGUCGCUCCGCCCGUCGUCGUCUCGGCCGUCAGCAGCACCUCGGCCCGCGAGGGAGAGUCCGCUCGCUUCCAGUGCAGAGUCAGAGGAGACGAUGUGAAGAUCAGCUGGUUCCACCGCGAUAAGGAGAUCAAGCAGUCGGACUUCUUCAGGAUGUCUCAGUUUGAUGACAGCUGUCAGCUGGAGAUCUCCAGAGUUUACCCCGAGGACGAGGGAGAAUACACCUGCGUGGCCACCAACAGCGCCGGGCGGGCGCACUGCUCCGCCACGCUCACACUGGACGUGACUCACGUGAGAGAGCACAUUGAGGCCAGGAUCGAGCAAGAAGUCAAAGUGCCACCUGUCUUUAGGCAGAAAAUCACCCCUCUGGAGAUAAACAUCGGAGGCCACGCCAAGUUCGAAUGUGAAAUCGAGGACGCUCCGAGCGUGACCUUCAAAUGGUACAGGUCCGGAAUGGAGAUCAAACAGGGCGACAAGUAUAGGAUCAUCUGCGGCUACAACAGCUCCUCCCUGGAGCUCCUGAACCCGAUCAAAGCCGACAGCAGUGAAUACACUUGCAAGGCUUCAAACCAGCAUGGCACCGACAGCUGCACCUCCAUGCUCAUCGUCACUGAAAUGUACCCACCGGUAUUUGUAUCAAAACCAGACCCAAUGACUUUAUUCGUGGGCAAACAAGCCGUGCUCCAGUGUUCUCUCACUGGAACCUCACCCAUGGAAGUUGUCUGGCACAAGGACAACAUAGCCAUCUCCUCCGAGGGGAACUAUUCCAUGAAAUGUGAAAAGAACAAGUAUUCCCUUCACAUUAGAAGUCUUGAACUGUCUGACAUGGGAGUUUACCUGUGCAAGGCCUCCAACAGUGUUGGCACUGCCACUUUUACCACAGAGCUCAAGGUUAUCAAGAAGCCCAGUUUUGUUAAGACUGUUGAGCCAGUGUCAGCUGCUCUCAAUGACCCGCUGAGGCUGGAGUGCCAGGUGGAUGAGGACACUGGUGUGACCGUCACCUGGACCCGGGAUGGCAAAAAAGUCCACCAGAGCAUGGAGUGUAAAGUGUCCUUUGAGGACAAGGUAGCUGUUGUUGAGAUCCCCAAGUCCAAACUGAAGGACUCUGGGAAAUAUGUAUGCACAGCCGCCAAUGAGGCUGGGAGCUCAUCCUGUGAGGCUGUGGUAACAGUUCAAGAGCCCCCCAACUUUGUUAAGAAAAUGGAACCUAAGCUUACAUGGAAACAAGGUAUAGCUGCACGUUUACAGUGCACGGUUAAAGGAUCGCCCGAACUUCACAUCCACUGGUUCUGGAAUGAGAGAGAGCUUAGUGAUGGAGACAAAUAUAAGAUAUCUUUCAAGAGUGGAGUUGCCACUUUGGAGAUAAUGAACCUUGUGGUCACAGACAGUGGGAGUUACACCUGCGAGGUGUCAAAUAAUGCCGGGAGCGAGAGCUGCAACACCCUUAUUGCUGUUAAAGAGCCUCCGUCCAUUAGGAAAGAGCUGCAGACAGUUGAGGCAGUGAAGGGAACACCGACUCAGCUGGAGUGUGAGAUCACAGGAACAGCUCCUUUUGAAAUCAGCUGGUUAAAAAAUAAGAAAGUCAUCACCGGUGAUCAGAAAUAUAAAAUUAUCUCCCAAGAGUCCUUGUCAAGGCUGGAGAUCCAGACCUUUGAGAGUGCAGAUGUUGGAGAUUAUCAGUGUGUUGUAUCCAAUGAUGUUGGGAAAGUCACCAGUAAGGCCUUAGCUAAACUAAAAGAACCACCAACUUUCUCAAAGAGGGUUGAGAGUGCUACGGCAGUGUUGGGAAAUACAGUAAAACUGCAGGGGACCAUUAAGGGCUCUGCUCCCAUCACUGUUAAAUGGAAGAAAGACUCUGAAAUACUGAGAGAUGACGAUCCAAAUAUCAAGAUGGUGUUUGAGAACAAUGUUGCUAGCUUGUCAAUAACAAUGGUGGCCAUCAGCCAUGGUGGCAAAUACUCGUGCCAGGCUGAGAAUGAGGCUGGCCAACAAAAAUGUGAAGCUACCUUGACUGUACAAGAACCUGCCAGAAUCGUAGAAUCUGCAGAGUCCAUUAGUGUGACUGCAGGAGAUUCAGCCACAUUGGAGUGCAAGAUUUCUGGAAGCCCAGAGCUCAAAGUGAAGUGGUUUAAAGACGGGAAGGAGAUGAUCAGUGGUCGCAAAUAUAAGAUGACUCUGAAGGACAAUGUUGCCUCCAUGAAGAUUCUUACGGCAGAAAGAGGAGACACUUCAGAGUACAAGGUGGAGGUGUCGAAUAAAGUUGGGAAGGACCAGUGCACGUGCUCAGUCACGGUUUUAGAUCGGAUAAUGCCUCCAACUUUCACCAAGACCCUAAAAAGAGUUGAUGGUAACAUUGGUAAUGAUGUCUCCAUGGAGUGCAAGGUGUCUGGGUCCCAGCCCAUGACUAUAACUUGGUUCAAAGACGACAAGGAGAUUAAGUCUGGAUCCAAAUUCCAACCAGAAUUCAAAGACAGCUCUGCUACACUAAGAAUUAUUGGGCUGGAGAAGGCCGACUCUGGAGUUUACAAGUGCAAAGCCACCAAUUCAGCUGGCUUUAAAGAAACCAGUGGCACGCUCUACGUCAAAGAGCCCCCAGUGUUUACAGUGAAACCAGACAACCAGGAUGUUAUACCAGCAACCACUGUUUCCUUCAAAACGGCCUUCACUGGAACAGCUCCUUUAGCUGUUAAGUGGUUCAGAGAGGAAAAAGAGAUUACAACUGGAGGCUCUUAUUUCAUAAAGAAAGAUGCCUCUUCAAGCUCUUUGGAGAUUAACUCUGUGAAACCCAAUGACUCAGCAAAAUACACAUGCCAAGUGUCCAACGAUGCUGGGAAGGUGGACUGCACCGCAGUCCUCUUUGUGAAAGAACCUCCUGUGUUUGUGAGGAAGCUUGAGGCCACAAAGCUCAUCACCAGCGGCGCCUCCGCCAAGCUGGAGGUCAAAGUGACGGGCAGCCCCGUCAUUAGCUUUAAGUGGUUCAAGGAUGAAAUGGAGAUCAGCUCCAGUCAUAAAUACAAAAUGACUGUAAUUGACUUAGUGGCGUCGCUGGAAAUAGUCACCUGUGCAGUGGAGGAUAGUGGAGAUUAUGUGUGUGUUGCAUCCAGCGAGGCUGGUAGUGACCGCUGCAGUAGUACGGUCACAGUCAAAGAGCCGCCGUUGUUUGUGCGUAGCUUGGAGCACAAAGAUGUGGUGAAGGGUUCUGAGUUGAUGCUGGAGGGCCAAGUCUCUGGCUCUGCUCCGUUCACCGUGUCAUUUAAUAAAAACACAAAGCCGAUUAGGAAUGACAAGAGGCACAGGAUCACUGUGAAAGAUGAACUGAUAGCCCUGCAGGUGCUGGCUGUCGAGGCCGGAGACGUUGGUUUUUACCAGUGUACUGUUGAGAAUGAAGUGGGGACGGCCUCCUGUGAUUGUCAAGUAACACUAAAAGAACCACCAUCCUUUGUAAAAAAGCUGGAGAACCUCAGCUCCUUGGUUGGCAGCGAGGUUUCUCUGCAGUGCGCUCUUAAGGGUUCAGAGCCAAUGACUGUGUCCUGGACAAAGGACAACCAUGAGCUGAAAGAGGCUGAAAACGUUCAGAUUAUAUAUGAGAACAACACCGCCGUCCUGCACAUCACCAGUUUACAGAGCAAACAUGGCGGCAAAUACUCUUGCCAGGCGCAGAAUCAGGCCGGGAGCCAGACAUGCUCUGCUGUGUUGACAGUCAAAGAGCCUGCUAAGGUCACAGAGGAGGCCAAGUCCAUCAGUGUGACUCAGGGCGACCCGGCCACGCUGGAGGCCAGGUUCCAUGGCACAAAACCGCUGAAGGCCAGAUGGUUUAAAGCUGGCAAGGAGCUGACCUCAGGCCAGAGAUAUAAAGUACACGGCACAGACACCAGCUCUGUGCUCAAGAUUAUUAAAACAGAGAAAAGUGACAGUGGCGACUACACCUUUGAGGUUUCCAAUGAUGUGGGCCAAAGUUCUUGCGAGGCCACACUCACCAUUCUCGAUCAAAUAAUUCCACCGUCUUUUACAAGAAAACUGAAGCAGACAGAAGGUAUCAAAGGAUCGUUUGCUCAUCUGGAGUGUCUUGUAUCUGGCUCCCUGCCGAUAACGAUACAGUGGUACAGAGAUGAGAAAGAGAUCCAGGCUGAUGACAAACACAAAUGCACAUUCUUUGAAAAUGUUGCUUUUCUGGAAAUCUCUAAUCUUGACAGUAAAGACAGUGGCAGCUAUACCUGCAUUGCUAAAAAUAAAGCAGGAACUGUCCAGUGCUCGGGGAUCUUGUUUGUCAAAGAACCACCUUGCAUUCUUGAAAAGCCUGAAUCCAUGAAUGUUUUGCCCGGCUCAAAGGUCCAGUUUAACGUACUGGUCUCUGGCACACCACCACUGACCAUCAAAUGGUUUAAAAACAAGAAAGAGAUUUUAUCCAGCACCGACUGCAAUGUGGUCAAAGACAACACCUCAAGCUCACUGGAGCUCUUCUUUGCUAAAACCUCAGAUUCUGGAGAAUAUGUGUGUGAGAUACAGAACAAUGUGGGCUCCACUUCAUGCCAGACAACACUCUUUGUUAAAGAGCCCCCUAAGUUCACACGAACUCCGGCCCGUGUGUCUGUGGUCCGUCCCGGUCAGAGUAAAGUGUUUGAGUGCCAGGUGACCGGCACACCUGAGAUAGACAUCUACUGGUUUAAGGAAGGCUCUGAGAUCAGCCCCAGUGAUCGAUACAGGAUGGCCUUUGUUAACUCUGUGGCCACUCUGGAAGUCUGUGGGGCUGAUACCAAAGACAGUGGGCUUUACUACUGCGAGGCUCGUAAUGAGGCCGGCAGUGAGAGCUGCAACAUGGAGCUCAAGGUCAAAGAACCGCCAACAUUCAUUAGAGAGCUGGCUCCAGCUGAUGUUGUGAAGGGCUCCAGUGCCUGUUUUGAGUGUGAGAUUUCUGGGACUGGUCCAUUUGAGAUAACCUGGCACAAAGAUGUGAAGGAGAUCAAACCCAGUGCUAAACACGGCUUCUCCCAGACAAAUGGCAAUGUGCGUCUGGAGGUGCACAGGUGUGACACUGUAGAUAUGAGUGAAUACCACUGCACUGUUUCUAACGAGGUGGGAAGCUGUACUUGUAAGACUACGCUGAGCCUCAAAGAACCACCAACAUUUAACAAGAGGAUUGAGGACACUGCCACUGUUCUGGGUAAAAAGGCAGAGUUUCAGUGUGUUGUGGAGGGUUCUCCCACUCUCUCUGUACAAUGGCAAAAAGAUGAUAACUGGAUUUUGGAGGAUCCAAAGAUUGAGAGAACAUUUACGAACAAUGUGGCAACUCUCAGGAUUCCUGCCUGUGAGGCAACACACAGCGGGAAGUACACCUGCCAGGUGGUGAAUGAGGCCGGGCAGGACAAGUGCUUUGCUACCCUAACGGUGCAAGAGCCUCCUUGUAUCACAGAGAAACCUGAAGUGAUAAAGGUUACAGUGGGAGAUCCAGUCAGUCUGGACUGUAAGGUAACAGGCUCACCUGAGCUCAGAGUGAAAUGGAUGAAAGGUGGCAGGGAGCUUCAGUCCAUCAGGCAGCACAAGCUGACCUUUGAAAACAACAUGAGCAGCCUAAAGGUUCAGUCCGCUCAGAAAGAGGACGAAGGAGAGUAUGUCUUCGAGGUGGCAAACCACAUCAGUAGCUGCAGCUGCACGGUCAAACUGAUCGUACUAGAACAAGUAAUUGCCCCAAGUUUCAUCAAACCUCUGGUAGAAAUGCAAGAGAUUUUGGGCUCCUUUGUUCAGAUAAGUUGCAAAAUAUCCGGGUCCCUCCCGAUCUCUGUGGAAUGGAAAAAAGACGGGAUUAAAAUCACGAGUGGUGUAAAACACAAACUCAUUCAGCAGGACAAUUCUGUGUCCGUUGAAAUUGAACAACUAGAGAGAUCGGACGCAGGGUCCUACUCUUGCAAACUGACCAACGCAGCAGGAAGCUGUGAAUGCACUGGAUCCCUCAUGGUUAAAGAACCUCCCAGCUUUGUGACGCUGCCUGAAUCCCAGGCGGCCAUACCCAAUGCCACUGUACGCUUCAAAGGCACAUUUAAGGGGACGGCUCCUUUCACGGUCAAAUGGUUCAAGGAUGACACAGAGCUCAUGACCGGGCCCGCCUGUUUCACAGGGCUGGAGGGGCUGUCUUGCUUCUUAGACCUCUUUUCAGUGGCUUUCACCCAGAGUGGAGUUUACUCUUGCCAAGUCAGUAACGACGCUGGCUCUGUACGCUGUAGUGCAGACCUGACAGUCAAAGAACCACCUGAGUUUGUGCUGAAACUCCCUGCCAUUAAGUUUGUGAAGCAGGGUGAGUCACUCCGUCUGGAGUGCAAAGUCAGUGGCACAGCCCCCCUCAAAGCGACCUGGUACAAACAGGACACCAAGGUCAUGGACGGGGGCAACUACAGAACUUCAUUUGUUGACUCAGUAGCAGUCCUGGAACUGCUCUCCACCAGCUUUGAUGAUGAUGGAGUUUAUACCUGCGAAGCUCAGAAUGAUGCUGGCAGUGUCAGCUGCAGCACCACACUUACCGUUAAAGACCCACCAUCUUUUGUCAAAGUACCUCAGCCCGUUGAGGGGCUGAAGGGUAAGGACGUGAGUCUGUACUGCGAGAUAAGCGGUACAGCUCCGUUCCAGAUCACCUGGUUCAAAGACAGGAAACCUCUGAUGGAGAGCAGGAAGUAUAAGAUGGUGAGCGAGGGCAGCUCGGCUACGCUGCAUGUCAUUGGGAUAGAGUCGUCGGACGCCGGCGAAUACGAGUGCAAAGUGUCAAACAAUGUAGGAAGUGAUACCUGCCAGACGUCAGUUAAACUCAGAGAGCCACCGUCGUUUGUGAAGAAACUGUCAAACAUGACAGUGGUACUGGGAGAGGAGGUGACCCUUGUGGCCACUGUUAAAGGCUCUGAACCCAUUACUGUGUCCUGGGUUCAAGACAAGGAUCACAUUCUCAGGGACGGUGACAACAGGAAAAUCACCUUUGAGAACAACCAGGUCGCUCUUAAAGUCUUUAAGGCUGACGCAACCACGGCAGGCAAAUACACCUGCCAACUCAGAAACGAUGCUGGGAGUGUGGAGUGUUUCGCUAACUUGACUGUUCUAGAACCUGCAAAGAUCAUAGACAAGCCAGACGCCCUCAGCGUGACGGCGGGAGACAUCGCCGCCCUGGAGGUCAAAGUUUGUGGCACCCCGGAGCUGAUACCGAAGUGGUUCAAGGACGGAGUCGAGCUGGCCUCCGGGAGGAAAUACAAAAUCUCAUUUUCUCAGAUGAUUUCCAGCCUGAACGUGCUCUCUGCUGAGAAGGUGGACUCUGGAGAAUAUACAUUCGAGGUUAUGAACGAGGUCGGGAAGGACCUGAGCAAAAUCAACCUGACCGUCUUAGAUAAGAUCAGUCCUCCAAUAUUCACAAGGAAGUUGAAGGACUGCAACACAGUGGUGGGAGCAGCCGGAGAGAUGGAGUGCAAAGUGUCCGGCUCGCCUCCUUUCAUCAUCUCCUGGUACCACGACGGGGAGGAGAUCCAGAGUGGACCCAACUACGAGAUCUCAUUCAGCAACAACAGCUGCAUGCUCAGAGUGUCCACGCUGAAGCUGUCCGACUCAGGAAUGUACAAAUGUAAAGCUGUGAACAAGGCCGGGUCCACUGAGACCAUGUCCUCGCUGGUCGUCAAAGAACCUCCAUCCUUUGUGGUGGCGCCGCAGCCGGUGGAUGCCAUGCCUGGCUCCAACGUGACGUUCUCUGCCAUGGUGAAGGGCAGCGCCCCCCUGAAGCUGAAGUGGUUCAGAGGAGCCAAGGAGAUCCUGUCCGGACAUGGCUGUAACUUCUCCCUGAAGGACAACCAGGUUAUUCUGGAGCUCUUCAGCGUGGACAGAAAUCACGCCGGAGAGUACACCUGUCAGAUCAUCAACGAGGCGGGGAAGGAGAGCUGCCCCGUGAACCUUACCGUCAAAGAGCCGGCCGCCUUCUCCAAGAAGCUGAAGGACGUGUCGGUGGAAAAAGGCAAACCUCUGACGCUGGAGUGCACCUACACCGGAACUCCGAAGAUCACCGUGAACUGGUACAAGGACGGCCAACAGAUCUUUGCCUCCUACAAGUACAACAUCACCACCACAGAAAGCUCCUGCAUCCUCGAGUGUCUGAGCACUGACGACAAGGAGGCAGCAGGGAGGUUCUCCUGCGAAGUAUCCAACGACGCCGGCAGAGACAAGUGUGACGCCGUCGUGUCCAUCCUCGAGCCUCCAUACUUCGUGGAGUCCCUGGAGCCGAUGGAGGUGACGUCUGGAGACGCCGUGUGUCUGAAGUGUCAGGUGGCGGGAACGCCCGACAUCAAAGUGUCGUGGUUCAAGGCGGACGGGAAGGUCCGGUCCAGCCCCACCUGCAGGCUGGAGUACACCAAGGGGGUCGCCUGCCUGAAGCUCACCAAGGCCACCAAGGCCGACAUCGGAGAGUACACCUGCAAGGCGGAGAACCAGAUUGGCUCUGCCUCCUCCACCUGCAGACUCUCCGUGCUCGAGGCCAAAACGCCGCCGUCCUUCCCGAAGAAGAUCACCAGCCUGCAGCAGACGGAGGGUGAGCCCGUCCGCUUCGAGUGCCGCGUGGCCGGCUCUUCGCCGGUCGACGUGGCGUGGCUGAAGGACGGCGAGCCACUGCAGCCGGGCGGAGACUUCUCCAUGCUGUACGACGACAACACGGCCGCGCUGCUGAUCGGCCGCGGAGAGAAGAGACACUCCGGGGAAUACACCUGCGUGGCCACCAACAGCGUAGGCUCCGCCUCCUGCAGAGCCAAGCUCACGCUGCAAGAGCCCCGCUACCCGCCGCUCUUUGACAGGAAGUUGUCACCGCUAGAGGUGACGGUGGGCGACAGCAUCGAGCUGGAGUGUCACAUGACCGGCUCCGCCCCCAUCAAGGUCACGUGGUCCAAAGACCACAAAGACAUCCGCAGCGGCGGCAACUACAAGAUGAGCUGCGAGGACAACACGCCUCACCUGAGCAUCCUGAAGGCCGACAAGAACGACUCGGGGAGAUACUUCUGCCACGCCACCAACGACUCGGGCAAGGACUCGUGCUCUGCUGACAUCACGGUCAAAGAGCGUAAGAACCCUCCGGUGUUCACCAAGAAGCCUUCAGACCACAUCGAGGACCUGGAGGGGAAGCUGGUGAAGAUCGAGGGCCGCGUGUCCGGCUCCCAGCCGAUGGCCGUCAGCUGGUUCAAGGACGACUCGGAGAUCCGCAGCUCCGACAAAUACGACAUCACCUUCAAGAGCAACGUGGCCGUGCUCUGCAUCAGGAGCAGCCAGGUGACGGACAGCGGCAGGUACAGCUGCCGCGCCGCCAACGAGGCCGGCAGCACUUCCUGUGACGUCACCGUGGGGAUCUCAGAAGCGAAGAAGCCUCCGGUGUUCGACGUCCCCCUGAAGCCGCUGACGGUGGACGAGGGCGAGCGUCUGAGUCUGCGCUGCCACGUGUGCGGCCCGGCGCCCCUGAAGGUCCAGUGGAUGAAGGACAGGAAGGACCUGGCGUCCUCCGGCAGCACCAGGAUCACCUUCUCUGAAGGGACGGCGUGCCUGGAGAUAAGCUCCGCCUCCCGACACGACGCCGGAGAUUACCUCUGCAAGGCCACCAACGACGCCGGCACCGACUUCUGCAAGGCCAAAGUCACCGUCAAGGAGAAACCAGGAGCAGCUCCGGCUCUGGCUGAAGCUCCAGCUGCUGUUCCCACCAAGAAACUAGAAAACUUGUUCUUCAUCGAGGAGCCAAAAGCUGCACAUGUUACUGAGAAGGGAACCGCCACCUUCAUCGCCAAAGUGGGCGGCGACCCGAUCCCCAGCGUGAAGUGGAUGAAGGGGAAGUGGAGGCAGGUGACGCACGGCGGCCGGAUCUCCAUCGAGCAGAAGGGCCAGGACGCCAAGCUGGAGAUCAGGGAGGUCACCAAGUCGGACUCGGGUCAGUACCGCUGCGUCGCCGCCAACAAGCACGGAGAGAUCGAGUGCAGCGCCGACAUGCACGUGGACGAGAGGAAGGAGGCGGCGCACCUGGAGGGAGACCUGCGCGCCAAACUCAAGAAGACGCCGUCGAAGCAGAAGAGUCCGAAGGAGGAGCAGGACAUCGACAUUGUGGAGCUGCUGAGGAACGUCGACCCCAAAGAGUACGAGAAGUACGCUCGCAUGUACGGCAUCACGGACUACAGAGGCCUGCUGCAGGCCAUCGAGCAGCUGAAGAAGGAGAAGGCUGAAGAAAGUAGUGGAAGACCGGAACUGGAACGUGGAGACAGAGAGUCUGAUGAGGAAAUGGCUCGUCUGGUGGCCGACCUGCAGAAGAGGAUGGAGCGCACCGAGCCCGUCACGGUGCUGAAGGACAUCUCCGAUCAGUCCGUCUUCACCAACAAGCAGGCAGAGUUCGAGUGCGAGAUCAAGAUCAACUACCCGGAGAUCACCCUGUCCUGGUACAAAGGCACGCAGAAACUGGACACCAGUGACAAGUAUGACAUCAGCAUCCGCGACGACCGCCACCUGCUGCGCAUCAAGAGGUGCACGGCGUCCGACCAGGGCAACUACCGGGUGGUCUGCGGGCCGCACAUCUCCAGCGCCAAACUCACCGUCACCGAGGCGGAGGUGGAGAAGCACCUGCAGGACACUUCGGGUAAGGAAGGCCAGUCGUGCACUCUGUCUUGUCAGUUGUCCAUCCCAAACGUAGAGGCUCAGUGGUUUAAAAAUGGGACGCAGUUAGAGCUGAAGGGCAGGUACACGUCGGAGGUGAAACACAAGGUUCAGAAGCUUCUGAUCCGAGACCUGAAGAGCGAAGACCAGGGCCGGUACACCUGCCGGUACCAGAACCUGGAGUCCUCCGCCGACCUCUGGGUCGAAGCUGAACAAAUUCAUUUCACCAAACGUAUCCACAACAUCGAAGUCAACGAGCGCCAGUCGGCCACCUUCGAGUGCGAGGUGUCCUUCGACAACGCGAUCGUCUCGUGGUACAAAGACACCUGGGAACUGAGAGAGAGCCCUAAGUACAACUUCACAAGCGAGGGCCGAAGACAUUUCAUGGUCAUCCGAAACGUGACCAUCGAAGACGAAGGCGUGUACUCAGUGAUUGUGAGGUUGGAGCCCAGAGGAGAGGCUAAGAGCACGGCUGAGCUUUAUUUGUCUGGCAAAGAAAUCGAACUAGCAAUGGUUCCCCUCGAUGUCACAGACUUGUCAGUUCAGAGGCCUGAAGUGCCUUCAUCAGUGGCAAUCCAAGAAUCUGCUGAGUUCUAUCACUAUGAAGAAGAGUUUGAACAAAGAGAAUCAGCUGAAUAUUCAUAUCACUAUGAAGAGGAGAUGGAGGUGGAGCAGAGAGUCGAGUUUGAGAGCUGGACGGAGGAAACGAUAACACAACAGGUGUCCACAGCCAAAGCUGCCAGAGUUGCCAUUGAGGAGAAAGUUGAGACCAAGAAAGUUGAAAUGAGAGAAGAAAUGCCAACAAAAGUUCCCAAAGCUGAGAAAAAGCCCGAAGAGAAGCCCACACCAGCCCCGAAGGAGCCGUCACCACCCAAAGUACCGGAGGCCAAAAAGCCAGUGGAGGAAAAGGUGGCAGCAGUUUCAGUCCCAGAGAAGAAGAAAGCUGCUGUUCCCAAAGAACCAGAGGAGGUUAAGAAGCCUGCUGCUCCCUCGCUGCCAGCAGAGAAACCUGAGAUGCCAAAGAAAGAUGAGCGUAAGCCUCAGGUACCAGCUGAGCCCAAAAAAGUGGCGCCUGCAGCUAAGCCUGAGCCCGAGCCCAAGCCCAAACCGAAAGCAGAACCUGAACCAAAGCCUAAGCCCGCACCGGUUCCUAAAGCAGAACCUGAAGCCAAACCUGCGGCGAAGGUCGAGCCUGAAGUGAAACCGGUGCCAGCAAAGAAGCCGGCAACGCCGCCAUCCAAAGUCCCUGAAGAGGCUGCAAAACCAGAGAUCAAGCCUGAGCCGGCCAUUAAAAAGCCUGAACCAGAGGCUCGCAAAGCAAAACCUGAACCGGAAAAACCAAAACCAGAAGUCCGUAAACCUGAGCCUCUUGUAAAGAAGCCAGAACCUCCAGUUCCUAAACCUGAACCAGAGGUGGUCCUGGUCCGCAAACCUGAACCAGCAGUGGUCCCUAAACCAGAGCCAGCAGUGAAAAAAGCUGAACCUGAAGUGAAAGUUCCAAAACCAGAACCUCCAAAGGCCAAACCAGAACCAACUCCUGCACCAAAGGAACCUCCGAAGAAAGUUCCUGUGGAGGAGAAAAUACCUGAGCCUCCAAAGGCAGUCAAGAAACCAGAACCUGCUGUUGUUCCUCCCAAAGAAGAGCCAACAAAGAAAGCUUUGAAGCCCAAACCUAAACUCGUACCCGAUGAGGUGCCUGAACAGGUACCUCAGAAGGUGUUUGAUGAGGUAGUUGUGUUGGAGCCUGAACCUGAGAGGCUGCCUGAGAAAAUACCUGAGGCAGUACCUGAGAGACGGCCUCCAGGGAGAGCUGAGGUGAAGGAAAAGACCCUUGAAAGGGUCCCAGAGAAGGUGUUGGCACCUGAGAGGAAAGUGGAGGAAAUCCCAAAGAGGGUGCCAGAAAAGGUACCUGAGAGGGUUCCUGAAAAAAUACCAGAGAAAGUUCCUGAAAAAAUAACAGAGAAGGUUCGAGAAAAAACACCAGAGAAGGUUCCAGAAAAAAUACCACAGAAGGUUCCAGAAAUAAUACCGGAAAAGGUUCCCGAAACAAAAGUACCUGAGAAGGUUCCAGUAAAACCACCUGAGGAAAAAGUAUCUCCACCUGUGAAGAAGAUUGUAAAAGUUCCUGAGAAGAAGCCACCUGAGGAAGUGAAACAGCUGCCAAAGACACCACCAGAGAGGGUCCCCGUUGAAAAGACACCUGAGAAGGUGCCUGAAGCCAAACCUAAACGGGAGGUCGAAGAAACUCUUCGAAAAGCAAUAGAAACUAAGAAGAUUGAGAAGAUUCAACGCUCAGAGGCUGAACAAGAAAAAAUAGUAUCUCCUCCAGAAAAAGUGACCACGAGUCUCGUCAAGAUCGAGCGAAGGGAAGGAGCUCAGAAGAUACAAGAAGUCUAUUAUGUGACAGAGAAAGUGUCGCCCACAGAGGUGGUGUGGGAACAUGAAGAGGUGAUGGAAGAACACGCCAAAGUGUUGUACGAGGACAAAGUGUUGUACGAGGACAAAGUGUCUCCUCUGGCCGAGACGAUUGUUUCAUUAUCAGAAGUUGACGUCUUUAGUACAACAGAAAGGGAAAGCGAUAAAAAGUCUGAACUGAGAGGUGAGAUAUCCGUUACUGACUCUUCAAAGAGGAAAGAAACCAAGGUGACUAGACACAGAGUCCCAAAAACACAAGAAACAUUUUCUAUAGUCCAGGAAUCUGAAUCUAAAGAGGACAGGGAAGCCACAACAGUGCAGGAGAAACCCACAAGAGAAAUGAUUGAAGAGUUUUUUAUCAGGACGAUCGAGUCGCCAACAGAGGAAAUUACAGAUGAGAGAAAAGACAGCACAUCAGUCAGAAGAGAGAUAAGCAUUAAAACAGAAAGCAAAGAGAGACAAAGGGAAACUACUGCAGGCAAAGAAAGAGAGUUAGUCAAAGAAAAGAUCCCAGCAGUGAGAGACACAGAUAGAACUAAACCAAUGACCAUCAGCACUGAAGCAAGAAAACUCACUGAAAAGCUUGAAGUUGAAGAAAAGGCUUUGCCAGAGGUCGAUCAUGAUGUCGAGAUAAUAUCAGAUAUUCCAAAAGAAAAAUACAGUAGAUCUGAGGAGGUUACAAAGAUUACAAUCCAGCAAAAAGAAGUUUCAGUUGAAGAGAAACCAACAAAAAUAAAAAUAGUAGAAGAGAAAACCAGUAAAACAGAGAAAACCCUGAUUAAACCAGCAGUCAUUUCAGAUGCCAAAAAAGAUGAACAUUUUGCACCAGAAAAAGUGUCGGUAAAGAAACCUGAGAUAGCUGAAAAGAAACAAGAAAAGGAGAUAACUGAAAAACCCAAACCUAAAGAAGAGGUAAAACCAAAAGAGUCAGCAAAAGAGUCAGUAACAGAUAUCGAGCUUAAGAAGCCAGCAGUGAUUGAACAGACUGAUAGAACUGUAGCAGAACACAAGAAAAGAUCCAAAGACGUUUCUCCUCAGAGAGUCGAGACUGAAAAAGAAACAAGUCUUUUAACGGAGGACUCCUUUCAGACCAAACCUUCAGUCCCUUCACUCCCAGAGAAGAAAAGGAUUUCCCCUCAAACACCUUCCAGAGAGCCAGAAGUCAAGGCCCAGCUGAUUCCUCCGACGCCUCCUGCUGCUCCAGUGGAGAUAAAAGGAAAAAUAGUUGAGAGAAUUCCUGUGAAGGAGAAGGAAUCUCCACCACAAGUCAAAGAAGCACUGGUAAAGCCAGCUGCUCCUCAAGAAGAGAGCAAACCGCAAGCUGCUGUAAAAGUUCAAGAAGCUGCCAAAAAGCCUGAAGUCCCUGAACCGGCCAAGAAGUUAGAGAAGAAAGUGACUCCACAAGAAGAAACAAAGCCAGUGGCCAAACCAAAGCCUGCUGUAAAGGCCGAAGAACCAACCAAGAAGGCAGCAGAAGAAGAAAAACCAGUCAUGGUAGAAAAGAAAUCUCCUCCAACAGAUGAAACCAAGGGACCCGUCCAAGCACCAGGAGGAGUCAAGAAAGAACUUCUUCUGGCGAAAAAAGGUAAAGUUCAGACUGUGGAGGAGGGGACGUUUGAGAUUCCCACUUUGAAGAAGGCAACCCGAAUUAUAAAAGAAGUGGAAGAGGAGCAUGAGACCGUCAAACUGAAGAAGAUUCCUUCAGCUCCACCUAAAGAGGCUGUAGAGCUGAAAAUGCAGAGGGGCACAAAGACUUCUGUGGUUCAUGUUGAGGAGAUGGUGCAAAGAGAGGAGGCUGCUGAGAUAUCCUUCGUCACCAGGAGAACUGUAGAGGAGAGGACACCUCGAGACAGAGCAGAUGUGGUGAAAAAGCCGGAACUUGUAGAGCCGAAAGAAAAGGAGCAAGAAGAAGCUCCUAAAGAUGCUUGGACCCGCAAGAAACCAGUUCCAAAAGAUGAGGAACCAGAAGAAAAGAUUUCUUUGAAGAAAACUCCGAAGAAGAAAGAAGAGGAGCCUACUCCACCCAGUACAGCCUUAAAGAAGGUGAAAAAAUUGCCUUCAGAUGAAGUUGAACCAGAAGUAGUCAAACUAAAACCAUUUGAAAAGCCUGUUAAACCAGCAGUGGAGCCAGAGAAAGACCAGAAGGAGAGGCCAGACAGGGAUACUGUACCUUUCCAGAAGCUAGAGAGGACUCCCAGAGAAGUGGAAACCAAAGAACCUCCCAAGAAACCAGAGAAAGCUCCUCCGGAGGUAAAGGAGCCAGCAGCCAAGGUGCUGAAGCCAGUCGAUAAAAAGAAAACUCCAGAGAAAGAGCCCGAGGAGGUCAAAGCUCCCACCAAGGUGAAGAAAAUCCCAACGCAGGAGCAAGAGGUUGAAAGUGUCAAGCUGAAGCCCUUCUCCAGGCCUUCCAAAGAAGCUGUAGAGCCUGAGAAGAAACCAGCAGAAGAGAAGGAGAGGAAGCCAGCCGACGACCUGCUUCGCCGUCGCACAAGUCCUGAUGAAAAAACAAAAGAAAGGGAGCCAGAGGCCAGACCGAAGAAACCUGAGGUCCCUGAAGCGCCAGAGAAGAAGCUGGAGAAGCCGAAGGAGGUCGAGGCAGUUCCAGCAGAGAAGACAGUGUCUCCUGCACCAACUCCUGUAAAGAAACCUGAAAAGGUUCCUGAAGAGCCCAAACCUCUGCAGCUGAAGAAGGGAGUCAUACCUAAGGCGAAGGAGGACAAAGAAGAAGUGGCUCUGAAGCCUUUGGAGCAGCUCAAGAAGGUCGAGCUGAAAAAGACACCAUCUCCCAAAGUUGAAAAGCUUAAAGAAGCAGAAACAAUCCCCGUCGAGAAGAGGCCGAGUGUCGACAAACUCAAAAAGAUUCCUAAAACGAUUUCACCAAAAGAAUCGAUUAUUGAACCUGUGACUCUGAAAAAGGUCCCAAAGAAGCCGUCACCAGAGGAGGCCGCAGAACCGGCAAAGCCCGGUAAAGGCCGAGUUCCCCUGGUGAAGGAGGUCUCUCCUGGAGCCGUGCAGAUGAGGAAGGUCGCCACCCAGCCAGAGGAGGAGGUGUUCGAAGAGGAAGGUGAGGAAGAGGCCGAGCAGGAGGACGAAGAGGCCUGGGGCUGGGAGCUGGUUCCCACUGAGAGUUCAGAAGACUGGGAGGGUGAAGCAGAGGAAGGUGCUCUGGAGGUGCCGGGGGUGACCAGGAGAGAGGGACAACCAGCAGAAGAGGCAGGAAGAGGAGGUAGAGGUAGAGGGCUGAAACCCCGGCAGACCCCGUCCCCUGGUGAAGGCCGGGGUCGCGGCCUGAGGCCCGGUGGAAAAGGCCCGUCUCCACCAGAGGAACCCUUCGCAGGAUUUAAGCUGAAAGCCGUCCCCCUGAAGUUCAUCAAGAAGCUUCAGGACAUCGUGCUGACGGAAGCCGAGUCCAUCGGCUCGUCUGCCGUGUUUGAGUGUGAGGUGUCGCCUUCCACCGCCAUCACCUCAUGGAUGAAGGACGACUGUAACCUGCGCGAGAGCCCCAAGCACAAGUUCACUUCUGAUGGCAAAGAUCGCAAGUUGCACAUUAUUGAUGUCCAGCUCUCGGACACCGGCGACUACACCUGCAUCGCCAAGAACGCCGGCAAGGAAAUUCAGUGCACAGCCAAGCUCAUUGUUGAAGAGCUUCCUGUGAAGUGGCUCAAAGAGCUGGAGGAGGAGACGUCAGCGCUGAAGGGUCAGCCUCUGUACAUGACCUGUGAGCUGAACAAAGAGAGAGAUGUGAUAUGGAAGAGGAACGGUGAAGUCCUGAAGAAGAAGGCCAACAAGGUUCAGAUCAACAUCAUCGGUAUGCAGCACGCCGUCACCAUCCAGAACACCACUGAGGAGGACACCGGGCUGUACACGUGUGAAGUGGCCAACCAGGAGGACGUCAAGACGACGACAAACGUCAAAAUCAUUGAAAUCAUCAAAGAUUGGAUUGUGAAGCCUCUGAGGGACCAGCAUGUGAAGCCGAAGGCUGCUGCGGUGUUCAAGUGCGAGCUCUUCAAGGAAACUCCCAACUGGAAGUGGCUCAAAGGAGAGAACGAGGUCGUUCCUUCUGACAAGGUGGAGAUCAAGAAGGACGGAAAGGAGCUGACGCUCACCAUUAAGAACUGUCAGCCUGAGGACGUAGCGGACUACUCCAUGGAGGUGGAGGGACGGAUCUACACCGCCAAGCUCACCCUCGGAGAGCGUGAGGCUGAGAUCCUGAAGCCCCUGGCCAGCGUGGAGGUGGUUGAGAAGGAAGAUGCCAAGUUUGAGACGGAGAUCUCUGAGGACGAUGUUCCAGGAGAAUGGAAGCUCAAAGGAGAGGUUCUGACCAGAUCCCCGACGUGCGACAUCCAGAUGGAGGGCGGGGUCCGUAGACUCAUUCUGAAGAACUGCCAGUUGGAUCAUGCAGGAGAAGUGUCCUACCAGGCUCUGAACGCCGUCACCAGCGCCAUGCUCAAUGUCAAAGAGAUCGAAAUGGACUUUGUCGUCCCGCUGAAGGACGUUUCUGUGCCUGAAAAGAAACAGGCUAAGUUUGAAUGCACCAUCACGAAGGAUGUCUCUAAGGUCAUGUGGUUUAGAGGGGAUGACGUUAUCACCCCAGACCAAAAGUAUGACAUCAUCGAUGAUGGAAAGAAGCAUAUGCUGAUUAUAAACUGCUGUGAGUUUGAUGACGAGGACCAGUAUACCAUCGGGGUUUUGGACAAAACGUCCACAGCGAGACUAACGGUGGAGGGUAUCAGGCUCAAAUUUAUCUCGCCGCUAAAGGACCAAACUGUGAAAGAAGGAAAUACGGCUCACUUCGAGCUGGAGCUGUCUCAUGAGAACAUCCCGGUCACCUGGUACAAGAACGACGUUAAGAUUCACCCGAGCAGAACGGUGGUCACUCAGGUGGACGGAAAGAGACACGUGCUGCAGAUAAAGGAAGUGACUCUGGAUGAUACGUGCCAGAUUAAAGCUGAGGCCAAAGGAAUUCCUUCCAUGGCCAACCUGACUGUCAUAGAGGGAGACGCAUACUUCACAGUGAAGCUGCAGGACUUCACUGCAGUGGAGAAAGACGAGGUCACUCUAGAUUGCGAGCUCAGCAAAGACGUGGAGGUGAUGUGGUACCACAGCGAGGCUGAGAUUAAGCCCUCUAAGGUGGUCGCCAUUAAGGCUGAGGGCAAACGCAGGAGCCUCGUCAUCAAGAAAGUUGGAGACAAAGACAAAGGACAAUACUUGUGUGAUUGUGGGACAGACAAGACGACUGCCGUGCUUCAUAUCGAAGCUCGCCACAUCAAGGUGGUUCGGCCCUUGUACGGCACCGAGGUGUUUGAGGGAGAAACGGCUCGCUUCGAGGUGGAGCUCAGCGAGGACGACGUGCACGGCCAGUGGAGGCUGAAUGGAGAACUCCUCAGUCCGUCCGCUGAUGUUGAGAUUGUGGAGGACGGAGCCAAACACACUCUGGUGUUGUACAACUGCAAAGUGCCACAAACUGGCGAGUUGGUGUUUACCGCCGCCAACGCCAAGUGCUCUGCUAACCUGAAAGUGAAGGAGCCUCCGGUCUCGUUCAUUACUCCGCUGGCUGACGUGCAUGUGUACGAAAAGGACGAGGCAAAGUUUGAGCUGGAAAUUUCCAGAGAGCCCAAAAGCUUCCGCUGGCUGAAGGGCUCUCAAGAGUUGUCAAACGACGAUAAGUUUGAACUCCUGGUGGAAGGAAACAAACACACUCUUAUUGUGAAAUCUGCCAGAUAUGAAGAUGAAGGCAAAUACGUGUUUGAUGCUGAAGACAAAAGGACAUCUGGGAAGUUGUUUAUCAAAGGUAUUCGUCUUGAGUUUAUCAAGCCGAUUAAAGAUGUGACAGUGAAGGAGCGUGAAACGGCAGAGUUCAGUGUUGAACUCUCUCAUGAGAACAUCCCAGUGGUCUGGUACAAAAACGACGUGCGCCUGCACCCGAGCAAGGUGGUGCACAUGUCUGAUAAUGGGAAGGGCCACAUGCUGGCCUUCAAGGAGGUCUCCAUCGACGACACCUCCCUGAUCAGAGUGGAGGCCAUGAGCAAGAGCUCCGAGGCCAUGCUCACCGUGCUCGAGGGCGACCUGUAUUUCACCGUCAAGCUGCAGAACUACACGGCCGUGGAGAAGGACGAGGUGACCCUGUCCUGUGAGCUGAGCAAGGCCGCAGGCGAGGUCAAGUGGUUCAAAGACGGGAACGAAAUAUUUCCCUCUAAGAACAUUCUCGUCCAAUCUGACGGCAAGAAGCGCACGCUGGUCAUCAAGAAGGCGGCGAAGAGCCACAUGGGAGCGUUCACCUGCGACUGUGGCACCGACAAAACCACAGCCGACCUGAGCAUCGAAGAGCGCGACAUCAAGGUGCUCCGCCCGCUCUACAGCGCCGAGGUCACCGAGCUCGAGACGGCCAAGUUUGAGACGGAGAUUUCAGCGGAGGACCUGCACGCCGUCUGGAAGCUGAAGGGAGAGACGCUGCACCCGUCCGCUGAUGUGGAGAUCAAGGAAGAGGGCCCCCGACACAUCCUGAUCCUUUACAACUGUAAACUGGACAUGGCUGGAAGCAUCGACUUCUCGGCAGCGAACGCCAAAUCUACGGCUCAGCUCAGGGUCAAAGCCCGAGUGAUCGGCCUGGCCCGGCCUCUGAACGACGUCACCUUGACCGCCGGAGAGACCGCCACAUUCGAGUGCGAGCUGUCCUACGAAGGCAUUGCUGUCGAGUGGUUCCUGGGGGGUACCAAGCUGGAACCAAGCGACAGAGUGGUGCUGAAGGCGGAGGAUAAAGUCCACAGUCUGACUCUGAGGGACGUCCAGCUGAGUGAAGCCGGACAAGUUAAACUCACCGCCAAGGACUUCCAGACGGAUGCCAACCUCAUCGUUAAAGAACCGCCCGUGGAGUUCACAAAGCCUCUGCAGGACCAGACAGUGGAAGAGGAAGCGACCGCCACGCUAGAGUGUGAAGUUUCCAGAGAGAACGCAGAAGUACGAUGGUUCCGGGACGGACAGGACAUCCGCAAGACCAAGAAGUACGAGAUGAUCAUCGACGGCCGCAAGAGAGCGCUGCUCAUCCACGACUGCACCAUGGACGACUCUAGAACCUACGCCUGCGACGCCAAAGACUUCAAAACCUCCUGCUUCCUCAAUGUGGAACCUCCACAUAUCGAGUUCUCUAAGCCGCUCCAUGAUGUCGAGGUCAAAGAGAAGGAAUCUGCCAGGUUUGAAUGUGAAGUUUCCAGAGAGGACGUCAAGGUCCGCUGGUUUAAAGAUGGAAGUGAAAUCAGAAAGGGAAAGAAGUACGAAAUUAUCGCUCAAGGUCGCCAACACAUCCUCAUCGUCCACAAGUCGGUGUUUGAUGACGAGGCGGAAUACGAAUGUGACGCAAAGACCUCCAAGUCCUCCGGCAUGCUCACUGUUGUCGAGGAGGAGACCAGGUUCAGUAAGAACUUGUCCAACGUGGAGGGAACAGAGACGGACAGCGUGAAGCUGAUCUGUGAGGUGUCCAAACCCAGCGCUGACGUGAGGUGGUACAAAGGAGACGAGGAGCUGCCCGAGGGCGGCCGCUACGAGCACAUUGUGGACGGGAAGAGGAGGAUCCUCCUCAUCCAGGACCUGAAGAUGGCCGACGUCGGAGAGUACAACUGCAGGCUGAGUCCCAGCAUCAAGACCUCCGGAAACCUCAAGAUUAACGAGCUUGCCGCGGAGUUCAUCUCCCGGCCGCAGAGCCAGGAGGUGGUGGAGGGCGAGAAGGCAGAGUUCACCUGCUCCGUCUCCAAGGAAACCUUCCAGGUGAAAUGGCUGAAGGACGACAAAGAGCUGGAGGAGGGAGACAAAUACCAGAUGGUCAGCGACGGCAAGAGACGCACGCUGGUCAUCAAGAACAGCGAGCUGAAAGACGAGGGCGGAUACGUGGUGUUGAUCGGAACCACCAGAGCCAGCGCCGACCUCACGGUGCUUGAGAAACUGAAGGUCAUCACGCCACUGAAGGACACGGAGGCCAAAGAGGGACAGGAAGUGGUCCUGAACUGCGAGGUGAACACAGAGGGAGCGAAGGCCAAGUGGCUGAAGAACGAGGAGACGAUAUUCGAGAGCAGCAAGUACGUGAUGGUCCAGAGGGACAACGUCUUCUCCCUGAGGAUCAGAGACGCUCAGAAGGGAGAUGAAUCCAACUACAACAUCAACCUGACCAACCAGAGAGGAGAGCACGCCAAGAGCUCCUGUAACCUCACCGUCAAAGAGGAGAGUCUGAGGAUUGUGGUUCCUCUGGAGGACAUCGACACUCAGGAGAAGAAGACCGUCAGCUUCUCCUGCAAGGUGAACCGACCCAACGCCACUCUGAAGUGGAUGAAGGGCGGCGAGGAGAUCGCCUUCAGCAAACGCAUCGUGUACAGAGUGGACAAAGAGAAACACACUCUGACCAUCAAAGACUGCACGCUGGCCGACGAGGGCGAGUACACCGCCGUGGCCGCCGACAACAAGUCUGUGGCCGAGCUGAUCAUCAGCGAGGCGCCCACCGACUUCAGCAUGCACCUGAAGGACCAGACCAUCAUCGAGUUCGAGGACGCAGAGUUCACCUGCAAGCUGACCAAAGAGAAGGCCGAGGCCAAGUGGUACAGGAACGGACGCGAGAUUAGAGAAGGACCCAGAUACACAUUUGAAAAAGAGGGGAAGAUGUGCACGCUGCGUAUCAAAGAGUGCCGACCUGAUGACGAGUGUGAGUACGCCUGUGGAGUGGACGAGAAGAGAUCCAGAGCCAGACUCUUCGUUGAAGAGACCCCGGUGGAGAUUGUCAGGCCGCCACAGAACGUGUUCGAGCCUCCGGGCUCGGACGUCGUGUUCGAGGUGGAGCUCAACAAGGACAGACAGGAAGUGAAGUGGCUGAGGAACAACAUGACCGUCGUUCAGGGAGACAAGUUCCAGAUGAUGAGCGAGGGUAAAAUCCACAGACUGCAGGUCUGCGAGAUCCGACCCCGAGACCAGGGAGAGUACCGAGUCCUCGUCAAGGACAAAGACGCCAAGGCCAAGCUGGAGCUGGCAGCUGUGCCUCAGAUAAAGACCACAGACCAAACUUACAUCACAGACGCCAGGAAGCCCAUCACCAUGGCGGUGCCCUACAGCGCCUACCCACAGGCCGAGGCUGACUGGCUGUACAACAGCCUGAGUCUGCCCAAAGACAAUGUCUACACGUCCGCAGACCGCACAGAGUACCGGCUCAAGGACCCGCUGAAGUCCGACGAGGGCCGCUACAAGAUCAUCAUCAAGAACAAACACGGAGAGGGCGAAGCCUUCAUCAACCUGGAGGUCAUCGACGUCCCCGGACCCGUGAAGAACCUGCAGGUGGUCGACACCGCCGACGGCGAGGUCAGCCUGGCGUGGGAGGAGCCCGAGAGCGAUGGCGGUGCAAAGGUCACCGGCUACGUGGUGGAGAGACGCGACGUGAAGCGCAAGACCUGGACGCUCGCCACAGACCACGCCGAGAGUCCAGAGUAUACGGUGACCGGCCUCCAGAAGGACUCCUUCUACCUGUUCAGAGUCUGUGCCAGGAACAGGGUCGGCAGCGGCCCCAACGUGGAGACCGACAAAGCCGUACAGGCCAAGAACAAGUUUGACGUUCCCGAGGCUCCUCUGAACGUCAUCGUUGGAGACGUCUCGAAGUUCGGCUGCACCGUCUCCUGGGAGCCUCCCGAGUCGGACGGCGGCUCUCCCAUCACCUCUUACAUCAUCGAGCUGCGCGACAGGACGUCGGUGAAGUGGACGCCCGUCCAGAUUACCAAAGCCGGCGAGCUCAGUGCCAUUGUCAACGACGUCAUUGAGAACAAAGAGUACAUCUUCAGAGUCAAAGCCCAGAACAAAGCUGGCGAGGGAAAGCCCAGCGCGGCCACCAAGCCCGUCAAGAUCAUGGACCCCAUCGAGCCACCCAGUCCUCCCCAGAACCUGGUCUGGCAGGACCAGAACAAGAGCUCGGUGCAGCUCUCCUGGGAGACUCCUCUGAGGAACGGAGGCAGCAUGAUCACUGGUUACAUCAUCGAACGCUGCGAGGAAGGCACCGACAAGUGGCUCCGCUGCAACGCCCGCCUCUGCCCAGACCUCUUCUACAAGGUUUCUGGUUUGAAAUAUGGAGCCAAGUACAACUACAAAGUGUUUGCUGAAAAUGCUGCCGGAAUCUCUGAGCCAUCAAACAUCAUCGGCCCUCUGCUGGCCGACGACCUGCACGUGGGUCCGACCUUCGACCUGAGCGCCUUCAAGGAUGGCCUGGAGGUGAUCGUCCCUCAGCCUCUCACCAUCAGAGUCCCCAUCACCGGAUACCCGACCCCCGUCGCCAAGUGGACCUUUGGAGAGAAGGUGCUGUCCACCGAUGACGAGCGUGUGACCAUGACCACCAGGUCCACCUUCACGGAGCUGAUCGUCACACCAAGCGUCCGCCCCGACAAAGGCACCUACACCCUGCAGCUGGAGAACGACGUCACGUCCGUCAGCGGAGACAUCGAAGUCAAUGUCAUCGCGGCGCCCAGUGCCCCGAAGGACUUCAAGGUCCUGGAGGUGACGCGACAGCACGUCCACCUGAGCUGGGAGGCUCCAGAGCACGACGGAGGAAGUCCUCUGACAGGCUACCAGGUGGAAAAACGGGACGUGACCCGCAAGACCUGGGUCAAGGUGAUCACAGGUAUCCAGGAUCAGGAGUUCACAGUCACAGACGUGGUUGAAGGAAAGGAGUAUCUGUUCAGAGUCACCGCCUGUAACAAGUGUGGACCCGGAGAGCCGGCGUACAUCGACGAGCCCGUCAACGUCUCCUCUCCUGCCACCAUCCCCGACCCUCCAGAGAACCUGAGAUGGAGAGACAAGUCUGCCAGCGGCAUCUUCCUGACCUGGGAGCCGCCCAGGUACGACGGCGGCAGCAGCCUCCGAGGCUACAACGUGGAGCGCUGCCAGAGAGGAGCCGAUAAGUGGGAGCCCUGCGGGGACAUGGUGCCUGAGCUGAAGUGCCAGGUGACCGGUCUGAUCGAGGGCCAGUGGUACGCUUACAGAGUCCGAGCCCUGAACCGACUCGGUGCCAGCCGCCCCUGCAAGGCCACCGACGAGAUCCAGGCUGUCGAUCCUAAAGUGGCUCCAGAGAUCCAGUUGGACGCCAAGCUGCUGGCCGGUCUGACCGCCAAGGCCGGCAGCAAGAUUGAACUCUCUGCCGAGGUGACGGGUAAACCCGAGCCCAAGGUGAAAUGGACCAAGGCCGACCUAGUCCUCAAACCUGACGACAGGGUGUCCAUCGACACCAUCCCAGGACACUCCACCGUCACCGUCGCCAAGACCAAGAGAGACGACAGCUCCACCUACAUCAUCGAGGCCACCAACAGCAGCGGCCGUGCCACCGCCACCGUCGACGUCAACAUCCUUGAUAAACCUGGUGCUCCGGCUGCCUUCGACAUCUCUGAGAUCACCAAUGAGACCUGCUUCCUGGCCUGGAAUCCUCCACGCGAUGACGGCGGCUCCAAGGUCACCAACUACAUCGUUGAGCGGCGCGGCGCCGAGAGCGAGAUCUGGCACCGCCUGUCCUCCACCGUGAAACUGACCACCUACAAAGCUGUUGGCCUGGUCAAGUUCAAGGAGUACAUCUUCAGAGUCUUCGCAGAGAACCAGUUUGGUAUCGGCCCGCCGGCUGAGCACCCGUCCAUCAUCGCCAGAUACCCCUUCGACACUCCUGGAGCUCCUUACAAGCUGGAGGGUUCAGACAUUGCCAAGGACUCUCUGACCCUAGCCUGGUACGAGCCAGAUGAGGAUGGAGGUAGCCCCAUCACAGGAUACUGGGUGGAGAGAUACGAACCCGACCACGACAAGUGGAUCAGAUGCAACAAGCUGCCCAUCAAAGACACAAACUACAGAGUCAAAGGUCUUCCCACCAGGAAGAAGUACAAGUUCAGAGUCCUGGCUGAGAAUCUGGCCGGAACUGGAAAACCCAGCAAGGAGACAGACCCGAUCCUCGUCAAGGAUCCUAUUGAUCCUCCAUGGGCUCCUGGUAAACCCACGGUGAAGGACGUGGCUAAGACGUCCUGCUUCUUGAUGUGGACCAAACCAGAGCACGACGGCGGAGCAAAGAUCGAUGGCUACGUCAUUGAGAUGCUGAAGAGCGGUACGACGGACUGGAUCCGUGUGGCAGAGAACAUCAACAUCCUGGAGCACUUCCUGAAGGGUCUGAUGGAGAAACAGGAGUACUCGUUCAGGGUGCGAGCCGUUAACGUGGCCGGAGAGAGCGAGCCCAGCGAGCCCAGCGACCCCGUGCUCUGCAAAGAGAGACUCAACCCGCCCUCGGCUCCACGCUGGCUGGAGGUCAUCAACAUCAGCAGGAACAGCGCCGACCUGAAAUGGACAGCCCCCGAGCGCGACGGAGGCUCGAAAAUCACCAACUACGUCGUGGAGAAGCGCGACGCCAAACGUAAAGGCUGGCAGGCCGUCGACACCACAGUCAAGGAGCUAAAGUACACUGUGACGCCGCUUAAUGAAGGGUCACUCUACGUGUUCCGCGUCGCUGCAGAGAACGCUGUUGGUGUUGGACCGUUCUGUGAGCUGGAGGACUCUGUGCUCGCCAAAGACACUUUCACUACUCCUGGGCCGCCGUACGCCCUCACUGUGAACGCUGUGACAAAGAGAUACGUCGACUUGCAGUGGGAGGAGCCUAAAAACGAUGGUGGCAGACCCAUCCUCAAGUAUAGCCUUGAGAAGAAGGAGAAACUUGGAACCCGCUGGGUGAAGUGCGGGAAGACUUCAGGUCCGGACUGUAAGUACAGAGUGACCGACGUCAUCGAGGGAACGGAGGUUCAGUUCCAGGUCUGCGCCGAGAACGAGGCCGGCGUCGGUCAUCCGAGCGAGCCCACCGAGAUCCUCACCAUCGAGGAUCCAACAGGCGUCCCAUCGCCGCCCAUCGAGCUGCAUGUGACCGGAGCCAGCCGGGACUUCCUGUCCAUCGCCUGGAAGCCUCCGCAGAGAGACGGCGGCUGCAACAUCACUGGCUACCACAUCGAGAUGUGCGAAGCCGGGACAGAGAAGUGGAUGAGGGUCAACUCCCGUCCCGUAAAGGAGCUCAAGUACCGCAUCGAGGAGGGCGUGGUCCCUGAGAAGGAGUACAUCAUGAGAGUCAGGGCCAUCAACUCUGUCGGAGUCAGCGAGCCCUCCGACAUCUCCGAGAACGUCUUUGCCAAAGAGUCCGACUGCAACCCAACGCUGGAGUUCUCAACUCUGGACCUGGUUGUUGUGGAAACAGAGAAGAUGCACAUCCCAGUUCCCUUCAGAGCCGUUCCAUCACCCAGAAUCACCUGGCACAAGGACGGCAAGGAGCUGAAGGCAGAUGAGCGUCUCAUGUUCAGGAAGGAGUACACUUCCUGUCACCUGGAGGUGGACAGCAGCGUGCACGCUGAUGCAGGAACCUACAAAGUGACUCUGGAGAACAAACUGGGCGCCGCCAGCGCCACCAUCAACGUCAAAGUCAUCGGUCUGCCCGGUCCCUGUAAGGAGAUCGUGGCCUCUGAGAUCACAAAGAGCUCCUGCAAAGUGUCCUGGGAUCCUCCAGACUACGACGGCGGCAGCCCCAUCAUUCACUACGUCAUGCAGCGGCGUGAGGCUGGCAGGAGGACGUACGUCAACAUGAUGUCUGGAGAGAACAAAGUUUGCUGGAAUGUCAAAGACCUGAUCCCCCACGGAGAGUACUACUUCAGAGUCCAGGCCGUCAACAAGAUCGGAGGAGGAGAGUUCAUCGAGCUCCGCAACCCGGUCAUCGCUGAGGACCAGAAACACGCUCCUGAUCCUCCGGUGGACGUGGAGACCCACAACCCCACAUCCAGCACCAUCACGCUGACCUGGAAGCCCCCGAUGUACGACGGUGGCGCCAAGAUCAUGGGCUACAUCCUGGAGAAGCAGCAGAAGGGCGAGGACAAGUGGGAGCGCUGCAACGACUUCCUGGUGCCCGUCCUGUCCUACACCGUCAGAGGGCUGACGGAGGGCAAGAACUACACCUUUAGAGUCAAAUGCGAGAACGCCGCAGGGAUCAGCGAACCGUCACGCGGCACGCCGUUCGUCAAGGCCUCAGACGCCACCAAUGCUCCGAAGGUUUUCCUGAGCGGCAGCCUGCAGUCCGGUCUCAGCGUGAAGCGAGGCCUCGAGAUCUGCCUGGACGCCAACAUAUCAGGCUCGCCGUAUCCUGAAAUCACCUGGUACUGGAACAACCAGAAGAUCCGGCCAGAGGCGCUGCGCAAGAGGCCCGAGAAACCCCUGAAGAAGAAGGUGGAAAAGAAGGAAGAGGAGAAGGUGGAGGAGGUGAAGAAAGAGGAGGGCGAGGUGAAGGAGGGCGAGGUGAAGGAAGGAGAGGAGAAGAAGGAGGAGAAGAAGGAGGAAAAGAAGGAGGAGGAGGCACCAGCGCCUGAGGUGGAGGAGGUGGAGGAGACAGACUACCCGACGAUAAAUGAACGUCUGAACAUUAACAACAGCCGCAGGGGCACGUCCUCCAUCGUCGUCAGGGACUCGUACCGCACUGACCACGGCGUCUACAUGGUGAAGGUGGAGAACGACCACGGCACCGCCUCUGCCACCUGCGAGGUCAACGUGCUCGAUACUCCCGGGCCACCUAUUCACUUUAAAUUUGAGGAAGUGAGGAAGAGCUCUGUGAUUUGCAAGUGGGAUCCUCCUCUGGACGACGGCGGCAGUGAGAUCCUGAACUACACUCUGGAGAAGAAGGACAACUCCAAGCUGGAGAUUGGCUGGAGCUGUGUCACCUCCACGCUGAGAGGAUGCCGCUACCUGGUGCCCAAACUCCUGGAGAAGAAGGAGUACCUGUUCAGGGUCGUGGCCGAGAACAAGUUUGGCGCCGGUCCAUACUGCAUCUCUAAACCACUCAUCGCCAAGAAUCCCUUCGAACCUCCCGAGGCUCCUGAAAAGCCACAGGUUGACGACAUUACAGCCACCAGCAUGCUGGUUACCUGGAACCAGCCGAACGACAACGGCAGCCCCAUUUUGGGAUACUGGGUGGAGCGCCGCGAGAUCAACAGCUCACGUUGGUCACGUGCCAACAGGGACAUCGUCUGCAACACUGAGCUGAAUGUUGAUGGUCUCCAGGACGGACUGACUUACAUCUUCAGGGUUGCGGCUGAAAACCAGGCCGGCAUUGGAAAGUUCAGCCCACCCUCCGAACCCACGACAACCCAUGCUCCAAUCCUACCUCCUGGACCUCCAGUUGCCCGCGUGGCAACGACCACCGACCACUCCAUCGAGGUAGAGUGGGACCCACCGGCAGACAACGGUGGAGGAGAGAUUACGGGAUACCACGUGGAUAAGGCCAUGGCUGGUUCCAAGGACUGGUCCAGGUCCACAGAGCGUCUAUGGAAGACCCGGGCCUUCACGGUCUAUGGAGUCCGUGAGGGAGCCAAGUACAUGGUCAGAGUCAUCGCCUGCAACGCUGCUGGAGAGGGAACGCCAGGAUUCACAGAAUCCGUGUUCGUCAGGAAUCCUGCAGAGAUGCCGCUGAUUGAAAUGGACAUGGUCAUCAAGAGCGGCUUGAUCGUCAGGGCCGGAGAGACGCUCCGUGUUCCUGCAACAGUCACAGGUAAACCUUACCCGUCCAUCUCUUGGACCAAGGAUGACGGCAAACCUGACAAAGACCGCGUGGAGAUCCUCACUGAGGGCAACGACAGUGUCGUUCAAAUCCACAACUGCCAGAGGAAGGACGCCGGAAAAUACACAAUCUCUGCUUGCAACCCCAGCGGUAUCAAGAAUGCUUCAGCCAGAGUGGAGGUCGUGGAUGUCCCCGGACUAGUCACGGACCUGAAGCCCGUUGUCGUCACUCGCAAGAUGAUCUUCCUGAACUGGGAUGACCCGGUGGACGAUGGAGGCAGUGAUCUGACCGGCUUCCUCGUGGAGCGAAGAGAUGUCAAAGGACACACAUGGAGGCAGCCCGUUGAAACCACCUCAUCCAAGUGCGAGUGCACGGGCAUCGUGGAGGAACAAGAGUACAUGUUCCGUGUCAUCGCCAAAAACAAGUAUGGCUUGGGCCCGCCUAUGGAACUGGGACCCAUCAAGGCUAUUGACCCACAGGGACCCCCAUCAUACCCAGAGAAGUUCCACUACACUGAGCGCACCAAGGACUCCCUUACACUGACCUGGAAGCAGCCUCGUAAUGAUGGCGGCAGCCCUGUCCUCGGCUACUUUGUUGAGAAGAAGAGGCAGGACCAGCAGGCCUACGAGCCCUGCAACACGGAGAUCUGCCCAGACAUGACCAUGACUGUGCUGGGCCUGGAGGACGCGUGGAUGUACGAGUUCAGGAUCAAGUGUGUCAACCUCAUGGGAGAGAGUGAGCCAUCUAUCCCGUUGACUGUGGUCAUCCAAGAUGAUGAAGUGGCUCCCGAGGUCCACAUGCGAACAACAUUCAAGGGCGACACUCUUACUGUGAGGAAGGGUGAGCCCAUUGACAUUCCCGCUGAUGUUGUGGGUCUCCCCAUCCCUACCAUUGAGUGGUCCAAGGAUGAUGUGGUGAUUGAGAAGUCCACUGAGGCUCUGGUGUUGGAGACUGAAACGAUCGACAGGUUGAACGCAAAGACUAAGUUGUCUAUCCCAGCAGCCAACAGGAGGGACCGCGGCAGCUUCACCGUGACUGCCUCUAACAACAUGGGCUCAGCCAAGCACACUGUCUUUGUCAUGGUGCUGGAUCGCCCAGUUCCACCCAGGAAUUUGCAAAUUACCAACGUCAAAGCGGAGUGUUGCUACCUCCGCUGGGAUGCACCACUGGACAACGGUGGCAGUGAGCUGACUAACUACAUUGUUGAGAAGCUGGACAUGACGCCAGUGGAACCAGAAGAGGGACAGGAAGCUCCAGCUGAACCACAGUGGGAGGUGGUGUCCAACACUGUUGUUGACAGGAAAUUUGGGGUGUGGAACCUUGACACCAACAAAUUCUACAAGUUCAGGGUCAAGGCUGAGAAUCGCUACGGUAUAUCUGACCCCAUCACAACAGAGGAAGUCCAGAUCAUCGACCCAUUAGGCCUUCCUGGUGCACCAGAGAAACCAAAGAUCGCAGAAUACUCCAAGACCUCCAUGACCCUAACCUGGGAGCCUCCCAGAGACACCGGCGGCACUAUGAUUACCGGCUACUGGCUGGAGAAGAGGGAGAAGGGCACAGACUACUGGGCCAAAGUCAACAAGACGCCAGUUACCAAGAGGGGCACAAAAGGCUGGGAGUACCAGGUGCCUCGUCUGUUCGAAGGAACUGAGUACGAGUUCAGAGUUGCUGCUGUCAAUUCUGCAGGAAUGGGACCCUUCAGUGGACCUUCCGACUCCGCCUUUGCCGUCGAUCCACUUACUCCUCCGAGUAUGCCUGCCGCUCCAGUGGUGGCUGAUAAGACAAAGCACAAUGUGACACUGACCUGGGUGCCACCAGAGAGGGACGGAGGAAGCCCCAUCACAGGCUACAUAAUUGAGGUCCAGGAUGAGGGCUCAUCAACGUGGCUGAGGGUGAACGACAAAGACUCCCUCUGCACCACCACUGAGUUCACUGUGCCCAGCCUCCGCGAGCUGAAGCGAUUCCGCUUUAGGAUUAUCGCUGUCAACGACAUUGGCGAGUCUGACCCCAGCCCCCGCACCAGCGAGGUUUUGAUUGAAGAUGUUCAGCUUGUUCCAGCCAUCUCAAUUGACAUGAUUGUGGAGGACCUGCUGUGCAUCCGUGCUGGAGAUCCAUUCAGGAUCCCCGCCAGCAUCAAGGGCCGCCCCGCUCCCAAAGUCACUUGGGACUACGACGGCAAAGCCAAGUCGCACAAGAAGAAUAAACUGCACACACUGCCUGUGGACUCCGAGGUUCAGUCCACAGACACCACCUCCAUCGUGACUGUCCCCGUCAGUCUGAGGACCCACUCUGGACGCUACACCAUCACUGCCAAGAACAAGUCCGGACAAAAACACGUCAACGUCAGAGUCAUUGUCCUUGAUGUCCCCGGACCUCCAAAGGAGCUGAGGGUCACUGACAUCACCCGGGCGACCAUGAGGCUGAUCUGGAAACUCCCCGACACCGAUGGAGGAGAGAGAAUCAAGAGCUACUUUAUCGAGAAGAAAUCUCUCAAUGACAAGGCCUGGACAAAGGUGAAUGCAGCCUGUGCCAGCCAGGCCUUCGUGGUGCCGGGCCUGCUGGAAGGUCAGGACUACCACUUCAGGGUCCGAGCUGAGAACAGACUUGGAUUCGGUCCAUUCACCGUCACCACUGACCCCUACCGGGCCAGAGACCCCAUUUACCCCCCCGAUCCCCCCACCAAGGUGAAGGUCAACCUGGUGACGAAGAACACUGUCACGCUGAGCUGGGAGGCUCCCAAAAACAAUGGAGGCUCUCCUGUGAAGCAUUACAUCAUCGAGCGUUUGAGCUGGGACACCAGUGGCAAGGAGAAGGAGACCUGGAAGCAGUGCAACAAGAGAGACGUGGAGGAGCUCAGCUUCGUGGUGGAGGACCUGAAGGAGGGAGGAGAAUAUGAGUUCAGAGUAAAAGCAGUGAACGCAGCUGGACCUAGCCGGCCCUCCGCCACAGCUGGACCCCUCGUCAUCAAGGAUCAAACAUGUGCUCCCACCAUUGAGCUGCGUGAGGCCAUGGAGGGCGAGGAGGAUACUGACGUCAGCAUCGUGGCGAAGGUGAGCGGCUGUCCGUUCCCCACGCUCACCUGGCAUACAGCCAGUGUGGCCAAACCUGAGGAGAAGACCGCCGUCCAGUACGGCCAGCGCAUGAACAAACUGGUGACCCACGACAAGUGCACGCUGCUGAUCCAGCAGGCCAACAGACACGACAGCGCCCUCUACAGCCUGACAGCCACCAACAGCCUUGGCACCGCCACCAAGGUCAUCAAACUCGCCGUGCUCGGACCUCCUGGACAACCCGUCGGACCGCUCAAGUUCACAGAGGUGUUUGCGGAGAGGAUCGGCCUGGCCUGGAACGCUCCCAAAGACGACGGUGGAUCAAAGAUUACCAACUACGUGGUUGAGAAGCGUGAGGACAACAGAAAGUCCUGGGUCCACGUCUCCAACGACCCCAAGGAGUGCGCAUAUGUUGUGACCCGUCUGACGGAGAACCAUGAGUACGAGUUCAGAGUCAUGGCCCAGAACAAGUUUGGAGUCGGACCUCCCUUGAUCAGCGAGCCGGAGAAGGCCAGAAACCUCUUCACCGUGCCGGGUCAGUGUGAGAAGCCGACUGUGACGGACAUCAGUCUGGAGUCAAUGACCGUCCACUGGGAUGAGCCAAAGGUCGACGGCGGCUCCUCCAUCACCGGCUACUACGUGGAGAAGAAGGAAACCACAGCCAAGCGAUGGGUCCGCGUCAACCGCGAGCCAAUCCGAGCGGUGCCUGUGGGCAACAACUGGGAGGUCUUGGGCUUGCAGGAGGGCGCCAUGUACCAGUUCAGGGUCAUCGCUGCCAACGCUGCCGGCUGCGGCCUGCCCAGCAUGCCCUCUGACCCCGUCCUCUGCAGAGACCCAAUCAAGCCUCCCGGCCCGCCCACUCCGAAGGUGACGGACUGGACCAAGUCAACAGUGGAGCUGGAGUGGAUCCCGCCUGCAGCGGACGGAGGGUCAAAGGUCACAGGAUACAUUGUGGAGUUCAAGGAGGUGAACAAGGAGGAGGAGGAGAAGAAGGCUAAGAGGAAGCUGCUGAUGGGCACCGCUGAGGAGGAGGAGAAGGAGCCCGUGGCCGACGAGGGCUGGGAGAAGGCGAAGGACACCGAGGUCAGAGGAACCAAAUUCGUGGUGCCCGGUCUGAAGGAAGGUGGUCUGUACAGCUUCAGAGUCCGAGCCGUGAACGCCGCCGGAGUUGGCGAGCCAGGACUCGUGUCUGAGCUUAUCGAGGUUAAAGACAGAACAAUUGCUCCUGAGAUGGACCUGGAUGCAUCGGUAAAGGAGAAGAUUGUAGUCCACGCUGGAGCCACCAUCCGUAUCAUUGCCUAUGUGUCCGGUAAACCUGCCCCGCAGAUUUCCUGGUGCCGAGAUGACACAGAGGUGCCCAAAGAGGCUGUCAUUGAGACGACAGGCAUCUCUAACUCACUGGUCAUUAAGAACUGCAGACGCCAACACCAGGGCAUGUACACACUGAGUGCCAAGAACGAGGGAGGAGAGAGGAAGAAGGCCGUCAUCGUGGAGGUCCUGGAUGUACCCGGGCCAGUUGGUCUUCCCUUCGCUGGCGAGAAUCUCACCAAUGACUCCUGCAAGCUGACCUGGUACUCCCCCGAGGAUGACGGCGGCUCGGCCAUCACCAACUACAUCAUUGAGAAGAGGGAGUCGGAUCGCAUGGGCUGGACCUCCGUGUCCUACACUGUAACGAGGAAUAACGCCGUGGUACAGGGACUCCUCGAUGGCAAGGGCUACUUCUUCAGGAUCGCAGCUGAGAACAUCAUCGGCAUGGGACCGUUCAUUGAGACUGACAAGAUGGUUCUCAUCAAGGACCCCAUCUCCGUCCCUGAGCGUCCAGAGGACCUGAUCAUCACCGGCGUCACCAAGGACUCCCUCUCCGUCACCUGGAGACCACCCAAGUACGAUGGCGGGGCUGAGGUGACUGAGUAUAUCCUCGAGUCUCGCAUGGCCGGCAAGGACACCUUCACACGUGUUGGUGCAGACACAAAGCUGAUGGACAGGAAGUUCACACUGACAGGGCUGAAGGAAGGCACGAGCCACGAAUUCAGAGUGUCCGCCGUCAACCAUGUGGGACGGGGCAAACCGUCCUUUGCCACCAAACCAGUCCAGUGCAAGGACGAGCAAGAACCGCCCACCCUCGAAAUGGACUUUAGGGAGAGGAUGAUGGUGAAAGUGGGAGACCCUUGCACGCUGUCGGGACGCUUCAGCGGCAAACCAGGGCCGGCAGUCACCUGGAAGAAGAACGAGGAGGAGCUGAAGGCAGAUGAUGAGAUAAGCCUCCACAGCACUGCCCGCCACCUCAGCCUCAGCAUCAACAGGGCCAAGAGGGAGCACAGCGGCCGCUACUGCGUCAGCGUGGAGAAUGCUGCCGGAGCCCGCACAGGAAUCUGCAAUGUUGUUGUGGUUGACCGUCCUCAGCCUCCAGAGGGCCCCGUUGUGUUCGAUGAGGUCUACAGGAACUACAUGGUGAUCUCUUGGAACCCUCCUCUGGAUGACGGAGGCUGCGCUGUCUCCAACUACAUCGUUGAAAAGAGGGACACCAACAGAGACCUCUGGAUGCCCGUCAGCGUGUCCUGCACCAGAACCACCUGCAAGGUGCCAAAGCUGAUCGAGGGUCGUGAGUAUAUCAUCAGGAUCAUGGCUCAGAACAUUUACGGCAUCAGCGACCCGCUGCUGUCUGCAGAGAGCAAAGCAAGGGACAUCUUCAAGGUGCCCGAUGCUCCUAAACAGCCCACAGUGAAAGAGGUCUACCAUGACACCGCCCUUAUCAGCUGGGAGCCACCUGCUGACGGAGGAAAACCAAUCACAGGUUACAUUGUGGAGAGGAAGGAGACCAUGGCCCACAGGUGGGUCCGCUGCAACACGGAGAGAAUUUGUCCGAAGGUUGAGUACUGGGUGACAGAUCUGCUGCAGAACUGCGAGUAUGAGUUCAGAGUCAGCGCUGAGAACAUUGUGGGAGCCGGUGACCCGAGCCCACCAUCCAAACCCGUCUUCGCCAAAGAUCCAAUCGUGAAACCCAGUCCACCGAUCAACCUCGAGGUUGUCGACUUCACCAAGGAGUCUGUGAGUCUGUCCUGGCAGCCACCUACCGACACUGGCAGAGGAAAGAUCUUCGGAUACCUGCUGGAGUUCCAGAAAUCUGGUGACGAGGAGUGGAGCAAGGUGAACCAGACUCCAGACUCCUGCCAGGAGACCAAGUUUAAGGUGAUCAACCUGGAGGACGGUGCUAUGUACCGCUUCAGAGUCAUGGCUGUCAACGCUGCCGGAGAGUCUGACCCGGCUAACUUGUUGGACCCAUUCAAAGUUCAGGAAAGACUUGAGCCCCCAGAGUUGAUUCUGGAUGCUGCGAUGACCCGCGAGGUGAAGGCCAUGGCUGGCACUCACAUCACUCUGAUGGCAACCAUCAAAGGCGCCCCGUUCCCCACUGUCACCUGGCAGAAAAACGAGGCAGAGGUGCCCACCAGGGCCGACAUUGAUACCAACCUGCUAGGCACAAAGCUGGAGAUGAGGUUCUGUAACCGUGGUGACAGUGGAGACUACACCCUAACUGUAGAGAACCCAGCUGGAUCCAAGACCGCCACCUGCACCGUGCUGGUCUUUGACAAACCUGGUCCCAUCCAGCACCUUCGGGUGUCUGACGUCAGAAGUGACUCUGCCUACCUAUCCUGGAAGGACCCAGAGGACAACGGUGGUGUCCGCAUCACUAACUUUGUGGUGGAGAAGAAAGACUCGGCAUCCACUCAGUGGGUCCCUGUCUGCUCCACAUCCAAGAAACGCAGCAUGAUGCUAAAGCACCUGAUGGAGGGCACAUCCUACAUGUUCAGAGUUGCCGCUGAGAACCAGUAUGGCCGCAGUGAAUACGUAACAACACCAAAGUCCAUUAAGGCCAUGAACCCACUCUUCCCACCUGGUCCUCCCAAAGACCUGCACCAUGUCGAUGUGGACAAGACAGAGGUGUGGUUGGCCUGGAACUGGCCCGAUCGCAAUGGAGGAAGUGAAAUCACAGGCUUCCUGGUGGAGUAUCAGGAAGAAGGAACGAAGGACUGGGACGAGUGGAAGGUCGUUAGCAUCCCGGAGACCCAUGUGACUGGCCUGGAGGAAGGAAAGACCUACCGCUUCAGAGUGAGGGCUGAGAACGCCAUUGGCCUAAGCAGACCUGACACCACAGUGCCUAUCCUCUGCCAGGAAAAACUGGUGCCGCCAAUUGUUGAGGUGGACGUUAAGUUCACUGAAGGCAUCAUUGUAAAGGCCGGCACCACAAUCAGGCUGCCCGCUAUGAUGAAAGGAAUCCCUGUUCCCACCGCCAAGUGGUGCAUCGAAGGAGAGGAGAUCACCAGCCAGGGUAACACCAAGAUUGACACCGACGACUACUCCACUGUGCUCAGCAUCAAUGAGUGCACCAGGAACCACACCGGCACCUACCUGCUCACUGUGUCCAACCCUGCUGGAACCAAGACAGUGGCCCUGAACGUCACCGUCCUGGAUGUUCCCGCUGCUCCCAUUGGACCUGCAAACAUCCUGGAGGUCACUCCAGACUCAAUGAUGAUUGAAUGGCGUCCUCCCAAGGAUGAUGGCGGUAGCCCUGUCACCAAUUACAUCGUUGAGAAGAGAGAGUCCAACAAGGAGAGCUGGGGAGGUGUAAGCUCUGGCAGCCUUGCCACCCAGCUUAACAUCACACGCCUCCAAAAGGGUGUGGAGUAUGUGGUUCGCAUUCGUGCUGAGAACAAGAUGGGCAUCGGCGCUGCUCUGGAGACCAAGCCCACUGUGGCUGAGCACACCUUCAUGCCACCCAGUCAGCCCGGUAAGCCACAGGCCUCUGAUAUCGCGGAGGAUUCUGUAACCAUUGGCUGGACCAUGCCGCUGGCUGAUGGUGGCAGCCCGAUCUCUGGCUACAUCAUUGAGCGCAGACACAAGGGAGGGAAAUGGAUCCGUGUCAACAAGAAACCCUGCAAAGACCUGAGGUACAAGGUCGAGGGUCUGUUUGAAGGCAAUGAGUAUGAGUUCAGAGUGUUUGCUGAGAAUAUUGCCGGCUACAGUGGCCCCUCUCCCAACUCUGACCUCUGCAAGCCAUGCAGGCCCAUCACUGUCCCCAGCCCCCCUGUCAACCCAAGAGUGAAAGAUUACAGCAAGACCACUGCUGACCUGGUGUGGACAAAACCCAACAAAGAUGGAGGCAGCCCUAUCCUGGGCUACACUGUGGAAAUGAAGAAGGCCGAUGCUGAAGAAUGGAAGAAAGUGAACCUGGAUGACCUCAUCAAGCAUUGUGUCUACACGGUGAAGGGUCUGGAGGAGGGUGUGACCUAUAGAUUCAGAGUCUACGCUUCAAACAUGAUUGGAGACGGAGAAUCCAGAGAAGUCCCAGAGUCCAUCACUGCUCAGGAUAUCCUGAUACCUCCUGAGAUUGAGAUGGACGCCACCUGCCGCGACCACCUCACCGUGCGUGUCGGACACAACAUCAAUAUCGUCGGCUACAUCAAGGCCCGUCCUGACCCAGAAGUGCUUUGGUCAAAGGAAGAGGUCAUUCUGGAGAAGAGCAAACGUAACACCAUCACUCAGAACUUCCCUAUGGUCCACUUGAGAAUUAAGGAGGCCACAAGAGCUGACCACGGUAAAUACGUUCUGAAGGCUUCUAAUGUGGGAGGUGAGGCCUCUUGCACCAUCACAGUCAAUGUGCUGGACAGACCAAGCCACUGCAAGAACCUGCACACAACCUAUGCCACCAAAGACGCCUGUAUGCUCAACUGGGAAGCCCCUGAGGACAAUGGUGGAUCUGAGAUCACCAACUACAUCGUGGAGUGCCGCGAGCCCAGUAUCAGCACGUGGUCUAUGAUUACCUCUCACUGCACCAAUCGCAAGAUUAAGACCAAGAUAAUGGAUGGCCAUGAGUACCUGUUCCGUGUUUGUGCUGAGAACAAGAUGGGCCCUGGACCUACUGUAGAGACUAAGACCCCGCUGCUGGCCAUUGACCCCAUUGAGAAGCCCGGUGAGCCUGAGAACUUCAGAGCCACUGACAUUGGUAAGAACUAUGUUUAUCUGCGAUGGAGGAAGCCUGACUAUGACGGCGGCAGCCCCAACAUCUCCUACAACCUGGAGUGCAAAGCCAAGGAUGCAGAGGCGUGGGAGAGACUCAACGCCGGCCAUCUCAUCGACACCUUCUUCCUUGCUGACAAGUGCGCAGAGAACCAGACAUACUCCUUCAGGGUGCAGACCGUCAAUGAAGGAGGUGAGAGUGCUUGGGUGAAACUUGACGAUAUUCUGGUGAAGGAGGAGAUCCAGAAGCCUGUCCUUGACCUGAAGCUGACCGGAGUGAUGACAGUGAUGGUUGGAGAGUCGGUCAGGAUGGAGGCUGGUCUGAGAGGAAAGCCCCAGCCUGAAGUCAAGUGGAUAAAAGACAAGGCUGUUGGUGACAACCCAAGAAUCAGCUACGAGACUGGCCCUGACUAUUCCAAGUUCCUUUUGACCAAGUCCAGACGUACUGACUCUGGAAAGUACAUAAUCACUGCCACCAACUCAGCCGGCACCUUCACAGCUUAUGCCAACGUUAAUGUCCUGGAUGUCCCCGGCCCAGUUAGGAAUCUUAGGAUUACUGGUAUUGCAGCCGACAAGUGUAGAGUGGUGUGGGAUGCUCCCGAGGAUGAUGGAGGUUGUGAAGUGGACAGCUACAUCCUGGAGAAAUGUGAGACCAGGAGGAUGGUCUGGUCCACAUACUCCGACGCUGUAUACACACCGUACUGCAACAUUACACGUCUGGUGGACGGAAAUGAGUACAUCUUCAGAGUGAGGGCUGAGAACAAGAUGGGAACCGGCCCUGCCAUGGAGAGCAAGGCUAUCACUGUCAAGACUCAAUUCAACAAACCUGGACCCCCUGAGGCCCCUGAGGUCACCAAAGUGAGUAAAGUGGAGAUGACCGUUGUCUGGGCUCCUCCUGAGAAUGACGGAGGGAAGUCCAUCACCGGCUACAUUCUGGAGAGGAAAGAGAAGAGGGCAGUGCGCUGGGUGCCAUGCACCAAGAGCGCAAUCCCAGAGAGACGCAUGAAGGUCACUAACCUGAUUGCCAACCAUGAGUACCAGUUCAGGGUGAAGGCUGAGAAUGAGGUCGGCCUGGGAGAUCCCAGCAAACCCUGCAGACCUGUUGCAGCUAAAGAUCCCAUCGAGCCCCCUGGCCCCCCUGCAUUCCUGAAGGUCGGCGACAGCACCAAGACCUCUAUCACCCUGACUUGGUCUAAACCUGUGUAUGAUGGUGGUGCCCCCGUCAUCGGCUACAGCCUGGACAUGAGGCUGAAGAGCGAGGCAGACCCUGAGAAGCCCACAGAGGGCUGGAAGAGAAUCGACACCCAUGGUGCAUUGGUUCUCACAGAGUGGACCAUUAACCAGCUGGAUGAGAAGCAGGAGUAUGAGUUCAAGGUCUCCGCCAAAAACCAGGUGGGCUGGGGACGUCACGCCUACUUGAAGGAGGCAGUCUCCCCCAAGGAGAUCCUGGAGGCUCCGGAGAUCGACCUGGAUGCCAGUCUGAGGAAAGGUCUUUCUGUUAGGGCUGGCUGUCCAAUCAGGCUUUUUGCUGUGAUCAGAGGAAGGCCCGCUCCCAAGGUUACCUGGAAGCGCAUGGGUGUAGACAAUGUGCUCCGCAGAGGUCACGUAGACCAGGUUGACACCAUGUCCUUCCUGGUCAUCCCUGAGAGCACUAGGGAUGAUUCUGGAAGAUACUCACUGACUUUGUCCAACUCAGCUGGAGAGAAAGCCGUAUAUGUCCGUGUCAAAGUCCUCGAUACUCCUGGUCCCGUCGGCGGCUUCGACGCAACCAACAUCACCAAGACAACCGCUCAACUGUCCUGGUUGCCACCAGAGAACGAUGGUGGCAGUCCUAUCACCAGCUACAUUGUGGAGAAAAGGGAGGUGGAUAGAAAAACGUGGAGUAAGUGCGUAGAGGACCAGAAGAAGACCAGCUUCAAGGUGACCACCAUGACACCUGGCAUUGAGUACUACUUCAGAGUCACGGCCUGCAACAAGUACGGCAUCGGAGUUCCUCAGGACUCACCCAGAUCCUACCUUGCUGUGGACCCCAUCAGCGAACCUGAUCCUCCGAAGAAGAUGGAGGUGCUGGAGAUCAGCAAGAAUAGCGCCGUACUGGGCUGGCUGAAGCCACUCAGAGAUGGAGGAGCCAAAAUCAAUGGAUAUGUGGUGGACUACCAGGAGGAUGGCGCGCCCGAGGACAAGUGGACGCCAUACUCUGUGGUCAAAGACCUGACCAUCGUGGUGGUUGGUCUGACGGAGGGAAAGAAGUAUAAGUUCAGAGUGGCAGCCAGGAACUCAGUGGGAUGCAGCCUGGCCCGAGAGGCAGAGGGAGUGUUUGAAGUCAAGGAGCAACUCAUGGCUCCUAAAAUCAUCAUGCCGGACAUUGUGACAGUCAGAGCUGGAUCCAAGAUGGUGGUUGAGGCCAUUCUGGCUGGUAAACCCGCUCCCUUUGCCAAAUGGAAGCAGGGCAAUGAGGACGUGCUGACCUCUGACCGCCUGUCUGUUGUGAAGACGCUGACUACCUGCACGCUUUCCAUCAAGAAUGUGACAAGGAAAGACAGUGGUUACUUCAGCCUGUCGGCCGAGAACAGCACUGGCAAGGUCAACCAAAUCCUCAGAGUCACCGUCAUGGACAUCCCCGGACCUCCUGAAGCUCCUCUAGAGAUCACCGAACAGGAUAUCGAUGCCUGCACACUGCUCUGGAACUCCCCACAGGAGGAUGGCGGCAGCAACAUCACCAACUAUAUUGUGGAGAAGUGUGAUGUCAGCCAGGGCGACUGGGUCACCCUCUCUGCAUCCUGCACCAAAGCCAGCUUCAGAGUCACCAAACUCACACCUGGCAAAGAGUAUGGCUUCCGAGUCCGUGCUGAGAACAGGUUUGGGGUCGGUGCUCCUAUCUACUCUGAGAGGAUGAUUUCCAGACAUCCAUUUGAUCCUCCCAGCGAGCCCAGAAACCUGGAGGUCAACAAGGUUUUCAAAGACUUUGUCAUUCUGUCAUGGGAAUGUCCCAGCAGCGAUGGUGGCUCCCCCAUCACUGGAUAUUGCAUCGAAAAGAAGGAAAGGAACAGCCUCCUAUGGAUGAAGGCCAACGAGGUGGUGGUCAAAGCCACCCAGUACACCUGCAGCGGCCUUAUCGAGGGCCUGGAGUACACCUUCAGGGUAUCGGCCACGAACAUUGCUGGACAAGGCAAACCUUGCAAGCAGACCGACUUCAUCACCGCUAGGACUGCUGUUGACCCACCAGGUAAACCCGAGGCCAUGGAUGUGACCAAGCACUCUGUCUCACUGGUCUGGAGCCGCCCCAGGAGUGACGGUGGCAGCAAGCUGAUUGGCUACUAUAUGGAAUAUACAAAGCUUCCAGAAGAGAAGUGGGUCCGCUGCAAUGCCAACUGCAUGAACAUCCAGACAGAGAGCUACGUGGUGAGUGGUCUGGAGGAGUUCCAACAGUACCAAUUCAGAGUCAUCGCCAAGACCGCCAUCAACACCAGCCUGCCGUCCGAGCUGUCCGACCCCAUCGCUGUCAUUGCAGAGAACGUUCCUCCUCGUGUGGAGCUGGGCAUCAACAUGAAGAACCUGAUUGUGGUGAAAGCUGGAGAGAACAUCUCCCUGGAUGCUGAGGUGUUCGGCAAACCGCUACCCAAGGUGAGCUGGAAGAGGGACGGAGCCCCUCUGGUCCUGGCCGAGGGAAUGAAGAUGACCACGAAGAAGCAUGUCCACCUGCUGGACCUCUUCUGUGUCACCAGGAGGGAGACUGGAGACUACACCAUCACCGCUGAGAACGUCAAUGGCUCCAAGUAUGCCACCAUCAAGGUCAAGGUGCUGGACAAACCCGGCCCUCCGGCCUCAGUGAAAAUCACAAAGGUGUUUGCUGACCGUGUUAAGCUGCGAUGGGACCCCCCAGUUGCAGAUGGUGGCUCUGAGAUCACCAACUACAUAAUUGAGAAACGUGAGACCAGCAGGGCCAACUGGGCGCUGGUCACCUCCAACAUCCAUGGACACAUCACCGACUGCUCAGUGGAUAAACUCAUCGAAGGACACGAGUACCAGUUCAGAGUCAGUGCUGAGAACCAGUAUGGUCAUGGAGACGCCGCCAUGACUGACCCCACCAUGGUCAAGAACCCAUACGAUGUUCCUGGUCCAUGUGAGCCACCCGUCAUCACCAACAUUACUCAGAACUCCAUGACAGUGAGCUGGAAGGCCCCGGCCAACGACGGCAAGGCCACCAUCCUCGGCUACAUGGUGGAGAAACGCGAGGCCACCGAGCUGACCUGGGCUAAGGUCAACCGCAAGCCGGUCAUCGACAGGACCAUCAAGGCCGUUCAGCUGACCGAGGGCUCGGAGUACGAGUUCAGAGUCAUCGCCAUUAACAAGGCCGGUCUUGGGAAACCCAGCGACGCAUCCAAUGCUGCACUGGCUGUCGACCCCGUCUAUCCUCCUGGCCCACCUGCCUUCCCCAAGGUGGUGGACUCUACCAAGCACUCCAUCAGCCUCAGCUGGACCAAACCAGCAUACGACGGUGGCUGUGAGAUCAUCGGCUACCUUGUGGAGUGUAAGCAUGUUGAAGCCGAGCACUGGACCAAGUGCAACGUUCCCAAAAAGCUCCAGGCCACCAAAUUCCUGAUGACUGGCUUGUUGGAUGACUGCGAGUACCAGUUCAGAGUCCUCGCUGUCAACAAGAUUGGCUACAGCGAGCCCAGCGAGGUCCCUGGAAACCACAAGCCCAAGGACAUUCUGAUCGCUCCUGAAGGUGAGCUAGAUGCCGAUUUAAGAAAGGUUUUGGUUCUUCGAGCCGGCGUCACCAUGAGGCUCUAUGUUCCACUGAGAGGACGUCCCGCACCGACGGUGACGUGGUCAAAGGUGGACGGCAACCUGAAGGAGAGGCAGGGCGUGCUGAUUAAGACAUCAGAAUGGGACACCCUGCUGAUGGUUGAGGACAUUAACAGAUAUGACGCUGGCAAAUACGUCCUGGCGCUGGAGAACAGCAGCGGCUCCAAGAGCUACCUCAUCAUAGUUAAGGUCCUCGAUACUCCUGGGCCACCUAUGAACCUGGUUGUGAAGGAAACCUCCACAAACUUCGCCUGCAUUGGCUGGGAGCCCCCACUGAUUGACGGCGGCAGCCCAGUUAAGAGCUACGUCGUAGAGAAACGUCUGGCCGAGAGGAAGGCCUGGACCUGUGUGGCAGCCACCUGCCACAAGAUCUCCUUCAGGAUCACCAACCUGGAGGUGGGACAGGCCUACUGCUUCAGAGUGCUGGCUGAAAACGCCUACGGCAUUGGAGAGGGCUGUGAGACCCAAGGCAGCGUCCGAGCCUCAGAGCAACCUGGUCCAGUGGCAGACUUCAGAGCCCAGAAGACCACCAAGAACUCCAUCGUCCUUGGCUGGAAGAAGCCACUCGUUGAUGGCGGAAGCUACGUUACUGCUUAUAUCCUGGAGCAGAGUGAAGGCGACGACAAGUGGAAGCAGAUCCUGAAGGGCAAGCACACUUCACACACCAUCGGAGAGCUGACUGAGGGCAAGGAGUACUUGUUCAGAGUCAAGGCACUCAAUGAGUCCGGAGAGGGACCGCCCACCGAGCUCGCUGUGAUCGCCAAAGACCAGUUUGUGAUGCCUGACGGUAACUUGAGUAAUCUGCAUGACGGUUGCUGUGUGGUGAAGGAGGGCAGCACAACGCGUAUCAACAUCCCCACUAUCGGAGUACCUCUCCCCACCGCAACCUGGAAGAAAGGAGAUUCAGCGAUUGGCGACACCGGCAGAAUGUGUGUAGAGGCGUCUCACGGCGUCACCACUCUCCUGAUCAGAGACUGCCAAAGAGGAGAUGCUGACACCUACACCAUCACAGUCAGGAACAACGCAGGCUCCAAGGACUGCAAGUUCAAUCUGAAGGUGGUCGGCAAGCCUGGCAUCUGCACCGGACCCAUUAAGUUUGAUGAGAUCACUGCUGACGGCAUCACCCUGGAGUGGGCACCACCCAUAGAUGAUGGCGGUGCAGAGGUGUCCAACUACAUUGUAGAGAAGAGGAGGACGACUGACAACAAGUGGGUCACAGUGGCUUCAGCCAUCCAGAAGACCACCAUGAGGGUGAUCAGACUUCAUGAUGGCAUAGAAUACAUCUUCAGAGUGUUUGCUGAGAACAAGUACGGCGUUGGAGAGCAUCUGAGGUCCGAGCCAGUCAUCGCCCAGCAUCCAUUUAAUGUGCCUGAUGCACCGGCUCCUCCAGAGAUAGUGAGCAUCCGCCACGAGUCUGCCAUCUUGACCUGGGUUGAUCCAGUGGACAAUGGAGGCUCCACGAUUACUGGAUAUCAUGUGGAGUUUAAGGAGAGGAACAGUCUGAUGUGGAAACGGGCCUCAAAGACUCCUCUGAGAGUGAGGGAGUGCAGAGUCACCGGCCUGAUAGAGGGACUAGAGUAUGAGUUUAGGGUGAUGGCCAUGAACAUGGCCGGCUUAGGAAGGGCAAGCAAGGUCACUGAGGCUGUGGUUGCCCUGGAUCCCAUCGAUCCUCCUGGCAAGCCUGAAGUGAUUAACGUCACCAGGAACACGGUCACUCUGAUUUGGACCAUUCCCAAAUAUGAUGGUGGCUAUAAGCUGACUGGCUAUAUGGUGGAGAAGCUGGAGCUUGGCGGCAAGUCCUGGCUGAAGGCCAAUCACGUCAACAUUCAGGGCUGUGCCUUUACUGUACCCGAUCUGACAGAGGGAUCUCAGUACCAGUUUAGGAUCAGAGCCAAGAAUGCUGCUGGGGCAAUUAGUGUGCCUUCAGAGCCAACUGAACUUCUGACAUGCAAAGAUGAGUAUGAGCCCCCGACAAUCACAAUUGACCCAGACAUAAAGGACGGUGUAUCAGUCAGGGCAGGAGACACGAUUGUGAUCUCGGCCUCCAAGAUUGUGGGGAAACCUCCACCCACUGCCUUCUGGUCGAAGGGAGGCCGUGAGUUAAAGACCUCUGACAUCGUCACUGUCACCAGCACCCCAACCUCCUCCACUCUGGCUAUCAAGUACGCAAGCCGGAAGAACACAGGAGAUUACAUCAUCACAGCCAGCAACCCCUUCGGCAUUAAAGAAGAACAUGUCAAGGUGAAGGUCCUUGAUGUGCCUGGACCUCCAGGCCCCAUCGAAGCCAACGUCAUUACAGCUGAGAAGUGCACUCUGACCUGGCUUCCACCAGAAGAGGAUGGAGGUGCCACUAUCAAGUCCUAUACCGUUGAGAAGAGGGAGACCAGCCGCCUGCAGUGGACCAAGCUAGCUGAAAACGUCAUGGACUGCAGAUUGGUAGCCACCAAUUUGAUCAAGGGCAAUGAGUACAUCUUUAGAGUGUUUGGUGUCAACCAGUAUGGCACUGGAGACUCAAGCCAGUCUGGUCCAGUAAAAAUGGUCGACAAUUACCGCCCACCAGGCCCACCCUCAAUCCCAGAGGUUGAUAACAUCAGUAGGAACGCUGUCACCAUUUCAUGGAAGAGACCAGUACAGGACGGGGGAAGUGACAUUAGAGGAUAUUGUGUAGAGAGGAAAGAGAAGAGAGGAAUGAGAUGGGUGAGAGCCAGUAAAAGGUCGGUCCCUGACCUGCGCUUUAAGGUGCAAGGCCUGACAGAGGGAGUAGAGUAUGAGUUUAGAGUCACUGCUGAGAACAAAGCUGGAUUUGGCCAACCAAGUGAGCCAUCACCAGCUGUGAUGACCAAGGACAUUGUCUAUCCACCUGGUCCUCCAUCCAACGCCAGAAUUACAGACACCACAAAAACCACAGCUUGCUUCGCCUGGGGUAAACCCCACUAUGACGGUGGUCUUGAUGUAGAUGGAUAUAUUGUUGAGUACAAAAAGGAGGGCCAUGAUGACUGGGAAGUGGAGACACAGUUUCCAAUCAAAGUUACUGAAUAUGUUAUCGGUAAACUUCAGAAAGGAGGCAAAUACCACUUUAGAGUCAUUGCAGUGAACUCAGAGGGAGUUGGCGAGCCUGCAGAGGUUGAGAAAGUGACUGAACUUGUGGACCAGGAGGCGUUGCCAGACUAUGAGCUUGAUGCUGAACUCAGGAAAACCCUGGUUGUUCGGUGCCGUGCAUCAAUUCGUAUGUUUGUUCCUAUCAGGGGGCGCCCUGUUCCUGAAGUAACCUGGAGCAAGGAUGAUACAAACUUAAAAACACGUGCACAUAUUGACACAACGGAAUCGUACACUCUGCUGGUUAUCCCUGACUGCACCAGAUAUGAUGCUGGAAAGUACAAUCUGUGUCUCGAGAACGUUGCUGGAAAGAAGACUGGCUUUGUUAAUGUAAAGGUUUUGGACACACCAGGACCACCCGUCAAUCUCAAGCCUAGAGAGAUCACCAAAAGCAGCAUCACUAUGCAGUGGGAAAUCCCCAUAAUCGAUGGCGGUUCUAAGAUUCACAACUAUAUUAUUGAAAGGAGAGCAGCCACCAAGAAGGCCUAUACAGUGCUGAGCACUACAUGGCAGAAGUGUUCCUAUAAGUUUACAGACCUAGAGGAAGGAGCUUACUACUACUUCCGUAUAUCUGCUGAGAAUGACCUGGGUGUAGGUGAGCCCGCUGAAUCCCCUGAGCCAAUCAGAGUUUCCCAGGCCCCCUCUGCACCAGAGAACUUGUAUGUUACAGAUGUGUCAAAUGAAACUGCCAGCCUGACAUGGACCAAGCCCCUGCACGAUGGCGGCAGCUUGAUCACUGGAUAUGUGAUUGAGGCCCAGAAGAAGGACACAGACCAAUGGAUCCAUGUGGUCACAAUAAAGGCUCUGGACUACACUGUCACAGAUCUGAUUGAAGGCGCAGAAUACACCUUCCGCAUAAUGGCCGUCAAUGCAUCAGGCAGGAGCGACCCACGUGAGAGCAGGCCUGCUAUUAUCAAAGAACAGACCUCUGCUCCUUCCUUUGACCUGCGUGGAGUCUACCAGAAGACUGUCAUAGCAAGGGCAGGAGACCGCGUCAAGGUGGAGAUUCCAGUGCUUGGCAAACCCAGACCUGUGGUUUCCUGGAAGAAGGGAGACACAGCCCUCAGGGAGACACAGAGAAUCAACAUUGAAACUACACCAACAUCAACAAUCCUCAACAUUGGUGAGAUCAAGAGGAAAGAUGCAGGCGAGUAUUCCAUGACCGGAAAGAACAUGCUGGGUACAGUGACUGAGACCAUCACAGUCCUGGUCCAUGACAUUCCAGGUCCUCCCACUGGUCCCAUCAAGUUGGACGAGGUGUCAUGUGAUUAUGUUCUCAUGUCCUGGGAGGCACCAGAGCAUGACGGAGGUGUACCCAUCAACAACUAUAUUGUUGAGAUGCGUGAGACUACUGGUACUUCCUGGAUGGAGCUAGCAGCUACAGUGAUCCGUACCACAUUCAAAGCAGCCCGACUCACCACGGGAACCCAAUAUCAGUUCCGUGUCAAGGCUCAGAACAGAUAUGGCAUUGGACCAUGCAUUAUCUCUGAACCAGUGGUGGCUGCCUAUCCAUUUGAUGUGCCAGGCCAGCCGGGCAUUCCUGUGGUCACAUCUUUCAACAAGGAUGCUAUGACUCUGAGCUGGAAUGAGCCGUCUUCCGAUGGAGGCAGUGCCAUCCUUGGCUAUCACGUGGACAGAAAAGAGAAAAACAGCAUUCUGUGGCAGAGGAUUAGCAAAGCUCUUGUUGUUGGAAAUAUCUAUAAAUCGACAGGCCUUGUUGAUGGAAUUGCAUACGAACACCGUGUUACUGCCGAAAACAUGGCCGGUCUCAGCAGACCGAGCAAACCCUCAGAGCCAAUGUGUGCUUUGGACCCGAUCGAUCCACCGGGCAGGCCUGUGGCACUGAAUAUCACCAGACAUGAAGUGACAGUCUCCUGGACCAAACCAGAGGGAGACGGUGGAUUUUCCAUAACUGGAUACACAGUAGAGAGGAGAGAGAUGCCCAAUGGACGCUGGCUCAAAGCCAACUUUAACAACAUCCUAGAAACCAUUUACACGGUCAGUGGGCUAAUUGAAGAUGCAACUUAUGAAUUCCGUGUGUUUGCUAGAAACUCAGCUGGUGGUGUUAGUGCUCCGUCCCAGUCAUCAGAGGCCAUCACAUGCAGAGAUGACCUUGAAGAGCCCAGGCUUGAUAUCGAUUCAUCAUAUAGCAGCAAUGUUAUUGUCAUGGCAGGAGAGGUGUUCAAGCUGGAAGCUAAUGUGACUGGCAGGCCACUCCCAUCUCUGGUAUGGACCAAGGAAGGAAAGGAGCUUGAGGACACAGCCAAGCUGGAGAUAAAGUCAACUGACUUCCACACAACUCUGCUGAACAAAGAUUCCCUGAGGAGGGACGGAGGUGCUUUUGUUCUGACUGCCAGUAAUCCAGGUGGCUUUGCCAAGUUCACUUUCAACGUCAAGGUGCUCGACAGGCCUGGACCACCAGACUCUCUCACUAUUAGUGAUGUCGCUGCUGAAAAAUGUGUCCUUAACUGGGUGCAUCCAACGCACGAUGGCGGUGCUAAGAUUGAGUACUUCAUCAUUCAGAGGCGAGAGACCAGUAGGUUGGCAUGGACAAAUGUGGCCACAGACCUUCAGGCAAACAGGUUCAAGGUCACCAAGCUUCUGAAGGGCAAUGAAUACGUCUUCAGAGUUAUGGCUGUUAACAAGUAUGGUGUGGGUGAACCCCGGGAGUCUGAACCUAUCAUCUGUGCCAAUCCCUAUGUCCCCAGUGACCCACCAACGCAGCCUGAAGUCACUAUCAUUACCAGAGACUCCAUGGUCGUCUGCUGGGAGCGCCCUGAACACGAUGGAGGAAGCAGAAUUAACACUUACAUUAUUGAGAAGAGAGAUAAAACUGGUCUGCGCUGGGUGAAGUGCAACAAGAGGACUGUAACUGAUCUGCGAUUCAAAGCCUCUGGCCUCACACCAGGACAUGAGUAUGAAUUCAGAGUUCUUGCUGAGAACAAUGCUGGUCUGAGUCAGCCUAGUCCUUCCAGUCCAUUCUACAAAGCUGUAGACACCAUCUUCCAGCCUGGACCUCCAGGAAACCCCAGAGUGCUUGACACAACCAAGUCCUCCAUUACCCUCGCCUGGAACAAGCCUGUCUACGAUGGUGGUUCUGAAAUCACUGGUUAUGUUGUGGAGACCUGCCUGCCUGAGGAGGAUGAAUGGACAAUACACACUCCCAAGAAGGGAUGGACAGCCACUUCCUUUACCAUCACAAACUUGAAGGAAAACCAAGAGUACAAAAUCAACAUCUGUGCAACUAAUUGUGAGGGAGUGGGAGAGCCUGCUGCUGUUCCUGGAAAGCCCAAAGCUGAAGACAGACUGCUUCCUCCAGAAAUUGAACUCGGAGCAGAGCUUCGUAAGGUGGUCUGCAUCAGAGCUUGUAGCACACUCAGACUUUUUGUUCCUAUUCAUGGAAGACCAGUACCUGAAGUUAAAUGGGCAAGAGAGCAUGGAGAAUCUCUGGACCGAGCUAACAUUGAAAUCACCUCAUCAUUCACCACUCUGCAGGUUGACAAUGUUGACAGAUUUGAUGCAGGUAAAUACUUGGUGACUGUAGAAAACUCCUCAGGAAGCAAAACAGCCUUUGUUAAUGUCAGGGUGCUAGAUACCCCUGGAGCACCUCAGAAUCUGAUUGUGAAGGAGAUCACUAAAGAUUCAGUUUCACUUGUUUGGGAUGCACCUCUCAUUGAUGGUGGCUCCAGAGUCCGCAGCUAUAUUGUGGAGAAACGUGAUUCAACCAGAAAGGCCUACUCAACAGUCUGCGCUAGCUGCCAUAAGUCUAGUUGGAAAAUUGGAGGCCUGGAAGAAGGAAAGCUGUACUCCUUUAGAAUCCUGGCAGAGAAUGAAUUUGGCAUUGGCCUCCCAGUUGAGACAGCUGAACCAAUUAAAGUGUCAGAGAAGCCUCUGCCACCAGGCAAAGUGUCCCUUGGUGAAGUUACCAGCUCUAGUGUCACACUAACUUGGGAAAAGCCUGACCAUGAUGGUGGCAGCAGGAUCACAGGCUACAUUGUUGAGAUGCAGGGUAAAGGCAGUGAAAAGUGGACCCAGGUCAUGGUGGUUAAAACCAAUGAGGCUAUCGUAACUGGUCUUACACAGGGAGAGGAGUACAUGUUCCGUAUCUCAGCCGCCAAUGAAAAAGGAGUUAGUGACCCACGCCCUCUCAGUCAGCCUGUGGUGGCUAAAGACCUUGUCAUCCCACCAACUUUCAAACUGAUUUUCAGCACAUACAGUGUGCUCGCAGGAGAUGAUCUGAAAAUUGAUGUACCAUACGUUGCUUGUCCCAAGGCAACAGCAACUUGGCUCAAAGAUGGCAUUGUUCUAAAGGAGACAACAAGAGUUAAUGCUGAAGCCACAGACAAAAACCUGCUUUUGGUUAUUAAGGACUCAUGCAGAGAUGAUGUGGGAACAUACACUGUCAAACUGUCCAACACAGUUGGAGAGGCAUCAACAGACAUUAGUGUUGUUGUUCUAGAUAAGCCUGGUCCUCCAAUCGGCCCAAUUAAGCUGGAUGACGUCACUGCAGACAGUGUGGUCCUGACGUGGAAUCAACCAGAGUAUGACGGUGGUUGCACCAUCAACAACUACAUUGUUGAGAAGAGAGAUACAUCUAGCACUAACUGGCAGAUUGUUUCAGCUACUGUGGCCAGAACCACGAUUAAGGCAGCCCGUCUUAAGACUGGAGUUGAGUACCAGUUUAGAAUUGCUGCAGAGAAUAGAUAUGGCAAGUCCUCAGUUCUGGUCUCUGAAACCAUUGUUGCUCAAUAUCCAUUUGAAGUGCCUGGCUCGCCACGUUCUGUGGUGGUCCAGUCAGCCACCAAAGAGACCAUGGUGGUUGUAUGGGAGAAACCCAGCAGUGACGGUGGAAGCAAAAUUCUGGGCUACCACUUGGAGCUCAAAGAGAGAAACAGCAUAUUGUGGGUGAAACAGAACAAACAACUAAUCCCAGAGCCUAGAUUUAAGGUUGUUGGCCUUGAGGAAGGUAUUGAAUAUGAGUUCAGAGUUUAUGCUGAGAACAUUGUUGGCUGCAGCAAAGCCAGCAAACUGAGUGAAAUGCAAGUGGCCAGAGAUCCUUGUGACAGACCAGGAAAACCAGAGGCUGUCAUUGUGACCAGACACCAAGUGACACUCAGAUGGACCAAACCUGAGUAUGAUGCAGGCAUCAAGAUUACAGGCUAUGUGGUUGAGAAGAAGAAGGGAGCUGGCCGCUGGAUGAAGGCCAGUUUCGCUAAUGUCCUUGAGACAGAAUUUGUUGUCACAGGACUUACUGAAGAUCAGGUUUAUGAGUUCCGUGUCAUUGCCAGGAAUGCAGCAGGUGUCUUUAGUCAGCCCUCUGAUUCUACUGGAGCCAUCACUGCCAAGGACGAGGUGGAUCCACCCCAGAUUGACUUAGAAGCUAAAUACUCCCAAGCUGUGGUGGUAAAUGCUGGAGAGACAUUCAAGCUUGAAGGUGCUAUCUCUGGUAAGCCUGUGCCCACAGUACACUGGAUGAAGGAGGGCAAAGAAAUCUCAGAGGCAGCACGCCUAGAAUUCAAGAACACAGACUUUACAGCUUGUAUAGUUGUUAAAGAAGCUAUCCGUGUUGAUGGAGGUCAGUACACUUUGCUGAUAAAAAAUGUUGGAGGAGAGAAAUCUGUUAACAUAAAUGUCAAGGUCCUGGACAGACCAGGUCCACCAGAAGGCCCAAUCUCUAUAUAUGGGGUCACGAGUGAGAAAUGCUCCAUUGCCUGGAAAUCUCCCUUGCAAGAUGGAGGUAGUGAUGUUUCCCAUUACAUUGUUGAGAGGCGGGAAACCAGCCGACUUGUUUGGACUGUGGUUGACCCAAAAGUUCAGACACUGAACUUGAAGAUCACAAAACUUCUUCCUGGUAAUGAGUACAUCUUCAGAGUGAUUCCAGUCAACAAAUAUGGAGUUGGUGAGCCUUUGGAAUCUGAGCCAAUGAUUGCCAAAAAUCCAUUUGUCACUCCCAGCCCACCAACAGAGGUAGAGGUCGCCACAAUUACCAAAGACUCCAUGGUGGUGACCUGGGAAAGACCAACUAAUGACGGUGGCAGUCCUAUUCAGGGAUACGUUGUUGAGAAACGUGACAAGGACGGCGUGAGAUGGACCAGAUGCAACAAGCGCACAGUGAGUGAACUGCGCUUCAGAGUGACAGGGCUCAUAGAAAACCACAGCUAUGAAUUCAGAGUUGCAGCUGAAAAUUCUGCAGGUGUCGGCACACCUAGUGCACCAACAGUGUACUAUAAAGCAUUGGAUCCUAUCUUCAAAGCAGGCCCACCAAACAACCCCAAGGUGGUGGAUACAUCUAGGUCUACUGUUUCCCUGACAUGGGGCAAACCCAUCUAUGAUGGUGGUUGUGAGAUCAAGGCUUACAUAAUUGAGGCCUGCGAUGUAGCAUGUGAUGAGUGGGUCAUGUGCACUCCACCAACUGGAAUUACAGACACCAAGUUUACAGUAAAAAGGCUUCUGGAGAAGCAUGAAUACCAAUUCAGAGUGUGUGCCAUCAACAAAGUUGGUGUUGGAGAGCAUGCUGAUUUCCCAGGAAAAAUUCUUCUGGAAGAGAAGCUUGAAGCUCCUGAUCUUGACCUGGAUACUGAUAUGAGAAAGAUGAUCAACAUUAGAGCAGCAAGCACUCUGAGGCUGUAUGUUCCUGUGAGAGGUCGUCCAGCUCCUGAGGUGAAAUGGGGCAAGGCUGAGGGUGAGAUUAAGGAGACUGCCAUGAUUGACACGACAGGCAGCUAUGCUUCACUUGUCAUUGAGAAUGUUGACAGAUUUGACAGUGGAAAGUACACCCUGACUGCAGAGAAUGCCAGUGGAGUGAAGUCAGUCUUCAUCAGUGUCAGAGUCCUUGACUCACCUAGUGCACCAGUUAACUUCCUGGUGAAAGAGAUUACCAAGAAUUCUGUAACUUUGACAUGGGAGCCUCCCCUUCUAGAUGGUGGUUCCAAGAUUAAGCAUUAUCUUGUUGAGAAGCGUGAGAGCACUAGGAAAGUGUAUUCUCCUAUCACCACAUGCAACAAGAUGUCAUGGAAAGUUGAGCCCCUUCCAGAGGGUGGAAUCUUCUUCUUCAGAGUCCUAGCUGAGAACGAAUAUGGUGUGGGUCUCCCUGCUAAAACGUUUAAUCCAAUUAAGGUAUCUGAGAAGCCCCAGCCACCUGGUAAAGUCAGUGUUGUUGACGUCACCAGCAGCACUGUAACGCUGUCCUGGGAGAAGCCUGAACAUGACGGCGGCAGUAGGAUCAGUUACUAUGAAAUCGAAUUGGCAAUUAAGGACAGUGAGGCAUGGUCUGUGUGUACUAGUGUAAAGGCACUGGAGACUGUAGUGACAAACCUACUCAAGGGAGAGGAAUACCAAUUCAGAGUUGUUGCUGUAAAUGACAAGGGCAAAAGCGACCCUAGACAACUGGUUCAAUCAGUUGUAACUAAGGACCUUGUGAUUGAGCCUGCUGUUAGACCCCAAAUGAGCACCUACCAUGUCCAGGUUGGGUAUGACCUCAAGAUAGAGGUGCCAGUUGCUGGUCAUCCAAAGCCAACUAUUACUUGGACCAAGGAUGGAGCAGCCCUUAAGCAGACCACCAGACUCAAUGUCACUGACGCUGCACGUCAGACCACACUAACCAUAAAGGAUGCUACCAAAGAGGAUGGAGGCAUGUACGGCAUCAAUGUCGCCAGUGCUCUGGGUUCCAAGGAUGCAACUAUUGAGGUGAUUACCCUGGACAAACCAGGCCCACCAACAGGCCCUGUUAAAGUGGAGGAUAUAAGUGCUGAGAGUAUGACUCUUAACUGGGAACCUCCAUCAUAUACAGGUGGCUGCCCAAUCUCGAACUAUGUUGUGGAAAAAAGAGACACAACCACAACCAACUGGGUGGUUAUAUCUGCCACUGUGGCCAGAACCACACUGAAAGUGAGCAAUCUGAAGACCGGCAGUGAAUACCAGUUCAGAAUAUAUGCUGAGAAUAGAUAUGGAAAGAGUUAUGCAAUCGAUUCAGAACCUGUUUUGGCACAAUAUCCAUUCCAAGAGCCUGGCCCACCAGGAACACCAUUUGUGUCUUUGUAUUCUAAAGACUAUAUGGUGGUUGAGUGGCACAAACCCCCAUCUGAUGGAGGCAGUGCCAUCUUGGGCUACCAUUUGGAAAGAAAGGAGAAGAACAGUAUCCUCUGGACCAAAAUAAACAAAAUGCUCAUCCAAGACUGCAGGUUCAAAUCUACUCCUCUUGAGGAAGGCAUUGAGUAUGAGUAUAGAGUCUAUGCUGAGAAUAUUGUUGGCAUUGGAAAAUGCAGCAAGGUCUCUGAGGUUUAUGUAGCCCGUGAUCCAUGUUAUCCUCCUGGCCGCCCCACGGCUGUGGUUGUGACUAGGCACUCAGUGAUGCUGAGGUGGACCCCUCCAGAGUAUGAUGGAGGAAGCAAAAUUACUGGCUAUGUAGUGGAGAAACGUAAUCUUCCGGAAGGAAAGUGGAUGAAAGCCAGCUUUGCAAAUGUCAUAGAACUUGAAUUUACAGUUACUGGCCUGACAGAAGACAGUAAAUAUGAUUUCAGAGUAAUUGCAAGGAAUGCAGCUGGUGCUAUCAGCAAGCCCUCUGAGAGCACUGGAUCCAUCACAGCCAAGGAUGAAGUUGACCCACCAAAGUGUGAGACAGAUCCUAUGUACAACCAGACCAUUGUUAUCAAUGCUGGGGAGACUUUCAAUCUGGAGGCCAGUGUGGAAGGAAAGCCCAUCCCUACAGCUCAGUGGUUCAAGGGAAAUGUUGAAGUUGAAAACUCAGCAAGAGCUGAGAUCAAAAACACAGAUUUUAAGGCUUUGCUGGUUGUGAAGGAUGCCAUACGAGUGGAUGGUGGACAGUACACACUGGUUCUAACUAAUGUAGCUGGAACGAAGACUGUCCCCUUCAGUGUGAAGGUCCUGGACAGACCAGGCCCCUCAGAGGGACCUCUUACUGUCAGUAAUGUCACUGAGGAGAAGUGCUCACUGUCAUGGCUGCCCCCCAGGCAUGAUGGAGGAGCUAGCAUUUCUCACUACGUCAUUCAGAAGAGAGAAACCAGCCGCUUGGCAUGGACUGUGGUCUCCAGUGACUGUGGAGCAACCAUGCUCAAGGUUACCAAACUGUUGAAGGGCAAUGAGUACAUCUUCAGAGUCCUGGCUGUCAACAAAUAUGGUGAUGGCGAGCCUCUUGAAUCAGCACCAGUUAUCAUGAGAAAUCCAUUUGUUCCCCCUGGCGCACCUCAAGAGCUUGAGAUAACUAACAUUACCAGGGACUCCAUGACUGUCUGCUGGAAUCGCCCUGAAGCCACCGGAGGCAGUGAGAUUAGUGGUUACAUCGUCGAGAAGAGAGACAGAGCUGGAGUGAGGUGGACCAAGUGCAACAAACGUAGAGUGACAGACUUGCGUUUCAGAGUGACAGGACUGACUGAAGACCAUGAAUAUGAAUUCAGGGUAUCUGCUGAGAAUGUAGCUGGAGUGGGUCAGCCAAGCUCAGCCACACCCUACCUCAAAGCAUGUGACCCAACCUUUGAACCAGGCUCUCCCUCCAAUGCCCAUGUGGUCGACACAGCUAAAGACUCCAUCAGUCUGGCAUGGCAUAGACCUAUCUAUGAUGGAGGUUGUGAGAUUCAAGGAUAUGCUGUGGAAAUUACUAAGGCUGAUGAGGAGGAGUGGAGCAUUUGCACCCCACCCUCUGGAGUUAAUGCUACCAAGUUUACCAUCACCAAGUUGAUAGAGCACCAGGAAUACAAGGUGCGCAUAUGUGCCAUCAAUAAGCUGGGUGUUGGUGAGCCCACCGAGAUCGAGGGAGUUGUAAAACCUAUGGAUAAGAUUGAUCCUCCAGAGGUGAUUCUGGAUUCAGAGCUCAGGAAGGGAAUAGUUGUCCGUGCAGGAGGCUCAAUGAGAAUCGGCAUUCCAUUCAAGGGCCGUCCCACUCCUGAGAUCAGCUGGGCCAAAGAGGAUGGAGUAUUGCCCAUUAAAGCUCAGAUAGACACUGGUGAAGAAUACACACAGCUCUCCAUUGAUAUUUGUGACAGAUAUGAUGCUGGAAAAUACAUCCUCAACUUGGAAAAUACAGCUGGCACCAAAUCAGCCUUCGUCUCUGUUAAAGUUCUGGACACUCCUGGGGCCCCUGUGAAUCUAACAGUAAAAGACAUCAAGAGGGAAAGUGUCACUCUGACCUGGGAGCCUCCUCUUAUUGAUGGUGGUGCAAGAAUCACUAAUUACCUGGUUGAGAAGCGCGAGUCUGCCAGGAAUGUUUACUCUAAUGUGGACAACAAGUGCACAAAGACAAGCUACCGUAUCACUGGCCUCACAGAGGGAACUAUCUACUAUUUCAGAGUCUUAGCAGAGAACGAGUUUGGUGUGGGACUGGCAGCUGAGACAGAAGAUGCAGUUAAGGCCUCUGAGCCUCCUCUGCCAGUGGGUAAGGUCACUUUGACUGAAGUUACCAAAACCUCUGCCUCUCUCUCCUGGGAGAAGCCAGUCCAUGAUGGAGGCAGCAGGAUCAUGGGUUAUUACGUUGAAAUGCAGCCUGUGGAUUCAGAGGAAUGGGUAGUAGCCACCACAACCAAAACUUGUGAAGGCACUGUCACAGGCCUAAGUGCGGGCCAUGAGUACCUAUUUAGAGUGUCAGCUUUCAAUGACAAAGGCAGAAGUGACUCCCGGGCUCUGGCAUCACCAGUCACUGCUAAAGAUGUAACUUUCAUGCCUGGAUUCAAGAUGACAUUUAACACUUACAGUUUACAGCAAGGGGAAGAUCUGAAGAUCGAAAUUCCAGUGCUUGGACGCCCUGUUCCCACUGUUGAAUGGAAGAAGGAUGGACAGGCCCUUAAAGAGACAACCAGACUAAAUGUAUCUGGCACAUCAUCCCUUACAAAGCUGUGCAUUAAGGAUGCAAACAGGGAAGACUCUGGUAAAUACACCAUCACAGCCACCAGCAGUGUCGGUUCAACUACGGAGGAGAUUACCGUCAUUAUUCUCGAGAAGCCUGGCCCACCCACAGGCCCUGUGAAGAUUGAGGAGGUGAGCUCUAAUUAUGCCGUUCUCUCUUGGGAGCCACCAACGUAUACUGGGGGCUGUCAGAUCAACAACUACAUUGUAGAGAAGAGAGACACAACCACGACAGCAUGGCAUAUUGUUUCUGCUACUAUUGCAAGGUCAACAAUUAAAGUCACCAACUUGAAGACUGGGGUUGAGUAUCAGUUCAGAGUGUCUGCUGAGAAUAGAUAUGGAAAGAGUUCUUCCAUUGUCUCUCCCACUGUUAUUGCUCAGUAUCCAUUUAGUGAGCCUGCUGCCCCAGGAACACCAGUUGUUUCUGCUGCAACCAAGGAUAACAUGGUUGUUGAGUGGAAAACUCCCACCAAUAAUGGAGGCAGCCCCAUCCUAGGCUAUCACCUCGAGAGAAAGGAGAAGAACAGCCUCCUUUGGACUAAACUCAACAAGCUUCUUAUUCCAGAAACACGUUUCAAGACUACAGAGCUGGAGGAAGGUAUUGAGUAUGAAUUUAGAGUUUAUGCUGAGAACAUUGCUGGACUCAGCCCAGCUAGCAAAGUCUCUGAGAGCACAGUAGCUAGGGACCCAUGUGAUCCACCAGGUACUCCCCACGCCAUUGAUAUCACCAGAAAUCACGUGACGCUUCAGUGGACCAGGCCUCAGUAUGAUGGAGGCAGUGCAAUCACUGGCUAUCUGAUCGAGAGGAAGAAGCACCCAGAUACCCGCUGGAUGAAGGCCACCUUCACCAACAUUAUUGGUACCCAGUUCACAAUCACUGGCCUGACUGAGGACUGUGUUUAUGAGUUUAGAGUCAUUGCCAGGAACGCUGCAGGCAUUUCUAGUAGACCUUCUCAGGGCACAGGAGAGAUUACUGCCAAAGAUGAAAUUGAGGCUCCAGAGGCCACCCUGGAUUCUAAAUUCAAGGAUCUGACUGUUGUUAGUGCUGGUGAGACAUUCGUCAUUGAUGCUGACUACACUGGCAAGCCUCUGCCCGAAGUUGUUUGGUUAAAGGAUGGAAAAGAGAUUGACAGUGCCACACCAAGAAUGGAGGUCUCGACCACAAUCACACGUACCAUCCUGACAGUCAAGGACUGCAUCAGAGUGGAUGGUGGCCACUUUGUCCUUAAACUUGUCAAUGUGGGUGGAGUCAAGAUGAUUCCAGUUAAUGUCAAAGUUCUGGAUAGACCUGGUCCUCCAGAUGGCCCGCUAGAAGUCAAAGGGGUCAGAGCCGAGAAAUGUUACCUGCACUGGAACCACCCGUCACAUGAUGGUGGAGCUGGCAUCUCUCACUACAUCAUUGAGAAGAGAGAGACCAGUCGUUUGUCAUGGACCAUGGUUGAACCCAAGAUCCAGGCCAUCAGCUACAAAAUCACCAAACUGCUGCCUGGCAAUGAAUACAUCUUCAGAGUCACUGCUGUGAACAAAUAUGGUGUUGGUGAGCCUUUGGAGUCUGAGCCUGUUAUUGCUCGUAACCCCUUCAGCACUCCCAGUGCCCCCUCCACACCUGAACCUAGUGCUAUCACUAGGGACUCCAUAGUGAUGACAUGGGAGAGACCUGAGAAUAAUGGAGGUGCUGAGAUUGAAGGAUAUGUCCUGGAAAAACGCGAUAAAGAUGGCAUCAGAUGGACCAAGUGCAACAAGAAAAGGCUUACUGACCUGAGAUUCAGAUGUGCUGGCCUCACAGAGGGCCACUCUUAUGAAUUCAGGGUCUCAGCUGAAAAUGCUGCUGGUGUGGGAAAGCCCAGUGAACCAUCUGAAUACAUCAAGGCCUGUGAUGCCAUUUAUCCACCAGGACCUCCAAGUAACCCUAAGGUCACCGGCCAUUCGAGUACCACAGUUUCUCUGACAUGGACCAGACCUAUCUAUGAUGGUGGAGCACAGAUUAGUGGAUAUAUAGUUGAAGCGAAAGAGGCGGCAGAUGAUGAAUGGAUCACUUGCACACCUCACACUGGUGUUCAGGCCACUCACUACACUGUGAAGCAGCUGAAAGAGAAUGCAGAGUACAACUUCCGCAUCUCUGCCUUUAACUGUGAGGGAGUAGGAGACCACGUGGACCUACCUGGUUCUGUGAUCGCUGCAGAGAAGCUAGAGGCUCCUGAAAUUGAAUUAGACGCUGACCUGAGGAAGAUGGUCAAUGUUCGUGCCAGUGCCACCCUGCGCCUGUUUGUGACAAUCAGAGGAAAGCCUGAGCCUGAGGUCAAAUGGUCAAAGGCUGAUGGACCUUUGAAUGAGCGUGCACAGAUUGAAGUCACAAGCUCUUACACAAUGCUGGUGAUUGAGAAUGUCGAUAGAUUUGACACUGGUAAAUAUGUACUGACUCUUGAGAACCUCAGUGGAUCUAAAUCAGCCUUCAUCAAUGUCAGAGUUCUGGACUCACCCAGUGCUCCUACCAACCUGGUGGUUAAGGAUGUGAAAAGAAAUUCCGUUUCUCUUUCCUGGGAGCCUCCUCUCAUUGAUGGUGGGGUUAAGAUAUCACACUAUAUUGUGGAGCAGAGAGAGCAGAAGAGAAUGGCUUUCACUAGUGUUUGCACCAACUGUGUGAGGAAUUCGUACCUCAUUUCUGACCUGCUGGAGGGAGGCCGUUUCUAUUUCCGUGUUUUGGCUGUGAAUGAGCUGGGAGUGGGUCUGCCUACCUCCACAGAUCAAGUCAAGGUGGCUGAGGCUCCAUUGCCUCCUGGUAAGGUUACCCUGGUUGAUGUAACUCGUCAUACUGCCACUAUUUCCUGGGAGAAACCGGAUCAUGAUGGAGGCAGCAAAAUUACAAGCUUUAUUGUGGAGAUGCAGUCAAAGGGAGAUGAUAAAUGGACCGUAUGCAGUGAAGCCAAAGCACUGGAAGCUACCAUUGGUGGACUCAUAACUGGAGAGGAAUACUCCUUCAGGGUGACUGCUGUUAACGAUAAGGGCAAGAGUGAUGCCAAGCCUCUGGCUGCCCCUGUUGUCGUGAAGGACAUCACGAUGCAGCCCAUAAUCAAGCUGGUGUACGACACAUACAGUGUGAAAGCAGGAGAUGAUCUGAAGAUUGAUGUGCCCUUCCAAGGAAGACCUGAACCUGAGGUGUCCUGGAAAAAGGACGGCAGUGCCCUUAAGCAAACAACCAGGGUCAAUGUUCUCACUUCAAAGACCUCAUCUAAGAUUGUUAUCAAGGAUGCAACCAAGGACGAUGUAGGAAAGUAUGAGAUAACCUUGACUAACUCAGUCGGCACCAAGACAGCUUUAAUCUCUGUUAUAAUCCUGGACAAACCUGGCCCACCCAGCAACAUUAAGAUGGACGAGGUGAGUGCUGAUUUCAUCUCUCUGUCUUGGGAUCCUCCAACCUAUGAUGGUGGAUGCCAAAUUAACAACUAUGUUGUGGAGAAGAGAGAUACUACCACAACCUCAUGGCAGAUUGUCUCAGCCACAGUAGCCAGAACAUCAAUCAAGGUGACUCGUCUCAAUCAGGGAACAGAGUAUCAGUUCCGUAUAGCAGCUGAGAACCGUUAUGGCAAGAGUUCUGCAAUUGACUCUUCACCGGUUGUUGCUCAGUAUCCCUUCGAGCCUCCUGGUCCUCCUACCAAUGUCCAUGUUUCCCAAGCUACCAAAUAUGGCAUGCUUGUGGUAUGGGGCAGGCCUGGCAGUGAUGGUGGCAGCCCUGUGAUUGGUUAUCACAUUGAAUGCAAAGAACACAGCAGCCUACUGUGGACCAAGGUCAACAGAGGUCUGCUGACUGAGAACCAGUUCAAGAUGACAGGCAUAGAAGAAGCCCUGAUGUAUCAGUUCAGAGUCUAUGCUGAGAAUAUUGCUGGAAUUGGCCCAUGCACUAAGGCCAGUGAACCUGUGGCAGCCAGGGAUCCAUGUGAAUCUCCACGUAACCUGAGAGUCACCAACAUUACUAGGAACUCAGUUUCUCUCUAUUGGGAGAAGCCGGAGUAUGAUGGUGGAAUAAAGAUAACUGGCUACAUUGUUGAACGUAAAGAACUUCCCAGUGGUCGUUGGUUGAAAUGCAACUUCACCAACCUACAAGACACCUACUAUGAUGUCACAGGCCUCACAGAAGAUGUCCAAUAUGACUUCCAUGUCAUUGCUAAGAAUUCUGCAGAGCUGUUAAGUGCUCCUUCAGAGAGCACCGGUCCUGUCACUGUCAAGGAUGAUGUAGACCCUCCCACUAUUAUUCUUGAAGACAAGCUAAGACAGCUGGUUGUCAUUAAGGCUGGAGAGAUCAUCCAGAUUGAUGCUGAAAUCACAGGCCGUCCACUCCCAGUGGUUUCAUGGUUGAAGGAUGGAAAGGAGAUUCAGGCCAAGGCCAGAUGUGAAAUCACCUCCACCAACUUUGCAACCACACUGAUUGUUAAGGAUGCUAUCAGGAGGGACUCUGGCCAAUAUGUCCUGUCCUUGCAUAAUGUAGCAGGGACGAGGUCUGUAGCUAUCAACUGUAAAGUUCUGGACAGACCUGGACCUUCCUCAGGACCAUUGGCAGUGUCUGGCCUAACCGCAGAGAAAUGCACCAUAACUUGGGGUCCUCCUCAGGAGAAUGGUGGCGCUGAAAUCAUGCACUACAUUGUCGAGAAACGCGAGACCAGUCGCCUUGCCUGGACACUUGUCUAUGGUGACAUGAAGGCAACCACCUGUAAAGUGACAAAGCUACUCAGAGGAAAUGAGUACAUCUUCAGAGUCAGGGGAGUCAAUAAAUACGGGGAUGGUGAGGCUCUGGAGAGCGAGCCAACAAAGGCCAUGGAUCCAUUCACUGUGCCUGCAGCUCCUACUCAUAUUCAGGUCACCGCAGUUAGUGCUGAGGCAAUGACAAUCUGUUGGGAAAGACCAGUUUCUGAUGGUGGCAGCAGUAUCGCUGGCUAUGUCAUUGAAAAGCGAGAGAAGACUGGCCUUCGCUGGUGCCGUGUCAACAAGAAACCUGUUUAUGACCUCAGGGUCAAAGCCUCCAACCUCCGCGAGGGCUGUGAGUAUGAGUACAGAGUGUUUGCAGAGAAUUCUGCUGGCCUUAGUGCUCCCAGCACGCCUUGCCCACUCACCAAGGCAGAAGAUCCACAGUUCCUGCCUUCACCUCCUGCUAAGCCUAAGCUCAUCGACUCAACGAAGACCACAGCCACCCUUUCAUGGAAUAAACCACUGUUUGAUGGUGGAGCACCUGUGACUGGUUACAGAGUUAAAUACAGGAUUAGUUCAGAUGAUGAAUGGAUGGUUGGAGUCCAGAAUACUAAGAACACAGAGUUUACUGUUGUGGGAUUGACACCUGGGCAUGAAUAUGUAUAUGUUGUCUGCUCUAUCAACAAGAUUGGAGUCAGUGAGCACAGUCCUGAGUCAGAUAGACAGGUUGCCAAGGAAAGAGAGGAGGAGCCACUCUUUGACAUCAGCAAUGACAUGAGGAAGACUCUUAUUGUGAAGGAUGGAAGCUCAUUCACCAUGACAGUACCCUACAGAGGCAAACCCAUCCCCAGUGUUACAUGGUCUAAGCCCGAUGUUGACCUUAGAGUUCGUGCUGUCAUUGACACCACAGACACCUUCACCUCCAUCACCUUGGAAAAAGCAACUCGCAGCGACUCCGGCAAAUACACUAUCACCUUGUCCAACGUAGCCGGAACCUCUUCCUUGACACUAAAUGUCAGAGUUUUGGAUUCCCCUGGACCUCCUACCAACGUAGGUUUCAAGGACGUGACCAAGACCUCUGCUACUGUAACCUGGGACACACCUGAGAACGAAGGAGGAGGACCAGUCAAGAACUACCUUAUUGAUAUCCGUGAGGCCAGCAAGAAAGGCUGGACUAAGCUGACUGACACAUGCCACAGACUUACAUACAAGGUGACAGACUUGCAGGAGGGAGAAGUCUACUACUUCAGAGUGACAGGCGAGAAUGAGUAUGGUGUUGGUGUUUCUGCUGAGACCAAAGAGGGAGCUAAGAUCUCAGAAAAACCGAGCCCACCACCAAAGCUGGGUGUGACGGAUGUUUCCAAGGAGAGUGUGUCUCUGGCCUGGGCCAAACCGGAGCAAGACGGAGGCAGCAGAAUCACUGGCUACCUACUGGAAGCUCUGGAGAAAGGCCAGGAGAAGUGGGUUAAGUGUGGUGAAACCAAGUUCAUCCACUUCACAGUGUCUGGUCUGAGGGAGAACGCUGAGUACUUCUUCAGAGUCAGAGCAGAGAACCACGCUGGCUUCAGUGAUGUUAAGGAAAUGGUCACCCCAGUCAUGGUCAAAGACCAGCUUGAAUCUCCUGAGUUCAACAUGAAAGACUUCCCCCACAACACAGUGUAUGUUAGAGCCGGUUCCACCCUCAAGUGUGAGAUCCCACUGACAGGCCGGCCUUUGCCUAAAGUCUCCUUGACCAAGGAUAACAUUCUGCUCAAGUCAACAAGGAGGUUCAACGCUGAUGUUACCCCUGACAGCAUCAAGAUCAUUUUGAGUGAGAGCAUUGCUGGAGACUCAGGACGCUACGAUAUCACUGCCUCCAACUCCAGUGGAACCACAAAGAGCUUUGUGAAUAUUGUUGUUCUGGACCGCCCCAGUGCUCCAAUUGGACCCGUGGAGCUGUUUGAUGUCACAGAGGACAGUGUGAGCCUGCAGUGGCUCCCACCGGCAUAUGAAGGUGGUAGCCCCAUAACCAACUACAUCAUUCAGAAGAGAGAGACAACCACUGCCAACUGGAUGGAUGUCUCUUCUGCUGUGGCCCGCUGCACCAUGAAGAUCAUGAAGCUGACCACUGGCCUGGAGUACCAAUUCAGAAUCCGGGCUGAGAACAGAUAUGGAAUAAGCGAGCACAUUGACUCACCAACUGUUGCUGUUGUCCUUCCUUACACUAUUCCUGAAGCUCCCAGUACUCCAGAGAUCACUGCUGUAACCAGGGAGACCAUCACUGUAGCCUGGAAGGUGCCGCAGUCCGACGGUGGCAGCCACGUGUUUGGUUACCAUCUCCAGAUGAAAGACAGGAACAGCAUCCUUUGGCAGAAAGUCAACAAAAUGGUGAUCCGUGCCACACAUUUCAAGGUCACCAACAUCAAUGCUGGACUUAUUUAUGAGUUCAAAGUGGCAGCAGAGAAUGCUGGUGGAAUCAGUCCCUUCAGCAAGAUUUCUGAUGCAGUACUUGCUAUUGAUGCUUGUGAACCACCUGUUGACCUGCGCAUCAGUGACAUCACCAAGCACUCCAUCAGUCUGGCCUGGAACAAGCCCAACUACGACGGUGGCUCACCAGUCACUGGUUACAUCAUUGAGAAGAGAGAGGGUGUUAGUGCCAAGUGGUCCAAAACUAACCUUACCAAUGUCACAGACACACGCUUCUCUGUGACUGGCCUCACCCAGGACGAGACAUAUGAGUUUAGAGUGAUGGCAAAGAAUGCUGUUGGCUCAGUGAGCAACCCAUCCAUGACUGUUGGACCUGCCACAUGCGUGGACACCUAUGGUGCCCCAGAAAUUGAUAUACCUCAAGAGUACUUCAGCGAGGUGAAGUACAUGGCUGAAUCUAAUGUGGAACUCAAGUUUAACAUCACAGCCAAACCUGCUCCCACUAUUGAGUGGUUCAAGGAUGGCAGAGAGCUCGAGCCUACUGCCCAGCUCUCUUUCAAACACACAUUCGAGUCCACCAGUUUGUUCCUGAAGGACACCACUCGUCUGAACUCUGGAGCCUACGAGGUCAGGGUGAAGAACUCUCUGGGAACUGCGUGCGGCAUGGUCAGGCUGCUCAUUCAAGACAAGCCAGGCCCCCCUGAUGGAGAGAUCCAGUUUAAGAAGGUGACGGCCGACAACAUCACCAUCAUGUGGUCUCCACCUAGUGAUGAGGGCGGUGCCAUGGUAAAACAUUACAUUGUGGAAAAGAGGGAGACCAGCAGGAUCAUGUGGUCCAUCGUUUCAGAGAAACUUGUCGACUGUAUUGUGAACGUGCCCAGACUCAUCCAGGGCAAUGAGUACAUCUUCAGAGUCCGUGGAGUCAACAAAUACGGCAUCGGAGACGCACUAGAGUCUGCACCUAUCAUUGCUAAGAACGCAUUUGUUCCUCCUAGCGAGCCAUCCAAGCCCAAAGUGGCCAUGAUCACGAAGUCCACCAUGACAGUGAUCUGGGAAAGACCAGCACUGGAUGGAGGCAGCGACAUUGAUGGCUACUACCUGGAGAAGAGGGAGAAGAAGAGUCUGCAGUGGUUCAAGGUGGUGAAGGGCACCAUCAGAGACACCAGGCAGAAAGUCACCAACCUGGUGGAGAACAACGAGUACCAGUACAGAGUUUGUGCUGUCAACAAGGCCGGAGCAGGAAACUACUCUGAGUGUUCUGACCUCUACAAGGCCUACGACCCCAUCGAUCUGCCUGGUGAGCCAUCCAAGCUGCAUGUGGUCGACUCCACAAAGACCUCCAUAACUCUCGGCUGGGAGAAGCCCGUCUACGAUGGAGGCAGUGAAAUCACACACUACAUUUUGGACCAGAUGAACUCAGAGGAAAAAGAAUGGGUGACCAUCAACCCGAAGGUCAAGACCUGCGAGUAUGUGGUGUCUCACCUCAAACCUGGAGUCUACUACUUCUUCAGAGUGUCUGCUGUCAACUCCAAGGGCAAAGGAGAAGACAUCAAGAUGUACUCACCUGUGCAAGCUAAAGACAUCUUGGAGGAGGCUGAUUUGGACCUGGAUGUUCCCAUGAAAACCCAGUAUACAGCCAAGGCCGGCCGUGACGUGGAAGUGUUUAUUGCUCUGAAGGGACGCCCCGCCCCCAACGUCACAUGGCGCCGCGGAGACCGCAACAUCGCUGGUGACAACCGCUACACUAUCACCAGCACUGAGCGAGCCACCACACUCCUUAUCCCCAAGGUCACACGUGAUGACCGUGGCAAAUAUCUGCUGGAGAUUGAGAAUGGUGUGGGAGAACCUAAGAUCAUCAUUGUUUCCCUGAAGGUUCUGGACAGUCCAGCUGUCUGCCAGAAACUGAUGGUUAAGAAUGUGACAAGAGGAAAGCUGACCCUCAGCUGGGAGGCUCCUCUCAUCGAGGGCGGUUCCCCUGUCACUCAUUACAUUGUUGAGAAAAAGGCAUCCACAAUGAAGGCUUACCAGGUGAUCAGUGCUGAGUGUGCCAAUACAACUUACAAGGUGACGGGCCUGGAAGAGGAUGUAGCGUAUUUCUUCCGUAUUUCCGCUGAAAAUAUGUACGGUGUGGGUGACACCUGUGAAACCACUGAGCCUGUAAGAGCCACAGAAACUCCUGGAGCUGUCAAAAAUCUAGUGAUGCUGGACUCUACAAAGACCUCUGUUACCCUGCAGUGGACCAGACCUGACCAUGAUGGUGGCAGCCACAUCACUGAAUACAUCAUUGAGAAGAGAACCCAGGAAGAUCCCAACUGGACUUUGGGAGCCACAUGCAAGCGUCUCAGCUGUGAGGUGAUGGGACUCAAGGAGAAUGCUGUCAUGGAGUUCAGAGUGUUUGCCAAGAAUGAGAAGGGCAACAGUGAUUUCUCACUGAUCGGCCCAAUCACGGUGAUGGACUUCAUCAUUCCACCAGAGGCCAACCUCAUUGACUACGCCAAUGGAGAGCUUGCUGUUCGUAUUGGUCAGAACAUCCACAUCGAGUUGCCCUUCAAAGGUAAACCAAGUCCUGCAAUCAGCUGGCUCAAGGACAACUUCCCUCUGAAGGAAAGUGAAAAGGUUCGCUUCAGAACUACUGAUAACAAGACUUCAGUCACAGUCAGAGGAGCCAAGAAGGAACAUGCAGGCCAGUACACCUUGGUUCUGGACAACAGAGUCAUCAAGAACUACUUUGACAUUAAUGUGGUCACUCUUGGAGCUCCCUCCGCGCCUGUUGGUCCCAUCCGCUUCGAUGAGAUUAAAGCCCAGAGUAUCAUUAUUUCCUGGGAUGAGCCGAAGGAGGAUGGAGGUGGUGAGAUCACCUGCUACAGCGUGGAAAAACGUGAAACUUCCCAGGCCAACUGGAAGAUGGUUUGUUCCAGCGUUGUUAGGCCCACCUUCAAGAUUCCCAACCUUGUCAAGGGAACUCAGUACCAGUUCAGGGUCCGUGCAGAGAAUAAGUAUGGAGUCAGUGAAUCGCUUAACUCCUCAGACGUUGUUGCAGAGCAUCAGUACAAACCUCCAGGACCUCCAGGAAAGCCAGUGGCCUUCAACAUCACCAGUGACGGUAUGACCAUCAAAUGGGAAGCCCCAGGCUUUGACGGAGGAUCCCCGAUUGUGGGCUAUAAUGUUGAAAAGAAGGACAGGAACAGCCUCUUGUGGCAGAAGGUGAACUCCACCCUCAUCUCAAACAGAGAGUACAGAAUCAUUGGUCUCAUGGAGGGUCUGGAGUACUCUUACAGAGUCUACGCUGAGAACAACGCUGGACUCAGCCCUGUUAGUGAACAGAGCAAACAUGCACUGGCUAUCUCUCCUGUUGAUCCCCCCGGAAAUCCUGUCUGCAUUGAUGUCACCAGAGACUCAGUUACCCUGCAGUGGGAAGUCCCCAAGAAGGACGGCGGCAGCAAAAUUGUUGCCUACAGUGUGGAGAGACGCCAAGGGAGAGGCAAAUGGCUGCGAUGCAACUUCACUGAUGUCAGCGAGACCCAGUACACUGUGACCGGUCUGUCCUCCGGAGACAGAUUUGAGUUCAGAGUCAUUGCAAGGAAUGCUGUGGGCACCAUCAGUCCACCAUCCAACUCCUCUGGAUACAUCAUGACCAAGGAUGAGAGCAUUUCUCCUGAUAUCCAAUGGUCUCCAGACCAAGUGCUCACCCUGAAGGCUGGUGAGAAUGUUAAGCUCAGCUGCACCAUCACUGGCCGUCCCGUCCCACAGAUUGUCUGGUAUAAGGAUGGCAAGGAGAUUGACAAGAGGACCAUGUUUGACAUUGAGAUUACGAGCGGCAUUGGCACCAGCAGUGUCUUUGUUCGUGAUGCUGACAGGAGCCACCGUGGCAUUUACACAAUAGAAGCCAAGAAUAGCUAUGGUACCAAGAAAGCUGAAGUCAAUGUCAGAGUUCAAGAUACCCCUGGACCUGUUGAGGGUCCAAUCCGUUUCACUGGCAUCACAGCUGAGAAAUGCACCGUGUGGUGGAACCCACCGGAGAACGAUGGCUGUGCCGCCAUUACCCACUAUGUGGUGGAGAAGAGGGAGACCUCCAGGAUCUCCUGGGCCUUGGUCACCUCCAAAUGCGAAGCCUGUUCUUACAAUGCCACCAACCUCAUCAAGGGCAAUGAAUACCAGUUCAGAAUCUCUGCUGUCAACAAGUUUGGUGAUGGCAAACCACUGGACUCUGAUCCCAUCAUCGCACAGAUGCAAUACACUGUGCCUGAUGCCCCUGGCACCCCAGAUUCCACCCAUGUGACUGGAAACAGCAUCACCGUGGGCUGGACCAGGCCCAGAUCGGAUGGAGGCAACGAGAUCAAACACUACAUCUUGGAGAGGAGAGAGAAGAAGAGCCUUUCUUGGGUUAAGGUUUCCUCCAAGCGGCCAAUUACAGAGCUGAGAUACCGCGUCACCCACCUUACUGAGGGCAACGAGUAUGAGUUCCGCGUUAUGGCUGAAAAUGGCGCUGGCAUUGGACCAGCCAGCGGUACUUCCAGACUCUACAAAUGCAGAGAACCAACCAGCACUCCCAGUUCCCCAACAUUAAUCAAGGUUACUGACUCCACCAAGUCCUCUGUCACCCUGGAAUGGACCAAGCCAGUCUUUGAUGGCGGUUUGGAAAUCAUAGGCUACAAUAUUGACAUGUGCAAAGCCAGUCUGGAAGAGUGGCACAGAGCUAAUAGGCAGAUUUGCGUCCACACAUCAUACACUGUCAAAGGCCUGGUGCCCGGAGAGCUCUACAAGUUCAGGGUCAGUGCUGUGAACGGAUGCGGAGAGAGUGACGCCUCAGUGUUGCCAAGUGCCGUUCAGGCUUUGGAUAGACUUACAGCUCCCGAGAUCAACCUCGAUGCCAAAUUCAAGCAGACUCACAUUGUGAAGAAUGGCGGCACUGUCAGCCUCACAAUUGCCUUCCGCGGCAAACCAGCUCCUCUCGCCACCUGGUCUAAGGUUGAUGGUGAGCUUCCUGUCAUGGCUGAUGUCAACACCACAGAUUCCUCCUCUACUCUGACUAUCGAGGGUUGCACUCGGUAUGAAGCCGGCAAGUACACCCUCUCCCUGGAGAACAACAUUGGACGCAAGUCCAUCACCUUCACUGUCAAAGUGCUGGACACACCCGGACCUCCAGGACCUAUCACUUUCAAAGAUGUUACUCGCGGAGCCUUGACAGUUAUGUGGGAUGCCCCUGCUAACGAUGGUGGAGCCCGAGUCCACCACUACCUCGUGUACAAGCGCGAGGCCACCCGCCUGGCCUGGCAGGAGGUCAGCAACAAGUGCAGUCGCCAGAUGAUCAGGGUAGCUGGUCUGGAUGUUGGCGUGCCCUAUCUGUUCAGGGUGAUUGCCACAAACCAGUAUGGCCAGGGAGAAGCUUACGAGAUGAUGGAGCCCAUCAUUGCUACAGAAGAACCUGCACCACCCAAGAGACUUGAUGUUGUGGACACCACCAGUUCCACAGCCUCCCUGGUGUGGCUGAAGCCAGACCACGAUGGAGGCAGCCGCAUCAGAGGAUACAUCAUUGAAUUCAGAGCUAAAGGCACCGACCGAUGGGUUGUUGGUGGAGAGUCCAAAACCCUGAAGACGCUGGUAGAGGGUCUGAUUGAAAACACAGAGUAUGACUUCAGAGUCAGGGCCAAGAAUGACGCUGGAAUCAGCGAGCCUCAGGGCACCUUAAGCUCUGUGGUUAUCAGAGAGCCUCGCAUCGAACCAACUGCUGACCUAAGCAGCAUCACCAACCAGCUCAUCACCUGCAAGACCUCCACCACCUUCACCAUCAACAUCCCGAUCAGUGGCAGGCCAGCACCCAAGGUCACCUGGAAGCUAGAGGAGAUGAAGCUGAAGGAGACUGACAGAGUCUUGAUCAGAAACACACAGGAGAUGACCUCUUUGAUUGUCAGAGACAGCAAGAGGAGCGACAGCGGCAGGUACUACCUGAUCCUAGAGAAUGCUGCCGGUGUGAAGACGUUCACAGUGACUGUGGCUGUUGUCGGCAGACCAAGUCAACCCACAGGCCCCUUGGAGAUUUCUGGAGUCUCCUCAGAGUCCUGUAGCCUUGCCUGGUCUGAGCCAGCUGAUGACGGCGGCUCUGAGAUCACCAACUACAUUGUGGAAAAACGAGAAGCAGGCCAUUCUUCUUGGCAAGUUGUAAACUCCAGUGUGAAGAGAACCACCAUCAAAGUGUCUCACCUUACCAAGUACAUGGAGUACACCUUCAGAGUGUGUGCCGAGAACAAAUUCGGAGUCAGCAAGUCCACCGAGUCUGCAGCUGUUGUCAUUCAGCAUCCAUAUGUUCCUCCAAGUCCUCCAGGUCGCCCAGAUGUGGUAUCUGUGUCCGCUAACGCCAUCAGCAUCAAAUGGGACUUGCCAUACGCCGACGGUGGCAGCCAGUUGACGGGCUACUGGAUUGAGAAGAAGGAGAGAAACACCAUCCUGUGGGUGAGGGAGAACAAGCUGCCCUGCCUGGACACCCAAUACAAGGUAUCCAACCUGAUCGAGGGCCUAGAGUACCAGUUCAGGGUGUACGCCAUGAACAUUGCUGGACUCAGCAAGGCCAGCGAGGCUUCUAGACCUGUGGUGGCGCUCAAUCCAGUUGAUCCUCCUGGUAGACCCGAGGUGACGGACAUCACUCGCUCCUCCGUGUCGUUGUGCUGGACCAUACCAUUCAACGACGGCGGCAGCAAGAUUGUCGGUUACGUAGUUGAAAGGAAAGUCCACAGCACAGAGGAGUGGGAUGACAACCGCUGGCUCAAGUGCAACUACACCACCAUCAGUGAAAAUUACUUCACUGUCACCAACCUGGCAGAGGGAGACACUUGGGAGUUCCGCGUCAUCGCCAAGAAUGCCGCCGGCGUCCACAGUGCACCCUCCGAGAUCACCGGACCAGUCACAUGCAAGGAUGAAUACUCUCCUCCAAGAGCUGAACUGGACAGCAAGUUGGUGGGUGAGACAGUUACCGUCACAGCUGGCUCUGACCUGGUCCUGGAUGGUGCUGUGGGCGGUAAACCCGAGCCUACAGUGUACUGGUCUAAGGGCGACAAGAUUUUGGACCUUGGGGAGAAAUACUCUUUGACCUACACCGCCACCAGAGCCAUGGCCAUUAUCAAGAACUGUGACAGAUAUGAUACGGGCAGAUACAUCCUGACUGUCAAGAACGCCAGUGGAGUCAAGACUGCUGCCGUUACCGUUAAAGUUCUGGACACUCCUGGGGCUCCAGCUGAUCAGAUUGUGAUCAGCAGAGUGACAGAGGAGAAGUGCACCGUGUCCUGGAAGAUUCCUCUGGAAGACGGUGGAGACACCCCAUCCCAUUACAUUGUGGAGCGUCGUGAGACCAGCCGCCUUAACUGGGUCGUCAUGGAGACCGAGUGCAAGACACUGUCAUGUGUCAGCAGCAAGCUGAUCAAGAACAACGAGUACAUCUUCAGAGUAAGAGGAGUCAACAAAUUCGGUCCCGGAGUUCCUCUGGAGUCCGAACCCAUCAUCGCCAGGAACGCCUACACCAUCACCACCCCGCCGGGUGCUCCAGAAGCUACAGCGGUGGGUAAGGAGCAUGUCGUCAUCGAGUGGUUGAAGCCCGAGAGCGACGGAGGUAGUGAGAUCAAAACUUACCUGGUGGAUAAACGAGAGAAGAGCAGCACCAGGUGGACUCGUGUGAAUAAAAAUUACACCAUCUACGACACCCGUCUGAAGAUCACAGGCCUGCUGGAGGGAAGUGAGUACCUGUUCAGAGUGACAGCUGUCAACGCUGCUGGAGAGAGCAAUCCGAGCGACGCCUCACCAUACAUCCUCUGCAAAGACCCCACAUAUACCCCAGCUGCUCCGUCCAUGCCUCGUAUCAAGGACACAACCAAGCACAGCAUCAGCAUGACCUGGACCAGGCCCAUGUACGAUGGCGGCUCAGACGUCAGCGGCUACGUGGUUGAGAUCCUAGAGGAGGGCACUGAGCAGUGGUACCGUGCCACUGCCAAAGCCCUGACAACCAACGAGUAUGUGGCCGCCGGCCUGGCAGCCAAUAAGAAAUACAGAUUCAGGGUAGCUGCCAUCAACAGCCAAGGCACAGGAGAGUUCAGUGAACCUAGUGCUGAGGUUGAGCCACUUGAGAGAAUCGAAAUCCCUGACCUGGAGCUGGCUGAGGACCUGAAGAAAACAGUGUGUCUGCGUGCUGGAGGAACCCUUCGUCUAGUUGUAUUCGUCUCUGGCCGGCCGCUACCAGUCGUUGCCUGGAGGAAGACAGGCGUGGAGCUCCAGAGCCGUGGCUACAUUGAGACCACUGAAAGCUUCACCUCGCUGACAGUGGAGAAGGUCAAUCGCUAUGACUCUGGGAAAUACGUUGUGGAAGCAGAGAACCCAUCUGGAAAGAAGACUGCUAUCAUUCUGGUUAAAGUCUAUGACACUCCUGGUCCUCCAAGUUCUGUGAAGGUGAAGGACUAUACCAAGGAGUCUGUUGUGAUCACCUGGGAUGUCCCAAGCAUUGACGGUGGCGCUCAUGUCAGCAACUACAUUGUAGAGAAGCGUGAAGCCAGCAUGAAAUCAUACAAGACCGUCACCACUGAGUGUAGGAAGACCCUGUUCAGGAUCACCGGUCUAGAGGAAGGAGUGCAUUACUUCUUCAGAGUCCUGCCUGAGAACAUCUAUGGCGUCGGCGAGCCCUGUGAGACGUCUGAAUCUGUGCUGGUGUGCGAGGUGCCAUCGGUGCCACUUAACUUCCAGGUGGUCGAUGUCACCAAGUCCUCUGUCACGCUGAACUGGGAGAAGCCAUUCUACGAUGGUGGCAGCAGGCUGAGAGGCUACUCCCUCGAGGCCUGCAAGGUGGGCACUGACAGGUGGAGUGCCGUGGCAACAGUCAAGGCCUCGGUGUGCCAGCACACCAUCCAGCCUCUGACAGAGAACGACCAGUACCUGUUCAGGGUACGAGCCACCAACAGCAGGGGAGCCAGCGAGCCCAUGGACACCGUCACUCCUGUCACUAUCCAGGACAUCAAAGUGAUGCCCAAGAUUGAUUUGACCAACAUCCCUCAGAAGAUUGUCCAUGUGCACCGUGGCAAACCCAUCGACCUCAACAUCCCCAUAAAGGCCAAACCGCAGCCUGUCUGCUCCUGGUUCUUCGCUGGUGUCAAACUGAAGGACAGUCUGGACCGCAUCAAGAUCGACAGCAAUGGAAAAUACACCCGCCUUGUCAUCCGCGAGACCACCAUCAACGACACAGGAAACUACAGGCUUGAAGUGAAGAACGCCAUUGGCAUGGCAAGUGAAGUCAUCAAAGUCAUCAUUCUUGACAAACCUGGAAUUCCAGUCGGCCCAGUGAAGAUCGAGGAGGUUGACGGCAUGUCAGUGACGUGCAGCUGGGAACCUCCAGAGAAGGAUGGUGGUGCCAACGUCAGUGGCUACGUUGUCGAGCAGCGCGACGCCCACCGGCCAGGUUGGAUCACUAUCUCAGAGUCAGUGACCCGACCCUGCUUCAAGUUCACCAGACUUACAGAGGGAACUGAGUAUGUGUUCCGCGUUGCUGCCAUGAAUCGUUUCGGUGUUGGUGGCUUCCUGCAGUCUGAGGUGGUGGAGAACAAGAGUCCCAAGACCAUCCCUGGACCUCCGAGCAGGCCAGAGGUGCUUGAUGUCACCCACGAGGGCAUGACCCUGACCUGGCAACCGCCAGAGGACAACGGUGGCUCCACUAUUGCCGGCUACAUCAUUGAACGUAAGGAGGCGCACUCUGACAGGUGGAUGAAGAUCAACAAGAACCCCGUCACCAUGACCAGGUACCGCUCUUCUGGCCUGGUUGAGGGCCAGGAGUACGAAUACCGCAUCACCGCCAUCAACUCCAGAGGAGCUGGCAAACACAGCGAGACCUCCGCCAUCACUGUUGCAAUGGAUCCCAUUGAACCUCCAGGUGCUCCAGUUCAGCCCAGAGUCACCGACAGCACCAGGACUUCAGUGUCUCUGGCCUGGCUGCCACCCGAAGAGGAGGGUGGUGCCAUCAUCACUGGAUACUUCAUCGAGAUGCAGAAGGUUGACCAGGUGGAAUGGACCCUGUGCAACACCACACCCACCAAGAUGUGCGAGUACACCCUCACUCACAUGCCCCAGGGUGCCGAGUACAAGUUCAGGGUCGUCGCCUGCAAUGCUGGUGGCACUGGAGAGGCCGCUGAGAUUCCUGGAGUGGUUAAAGUCCAAGAGAUGCUUGAUUAUCCCGACUUUGAGCUCGAUCGAAAAUACGAGGAGGGCUACGUGGUGCGCCAGGGUGGAGUGAUCCAUCUGUCUGUGCCCAUCAAGGGUAAACCCCUUCCUGUGUGCAAAUGGACCAAGGAUGGCCGUGACAUCUCCCACCGCGCCAUGAUCGCCACCCAUGAUGACAUCACCGAACUGGUCAUCAAAGAGGCACAUAAAGACGACACCGGUACCUAUGACCUUCUGCUGGAAAACAAAUGUGGCAGGAAGGCCGUGUACAUCAAGGUGAAGGUGAUUGGUCGCCCUGACAUCCCUGAAGGCCCUCUGGAGUUUGACGACAUUCAGGCCAGAUCGGUCCGGGUCAGCUGGAGGUCACCGUCAGAUGAUGGUGGUGCUGACAUUCUGGGAUACAUUGUGGAAAGGCGAGAGGUACCAAAGGCAGCCUGGUGUACAGUUGACUCCAGAGUAACCGAGACUUCUCUGGUGGUGAAGGGCCUGAAGGAGAAUGUGCAGUACCACUUCAAGGUUUCUGCUGAGAACCCAUUCGGUGUCAGCAGAUCUCUCAAGUCUGAUGAGCCUGUCACACCAAAAACACCACUUUGCCCACCAGAACCUCCCAGCAACCCACCAGAGAUCAUGGACGUAACCAAGACCACCGUGUCCCUGUCUUGGGCACGGCCCCGGGAUGACGGAGGCUCCCGUGUCACAGGAUACUAUGUGGAAAGGAGAGAGGUGUCAACAGAGAAGUGGGUUCGACACAACAAGACCCACAUCACCACCACCAUGUUCAACGUCUCCGGGCUCAUCCCCGAUGCAGAGUACAUGUUCAGAGUGGUGGCUCAGAAUGACGUCGGGAAGAGUGAACCUGGUCCUGCUUCAGAGUCUGUGAUCUGCAAAGAUCCAUUUGACAAACCAAGCCAACCAGGAGAGAUCGACAUCAUCUCCAUCACCAAAGACUGCAUUACCAUCCACUGGCUCAGGCCAGAGCAUGACGGCGGCAAAGAGAUUCUGGGCUACUGGAUUGAGUUCAGGCAGUCUGGAGAAAGUGCAUGGAAGAAAUGCAACAAGGAGCGUUCCAAGGACCGUCAGUUCACCAUGGGUGGCUUGAUGGAGGCCACAGAGUAUGAGUUCAGGAUCUUCGCUGAGAAUGAGACUGGACUCAGCCGUCCUCGCCGCACGCCAAUGGGCAUCAAGACCAAACUGAGCGUUGGUGAGGCUCCAGCUCUGAAGGAAGAGAUCCAAGACGUAACCACUAAGCUUGGCGAAUCCGGAACUCUGACCUGUGGCAUCAUUGGCAGACCUCUGCCUGAGAUCAAGUGGUACCGCUACGGCAGGGAACUGAUCCAGAGCCGCAAGUACAAGAUGAGCUCAGAUGGCCGUAACCACUCCCUCAGCAUCCUGACAGAUGAGCAGGAAGAUGAGGGCCUGUACACCUGCAGGGCCCUCAAUGAAGCUGGUGAGAUUGAGACCAGUGGCAAACUGCGCUUGCAGGCUGCACCCCAGUUCCACCCUGGAUUCCCUCUGAAGGAGAAGUAUUACGCCGGGGCCGGCACUAGCCUCCGCCUCCAUGUCGUCUACAUUGGACGUCCCAUCCCCCAGAUCAUGUGGUUCUACGGCAAGAAGCCUCUGAAUGCAUCUGAGAAUGUUAUUAUUGAAAACACUGAAAGCUACACCCACCUGGUGGUAAGGAACGCCCAGAGGAAGACCAACGCUGGCCGCUACAAGGUGCAGCUCAGCAAUGUUUACGGAACCAUCGACACUUCACUUCGUGUUGAAAUCCAAGAUAAACCAUGCAUCCCUGAGGGCCCUGUCAUUGUUGAUGCCCUUCUUAAGAGCUCGAUCAUCAUUAGCUGGAAGGCUCCCUUAGAUGACGGAGGCUCCAUGAUCACCAACUACAUUGUGGAGAAACGUGAGGCCAAAGAAGGCGAGCAAUGGCAGCUGGUGUCCUCCUCUGUUUCCGGCACCACCUGCCGUAUCCCCAACCUGAUAGAGAGCGCUGGCUACUACUUCAGAGUCUCUGCCCAGAACCAGUACGGUGUCAGCGAGUCUCUGGAGAUUCCAUCAGUGGUCAUCGUUAAGAGUCCAUUCGAAAAACCCGGUAUCCCACAACAGCCCUUCAUCAUCAGCUCCACCAAGGACUCCUGUGUCGUCUGUUGGAAGCCUCCGAGCAGCGACGGUGGAGCUAAAAUCACCAGCUACUACUUGGAGAAACGUGAGAAGAAGCAGAACAAGUGGAUGUCAGUGACCUCUCAGAAGAUUGUGGAUACAAAAUACGAGGUCACAGCCUUGAUCGAGGGCUUCGAGUAUGAGUUCCGUGUCAAGUGUGAGAACAUUGGCGGCGAGAGCGAUUGGAGUGAGACCUCAGCACCCAUCAUCCCCAAGUCUGAACAGGCACCUCGUGCUCCUGUUUUCAGAGAGGAGAUCAGGGACAUGACUGUCAAAUACCACGCCAAUGCCACCUUUGUCACCAAGGUGGUGGGACAUCCCAAACCCUUGGUGAAAUGGUACCGCAGUGGAAAGGAGAUCGAGGCAGAUGGUACCAAGAUCAAAGCCCAGGAGUUCAAGGGAGGCUACUACCAACUGGUCAUCACGACCGCUGAUGACAGCGAUGCCACAGUAUACCAAGUUAGAGCAACCAACUCUUCAGGAUCCAUCUCCACAACAGCCAGCCUGGAAGUGGAAGUUCCUGCUAAGAUCCACCUGCCCAAGGAGCUCCAAGGAAUGGGAGCGGUCCAGGCUCUCCGUGGUGAUCGCAUCACCAUCAAGAUCCCCAUCACUGGCAAGCCUGAGCCAGCAGUCACCUGGCAGAAGGGUCAGGAGAUCCUCGCCAACUCUCCUUACCACCAAGUCAUCACUACCAGGUCUUUCACCUCCCUGGUGUUCCAGAAGGGAAUGCUGAGGAAGGAUUCUGGCUACUACAUUAUCACAGCAAAGAACAGAUUUGGAACGGAUAAGCAAACUAUUGAGGUGAACGUGGCCGACACACCUGAAGCUCCAAAGAAACUGGCUGUCAGCGACAUUGGUCGGGACUCCAUCACCCUGACUUGGGAGCCACCGGCCAACGAUGGUGGAAGCGACAUCAUCGGCUACAUUGUGGAGAAGUGUCCCACUUCUGCUGACAGGUGGAUCCGUGCUGGACAGACCACCGACUGCAGCAUCAACAUCAUCAACAUAUUCGGAAAAACCAAGUACCAGUUCCGCGUCAUUGCCGAAAACCAGUUUGGCCUGAGCCUUCCCUGUGACCCAACAGAGCCCAUCACUACAAAGGAAGACAAGUCUGUGAUUAGAAACUAUGAUGAGGAAGUGGAUGAAACCAGAGAGAUCACCAAGGAGGAGGCUCUGGUCUACAAGGUGAAGGAGCUGUCCUCCAAGUACAUCAUCUCUGAGGAACUUGCUCGCUGCCAGUUUGGAGUGGUCCACCGCUGCAUGGAGAUUGCCACAAAGAAGACCUUCAUGGCCAAGUUUAUCAAGGUCAAAGGAAUGGACCGCGAGUUGGUACUCAGAGAAAUCGAAGCCCUCAAUGUAGCAAGGCACAUGAAUGUCAUCUACCUACAUGAAUACUUUGAAAGCAUGGAGGAGAUCAUCCUGAUCUUUGAAUUUAUUUCGGGAGUGGAUAUCUUCGAGCGCCUUGGCACGGCCAACUUUGAGCUUUCAGAGCAGGAGAUCGUCCGCUACCUGAGACAAGUCUGCUCCGCCCUUAAGUUCAUGCACAGCCACAACUUGGGCCACUUUGAUAUCCGCCCAGACAACAUCGUCUACACCACAAGGAGAAGCACCACAGUAAAGAUCAUUGAGAUGGGUCAGGCCAGGCUGCUGGUGCCUGGAGAAAACAUCAGGAUGCUGUUCUCAGCUCCUGAGUACUGCGCACCUGAGGUCCACCGCCACGACCUGGUCACCACAGCCACUGACAUGUGGUCUGUUGGUGUCAUGGCCUACGUUUUGCUCAGUGGCCUCAAUCCAUUUGGGGCAGAGUCCACUACAAAGAUGAUUGAGAACAUCUCCAGCUGUGAGUACAUCUUUGACAGUGAAGCAUUCAAGGACAUCAGCCUAGAGGCUAUGGACUUUGUGGACAGACUUCUAGUCAAAGACAGGAAGCUCCGUAUGACAGCCCAUGAGGCUUUGGAGCACCCGUGGCUCAAGAUGAAGAUCGAGCAUGUCAGCAGCAAGGCCAUCAAGACACUGAGACACAGAAGGUACUACCAGACUCUGGUCAAGAGAAUAGAUACUAUUGUAUCAUCAGCUCGUGUGGCCUAUGGUGGCGCCUUCAAGAACCAGAGAGGACUGGCUGUGGGUAAGGUGAAGAUUGGAACUGAGUACUAUGGCCUCCGCACUGGUCCAGUCAUGCAUGGCUCAGCUGAGGAAGGUGGCCAUGUCAGAUUCACUUGUAGCAUCGCCAACUAUAACAAGAGUACUCAGGUGACUUGGUACCACGGUACCCGUCAGCUACACGCCAGCACCAAGUAUGAAAUAAGUUACACUAACGGCUUUGCUAGCAUCUAUGUGAAGGACAUCGAAGAGAGUGAUGAUGGUGUGUACAGAUGCAAGGUGGUGAGUGAUGACGGAGAGGACAGUUCCUACGGAGAACUCUUUGUUGAGACGGUGAGAAGCUUCAGAGAGCACUACACCAGCCGCACAAUCAAGAAACUAAGGAGGAGAGUUGACAAGACAAAACUCCUGCAGAGACCACCCGAGUUCACUCUGCCUCUCUACAAUCGUUCUGCCUACAUUGGUGAAGAUGUGCGCUUCGGUGUGACGAUCACCGUGCACCCGGAGCCUCAUGUAACAUGGCUUAAGAACGGAGAGAGAAUCAAGCCUGGUGAGGAUGACAGCAAGUACACGUUCACCAGUGAUAAGGGUCUGUACCAGCUGAUGAUCCACAACCUGGAUGUCAAUGAUGAUGCAGAGUACACCGUCAUGGCCCACAACAAGUUCGGAGAAGACAGCUGCAAGGCCCGUCUCACUGUGACACCUCAUCCUGAAAUGAAGGAAAGUAUGAGGCCCAUGUUCAAACGUCUGCUGGCUAACGUUGACUGUGUCGAGGGACACAGCGUUCGCUUCGAGCUCAGAGUCUCAGGAAUCCCAACUCCUACUCUGAAAUGGGAGAAGGACGGUAAGCCACUACAGUUUGGUCCCAAGGUGGUUGUCAUAGAGGAGGACGUUGACUACCAUGUGUUGCACAUCAGAGAUACUCUGCUGGAGGACUCCGGUGUAUACAAGGUUACUGCAAAGAACUGUGCUGGAUCUGCAAGCUGCCAGGCUACACUGAAGGUGGACCGCCUUACCUACACCAGGAGAGAAUACAAGAGCGAGGAAGAGAAAUACAGACACGUGCAGAAACAAAUCGAAAAGACCAACAAGAUGGCCAUGAAAAUUGUUGCCACUGAGGAACUAGUACCUUUCAACCCCACUGCCCAGGAGGCGCUCAAAUUUGCUGCAGAGAUGUACAAGCCUGCAGUGAGCACCAAGAACGUUGAGGGCGAGUUCGACAUCACAGUGGAGAAGUCCGAAACUAAGAAGCUGGAGGAGGAGAGGAGGAUCUUUAUGCCAUAUGAGAUCCCUGAGCCUGUGACUCAUGAUCCCAGAGAUCUGGAUGAGGACAAAGCUAUCAAACAGUUUGUGCCUCUCUCUGACAUGAAGUGGUACAGGAAGCUGAGAGACCAGUAUGAGGUUCCCGAGAGGAUGGAGAGGAUUGUGCAGAAGAGGCAGAGACGUAUUCGCCUGUCCAGGUGGGAGCAGUUCUACGUAAUGCCCCUUCCAAGAAUCACCGACCAGUACAGGCCGAGAUGGCGUAUUCCAAAACUCACUCUGGACGACUUGGAGACUGUCAGGCCUGCACGCCGUUCACCUUCUCCUGAAUCAGAGAUCUCUUUCAGAUCCAGAAGGAGAUCUCUGGGAGACCUGAGUGACGAGGAACUGCUGAUGCCCGUGGAUGACUACCUUUCCAUGAGGAGAACAGAGGAGGAGAAAAUUAUGCUGGAGGAUGAACUGGAGCUCGGCUUCUCUGCCUCUCCUACUGGCAGCCCUGUUCGCACUGAGCGGCGUGCAGUGGAAGUUGAAGAGAGGAGGCAGGAGGUCAGGUACGAGGCUGCAGAGGUAGCUGAGACAAAGAAGAAGCGCACAGUUUCUCAGUAUAUGAGGAGGAGAAGGUCUCUGUCUCCAACAUACAUCGAGCUCAUGCGUCCAGUGUCAGAGCUGAUCAGACCAUCACGGUCCAGGCCUCCUGUGGAAGUAGAGGGAGAGAUUGUGGUGAGGAGGUCCCCCACCCCUGAGAGGACUCGUCCUCGCUCUCCCAGCCCCAUCAGGUCUGUUGAGAGAUCAUCCCGCUCCUCCUCCAGGUUUGAGCGGUCUGCCCGCUUUGACAUCAUGUCGCGAUAUGAGGCCAGAAAGGCUGCUCUGAAGUCUGAGAGGAAGUAUCAGGUUGUUAGCCAGACACCGUUCAGCCUGGACCACGCUCCCCGUGUGACGGUCAGGAUGCGCUCCCAUCGCAUCCCAAUUGGCCAAGACACCAAAUUCACCCUGAACAUCCAAAGCAAGCCUGAGGCCGAGGUUGCGUGGCUCCACAAUGGAACUGCGAUCUCUGAAAGCAGUCACAAAUAUGUCUUCUCCAACAUGAGUGGAGUUUUGUCCAUCACUAUUCUGGACUGCCAGGAGGAGGACAGUGGCACCUACCGCUGUGUGUGCUCCAACUCCAAAGGAGAAACUUCUGAUUACGCCACCCUGGACGUGUCAGGAAGUGGCUACACCACCUUCUCCUCUCGCCGCAGGGAUCAGGAUGCUGCCAAGGGACAUGUCCCUGAAGCCACUAAAGUUGACCACUAUCACACCACCCACUUCAAAGCUGGCUACUCUUCAGAGACCCACUUUGAGGUGGAAGAGAGCAAGACCAAGUUUACUGAGACGCGUGAGGUCAGCACACGUGAAAGAUACGCCGCUUCCUCUGAGAGGUACUCCUCUGCUGAGAGGUACGAUUCAUCCAUCAAGUACGCCUCAGCGGAAUACCUGUCAUCUGAUUCCUCCUACUCCUCAGAAAAGUUUUCUCUGAGUGGGAAACGCACCACAUCUGAAGCGAAACUGAAGACAUCUGCUGCUGCUGUUACAGAGGAAGUUGCGGUCCACAAGGUUAAGCCUUCUCUUCCUGCCAGAUUCCUCACCAAACCUCAGUCUGUGACAGUUUCAGAGGGAGAAACAGCCAGAUUCUCCUGUGAUAUCGAUGGAGAGCCUACACCAACUGUGACAUGGAUGCACGAGACCAAGACAAUCGUCUCAUCUCACCGCAUCCAGGUGACCAGCACUCAGUACAAGUCCAGCCUGGACAUCUCCUCUGUGACAGUCUCUGAUGAGGGCAGUUACACAGUGGUGGUAGAGAACUCAGCAGGCAGGCAGGAAGCUCACUUCACCUUGACCAUUCGCAGACCAGCUCCCAAAGAGGAGGUCAAGGCUGUCAAAUCCCCUGAGCCUUCUGUGAAAUCACCCACUCCCAGUGUGAAGUCACCAGAGCCUUCAGUCACAUCACCUGUUCCCUCCAUAACCUCCCCUGUCCCCAGCGUCAAGUCUCCUGAACCUUCAGUUAAUGUGAAGUCACCAACGCCAAGCGUGAAGUCGCCUACACCGAGUGUGAAAUCUCCUGAACCAGAGGGCAUUAAGUCUCCAAUCAGCGUCAAGUCUCCAGAGCCAGCCGCACCCUCUCCAGCACCUGGAGUAAAAUCUCCAGCACCUGGAGUAAAAUCUCCAGCACCUGGAGUAAAAUCUCCUGCUCCAAGUGUCAAAUCCCCUGAACCCGAGGGAGUUAAGUCACCACGGGGAAUAAAAUCUCCUGAACCCAGACUCAAGUCACCACAACCAAUCAAGUCCCCGGAGAGAGUUAAGUCACCCGCACCUGAGGAAGUAAAAACACCUCGCGGUGUCAAAUCUCCAGAACCUGCAGGAAUCAAAACACCAAAAGGCGUCAAAUCUCCAGAACCUGUUGGAAUCAAAACACCAAAAGGCAUCAAGUCCCCAGAACCUUCAGGCCUCAAAUCACCAAGAGCCCUGAAGUCCCCUGAGCCUGAGGGAAUCAAAUCACCCCCGAGGAUGAAAUCUCCUCCUCCUAUUAUGUCCCCAAAGCGGGUUGUGUCCCCACCCACCGUCAAAUCCCCAACACCAAAACCUCCCAAGGUCCUGAGCCAGCUAACGGCAGAGGCCAGCGAGGGCUCGGUGAGGAUGUCCUGCGUCUGUGAGAGCAGCGUCAGGGAGGUGGUGUGGUACGUCAACGGGAGGAGGCUUUCACAGAGCAGCCACUUCGAGAUGCAUUACUCUGAGGGCUCCUGCAGCCUGCUCAUCCACGACUUAGCAGACAGCGAUCAGGGAGAGUACAUCUGUGAGAUGACCUCAGAGGGAGGAGUAUCCAAAUCCUCCUUCUCCUUCACCGGACAGGUGUUCCAGUCCAUACGCAUGAAGGUCACAGCCUACCGUGAGCAGCAACUGGCACUUAAAGGAUCGAUGGCGAUGAGUCACAAGGAGGCGUCAUCGUCCGUGAGCUCAUCCAUGAUGAUGAAGAAAGAAAUGCACAUGAUGGAGGAGUCGUCGUCUUUCAGCUCCUCCUCAGCUCAGCAGGCGAUGAUGUCAUCCAUGAUGGAGUCCAGCUCCUUCAGCAGCAUGGCUGCAGAGAUGAAGUUUGAGACCAUGUCCAUGUCCAGCAUGUCAUCCAUGACAUCAGAGACGUACGCCAUGAGCUCGCAGAGCGAGGGAUCCUCAUUCAGAGCAAUCGGUUCUGCGCCCAGGAUCGAGGCUCUGCCAGAGGACAUCAGCAUCGAGCCGGGCAAAAUCCUGACAGUCACCUGCGCCUUUUCAGGCGACGCCAAACACAUCGAGUGGUCCCGUGGCAGCAGAACCAUCGAGGUGACUGCCGGUGGACGCUUCCACAUCGACACCACGGAGGAUCUGACCACCCUCAUCAUCACCGGGGUGAAGGAGGAGGACGCUGGAACCUACACCCUCAAGCUGUCGAACGAGCUCGGAUCCGACACAGCGACUGUUCACAUUAGCAUUCGAUCAGUGUAAAAAAAAAAAUCUAAUCUUCCAAUCUUCCCCUUUUCCCAACUUCCAUGCCUUUUUAUUUAUUAAUUGAGCGAAAUAAUCUACUUGAUAAAGAUCCGGAUUUCUGUUCUUGUAAAUAUGAACUAUUUUUGUACCAAUCUUGACAUUAAUUUAUGCCAAACUAGACAAAAGUCUAAAGUUGUUAUAAAAUGUGCCAUAUUGGAUAACUAUGACUUAGGAUUUUUGAUCCAUUUUUCUGUGACAUGUACAUAAUGUAUAUAGCCGAAUUUAACGGUUAUGGGAAAUGUAUGAAUUGUUAUUUAUGACAAUAUAUUAACUGAAACAAAAUGAAACUUAAUGUAGUUUAACAGGAGAAAGUUUCCCCAGGAACGAAUACCCUGUUAAACUAAGAAACUAAACUCUGUGCCUCAACGAUAAGUUGAAGUCUUAAGAUUGCCUCAACAGGUAGAGAGGCUCCCUGUUGACGUUAACUCAAGCAGAGACAAAACUAUGAAUGCACUGCGGUGCUGUUGCAUUGUAACAAGAGCGUGAGAUCCUGAGUGCUGUUUGCAUUUACCCUCAUGUAAGCAGGACGACUGGACCUCGCGCUCUGACUGAUUAUGUCAUACCGCCAUUUCGAUGACAUGCUCACAGUGCGAGCGGCCUGCACUCCCUGAGCACAAGUGUUUUUUUUUUUGUUUUGUGCUCUGCUUCUGGCAACCGACCACUUGCUCGGACUCUUCAGCUGUACCAUCAACCUGGCCAAUCACGUGAAACCAGAGUCCCGUCUGUGCUUGUUUGCAGAGGCAGAGCUGUCUCUUGGAGGCCUGCAGUGUGUUUGUGUGUUAGUUUUUAGGAGGUCGGUCAAGCUGGGCGCCGCCAAGCAGCCGAAACCAACUGCCACUGCGUGGCCUCGCAUGUCGCCCCGCACUUUGGUUUGACCGACGAAUAGGUUGUAGCGUUGACUAUUUUCGCAGCCUCCUUGAGUUUUUCUCCAAUUAUUGAUUUAAUAAAGCAUGAUUAUCAGCACUA